AGUCGCGGCAGCAGAGGGCGCUGUGGACACGGUUCUGACUGCCAGUUCUCUCUGGUCUCUGUAAGGUCGCAGGUUCCCUGUCUGUACCCAUCAUGGCUGCCCCCUGUAGCAGACAUGCUGGUUGGUGGCUAUGCAGGUUACGGUCAUCGCUUUCGGGGGUCUCCCGGUCCUAUAGCACAACAUUCACCGCAGAGCACGUUCUGUCCGGAGCCGGAAGUAACACGGAUGUCGGUAAUAAGCCCCCUCGAGCCCCAGGACAGGUGAGUGAAUGAGGUGAUGGCAGCAGACUGUCACUGUCAAUACGGCAACACUGACAGCAGACACACACAGAGCAGAUCUCAGACUGUCACUGUCAAUACGGCAACACUGACAGCAGACACACACAGAGCAGAUCUCAGACUGUCACUGUCAAUACGGCAACACUGACAGCAGACACACACAGAGCAGAUCUCAGACUGUCACUGUCAAUACUACAACACUGACAGCAGACACACACAGAGCAGAUCUCAGACUGUCACUGUCAAUACUACAACACUGACAGCAGACACACACAGAGCAGAUCUCAGACUGUCACUGUCAAUACUACAACACUGACAGCAGACACACACAGAUCAGAUCUCAGACUGUCACUGUCUACUACAACACUGACAGCAGACACACACAGAGCAGAUCUCAGUCUGUCACUGUCAAUACUACAACACUGACAGCAGACACACACAGAGCAGAUCUCAGACUGUCACUGUCAAUACUCCAACACUGACAGCAGACACACACAGAGCAGAUCUCAGUCUGUCACUCUCAAUACUACAACACUGACAGCAGACACACACAGAGCAGAUCUCAGACUGUCACUGUCAAUACUACAACACUGACAGCAGACACACACAGAGCAGAUCUCAGACUGUCACUGUCAAUACUGCAACACUGACAGCAGACACACACAGAGCAGAUCUCAGUCUGUCACUGUCUGCCUCCAACACUGACAGCAGACACACACAGAGCAGAUCUCAGACUGUCACUGUCAAUACUGCAACACUGACAGCAGACACACACAGAGCAGAUCUCAGACUGUCACUGUCAAUACUACAACACUGACAGCAGACACACACAGAGCAGAUCUCAGUCUGUCACUGUCAAUACUACAGCACUGACAGCAGACACACACAGAGCAGAUCUCAGACUGUCACUGUCAAUACUGCAACACUGACAGCAGACACACACAGAGCAGAUCUCAGACUGUCACUGUCAAUACUGCAACACUGACAGCAGACACACACAGAGCAGAUCUCAGACUGUCACUGUCAAUACUACAACACUGACAGCAGACACACACAGAGCAGAUCUCAGACUGUCACUGUCAAUACUACAACACUGACAGCAGACACACACAGAGCAGAUCUCAGACUGUCACUGUCAAUACUACAACACUGACAGCAGACACACACAGAGCAGAUCUCAGACUGUCACUGUCAAUACUACAACACUGACAGCAGACACACACAGAGCAGAUCUCAGACUGUCACUGUCAAUACUGCAACACUGACAGCAGACACACACAGAGCAGAUCUCAGACUGUCACUGUCAAUACUACAACACUGACAGCAGACACACACAGAGCAGAUCUCAGACUGUCACUGUCAAUACUGCAACACUGACAGCAGACACACACAGAGCAGAUCUCAGACUGUCACUGUCAAUACUACAACACUGACAGCAGACACACACAGAGCAGAUCUCAGACUGUCACUGUCAAUACUGCAACACUGACAGCAGACACACACAGAGCAGAUCUCAGACUGUCACUGUCAAUACUACAACACUGACAGCAGACACACACAGAGCAGAUCUCAGACUGUCACUGUCAAUACUACAACACUGACAGCAGACACACACAGAGCAGAUCUCAGACUGUCACUGUCAAUACUGCAACACUGACAGCAGACACACACAGAGCAGAUCUCAGACUGUCACUGUCAAUACUACAACACUGACAGCAGACACACACAGAGCAGAUCUCAGACUGUCACUGUCAAUACUGCAACACUGACAGCAGACACACACAGAGCAGAUCUCAGACUGUCACUGUCAAUACUGCAACACUGACAGCAGACACACACAGAGCAGAUCUCAGACUGUCACUGUCAAUACUACAACACUGACAGCAGACACACACAGAGCAGAUCUCAGACUGUCACUGUCAAUACUACAACACUGACAGCAGACACACACAGAGCAGAUCUCAGACUGUCACUGUCAAUACUACAACACUGACAGCAGACACACACAGAGCAGAUCUCAGACUGUCACUGUCAAUACUACAACACUGACAGCAGACACACACAGAGCAGAUCUCAGACUGUCACUGUCAAUACUACAACACUGACAGCAGACACACACAGAGCAGAUCUCAGACUGUCACUGUCAAUACUACAACACUGACAGCAGACACACACAGAGCAGAUCUCAGACUGUCACUGUCAAUACUACAACACUGACAGCAGACACACACAGAGCAGAUCUCAGACUGUCACUGUCAAUACUACAACACUGACAGCAGACACACACAGAGCAGAUCUCAGACUGUCACUGUCAAUACUACAACACUGACAGCAGACACACACAGAGCAGAUCUCAGACUGUCACUGUCAAUACUGCAACACUGACAGCAGACACACACAGAGCAGAUCUCAGACUGUCACUGUCAAUACUACAACACUGACAGCAGACACACACAGAGCAGAUCUCAGACUGUCACUGUCAAUACUACAACACUGACAGCAGACACACACAGAGCAGAUCUCAGACUGUCACUGUCAAUACUGCAACACUGACAGCAGACACACACAGAGCAGAUCUCAGACUGUCACUGUCAAUACUACAACACUGACAGCAGACACACACAGAGCAGAUCUCAGACUGUCACUGUCAAUACUACAACACUGACAGCAGACACACACAGAGCAGAUCUCAGACUGUCACUGUCAAUACUGACAGCAGCACACACAGAGCAGAUCUCAGACUGUCACUGUCAAUACUACAACGACAGCAGACACACACAGAGCAGAUCUCAGACUGUCACUGUCAAUACUGCAACACUGACAGCAGACACACACAGAGCAGAUCUCAGUCUGUCACUCUCAAUACUGCAACACUGACAGCAGACACACACAGAGCAGAUCUCAGUCUGUCACUCUCAAUACUACAACACUGACAGCAAUUUACACAGCGGAUCUCAGAUUUAAUGCUGUCAAUACUACAACGCGACUGGCAGACACACACAGAGCAGAUCUCAGACUGUCACUGUCAAUACUACAACACCGACAGCAGACACACACAGAGCAGAUCUCAGACUGUCACUGUCAAUUCUACAACACUGACAGCAGACACACACAGAGCAGAUCUCAGACUGUCACUGUCAAUACUACAACACUGACAGCAGACACACACAGAGCAGAUCUCAGACUGUCACUGUCAAUACUACAACACCGACAGCAGACACACACAGAGCAGAUCUCAGACUGUCACUGACAAUACUACAACAUUGACAGCAGACACACACAGAGCAGAUCUCAGACUGUCACUGUCAAUACUACAACAUUGACAGCAGACACACACAGAGCAGAUCUCAGACUGUCACUCUCAAUACUACAACACUGACAGCAGACACACACAGAGCAGAUCUCAGUCUGUCACUGUCAAUACUACAACACUGACAACAGACACACACAGAGCAGAUCUCAGUCUGUCACUGUCUGCCUCCAACGCGACAGCAGACACACGCAGAGCAGAUCUGGUCUGUCACUCUCAAUGCUACAACACCGACUGACGGAACUUACACACAGAGCAGAUCACCAGACUGUCACUGUCAAUACUACAACACCGACAGCAGACACACACAGAGCGGAUCUCCAGACUGUGCUGUCAAUACUACAACACUGACGGCGGGCACACACAGGGCGAUCUCGGACUGUCACUGUCAAUGCACACUUACUGACAGCAGACACACACAGAUCAGAUCUCAGACUGUCACUGUCAAUGCCUACAACACCGACAGCAGACACACACAGACGGAUCUCGGACUGUCACGCAGUAAUGCUACAACACUGACAGCAGACUGCAUGGAGCGGAUCUCCAGACUGUCACUGUCAAUGCUACAGCACUGACAGCAGACACACACCAGGCAGAUCUCAGACUGUCACUGACAAUACUACAACAUUGACAGCAGACACACACAGAGCAGAUCUCAGACUGUCACUUUCAAUACUACAACACUGACAGCAGACACACACAGAGCAGAUCUCAGACUGUCACUGACAAUACUACAACAUUGACAGCAGACACACACAGAGCAGAUCUCAGACUGUCACUUUCAAUACUACAACACUGACAGCAGACACACACAGAGCAGAUCUCAGACUGUCACUGUCUGCCUCCAACACUGACAGCAGACACACACAGAGCAGAUCUCAGUCUGUCACUGUCAAUACUACAACACUGACAGCAGACACACACAGCAGAUCUCAGACUGUCACUGUCAAUACUACAACACUGACAGCAGACACACACAGAGCAGAUCUCAGACUGUCACUGUCAAUACUACAACAUUGACAGCAGACACACACAGAGCAGAUCUCAGACUGUCACUGUCAAUACUACAACAUUGAUAGCAGACACACACAGAGCAGAUCUCAGACUGUCACUUUCAAUACUACAACACUGACAGCAGAAACACACAGAGCAGAUCUCAGACUGUCACUGUCUGCCUCCAACACUGACAGCAGACACACACAGAGCAGAUCUCAGUCUGUCACUGUCAAUACUACAACACUGACAGCAGACACACACAGUUCAGAUCUCAGACUGUCACUGUCAAUACUACAACACCGACAGCAGACACACACAGAGCAGAUCUCAGACUGUCACUGUCAAUACUACAACACUGACAGCAGACACACACAGAGCAGAUCUCAGACUGUCACUGUCAAUACUACAACACUGACAGCAGACACACACAGAGCAGAUCUCAGACUGUCACUGUCAAUACUACAACACUGACAGCAGACACACACAGAGCAGAUCUCAGACUGUCACUGUCAAUAUUACAACACUGACAGCAGACACACACAGAGCAGAUCUCAGACUGUCACUGUCAAUAUUACAACACUGACAGCAGACACACACAGAGCAGAUCUCAGUCUGUCACUGUCUGCCUCCAACACUGACAGCAGACACACACAGAGCAGAUCUCAGACUGUCACUGUCAAUACUACAACACUGACAGCAGACACACACAGAGCAGAUCUCAGUCUGUCACUGUCUGCCUUUAUGUUCCAUUACUGAAAUAAAUUAACUUUUGCACGAUAUUCUAAUUUUUCGAGUAUCACCUGUACUUAGACAGACAUAUACACUGACAGAGAUACUGACACAUACACACACAUAUGUAUACUAACAGACAUACUGAAACAUACACGCACAGACAGACAUUCUAACACAUAUACUGACACACAGACAUACACUGACACACAAAUAUAUACUGACUGACAUAUUGCUACACAUUAAGACAUAUUGGGCAGUUUUAGAUUUAUAAAACCAGCAAUAAUACCCAUUGGGUGGCUUUAAGCUUAAGUGCAUAGGCCACCCAAUGGGUACCCUGACUAUGCCGACCCCUGUGUUAGUAUUGCGGCACCGGGCUUCUGAAACGGCGUGGGCGGGUGGUGUCUGCCGGUGUCCUGCCAGUGGCUUGCGACCCACACUUUGGGAAACCCUGUGCUGGACAGUUUUUGUGUGUUACAAAUAUCUCAAGAAUUCAGCAUUUACCCCAUAAAGUAAAAAAAAACAAAAAAAACAAACAAAAAACUAACCCCAGCACACAGCCGCAAACAGUCUUGAUACACCCAUGAACCCAUAAAAUAUAAUACUGUACAUUAAACAAUUGGGGCAUUUGUGCGAGAGCAAAAAAUAUAUACACCAAUCACCCCAAUUAGCCUAAACACCUAUGCAAAUUGACAUGAAAAGAAUAUAUUUAAAAAAAAAAAAAAAAAACUAAAACAUAAUAUGAGAAUAUAUAUACAAUUUGUAAAUUUCCAUGUGUGUUUCAGCUGAUUGGAGUGAUUGUUUUGUAUGUUUAUUUUAGUUUAAGCCAAACACCCCAAUUGCAUAGUGUACCGUAUUAUUUCAAUGCAUCUAGUGGCCACAUAUGUAGGCUUGGAUGUGAUAUCUAGAUACUAGUUAGGGAACACUCAGUGCUUGGAUUAUUGGCCACCUCUAAUUGUAUGUUUUGGUUGAUUAGGAAUUUGUAACUAUAUGUUAUUUGGUGCAUGGACUUGUCUGCAGUGAACUCCAUGGGUGGGAGUGAGCGACACCCAGGUAUACGAUCAUUGUGUGGCUCAGGAGAUUGGGCUUGAAUGUCUGUCUUUGACUUUUUUAACCACUGCAAAAGUGCAUAAUCUUCAUAAUAACUACACAUAAACACCUCUCUGUACUGAAGAUGCUUGCACAUUAGCCCUAAUCCAUUGCACAAGGAUGGACCGAAAGAUCUGACAGUCCUGUGCUCUAUAUGCUAAUCUUCACAUUGCCUGCAUGGGGUGAUGUUGGAGGGCUGAACAUGGAAAGAUGAGAAGACAAUCCCAUAUGACCAUUAAAUAGACAAUCUGUAAUGGAGAAGACCUCUGUUUCUCCAUUCAUCAAAAAAAUUAGAAUAAAUUUGUUGCCCAAGAAGAUUAGAGCCACUCUUUUCAGAUUGACUCAGAUAUACAUAUUCCACGGAGAGGGAUACAUUUGGAUCUUCAUCUACCAUACUUUUACAAGUAGCAUAGGUUGUUACAAUGCUUGGAGUGUCUCUUUAAAUUAAGAAUUGUAGAUUAUAACAUCAAAUUACCCCUUUAGCACUUGUUUACUGUCAGGUUUAUUUACUAAAUUGAGAAAUUUAAAGGGAAUCCCAAAUUUUAGGCCAAAAUUGCCUAGCUAUGUUGCAGGAUUUUAUCAAUUUGGAUGUUCUGACCUGAGAUUUCUCUUUGCAUUCCCGGUAAUUCUCAUUUCAGUCACCUGUCUAUGUUCCUUAAUGCAUAUGAGAAAGGUACUCUACACCUGUCAGUAGCUAACUGCCCUGGGAGUAAGAAAAAAAAUGAAAACUAACCACAAGGGGGAGCUACUUCAUCAAGGAUAGCAGUUCUGUAAAUGAAGUGAUUAAUUCCAUGCCGUUUUUAUUCUAUUUUUAUUUUAAAACUGCCAGCAUAUUUUGCGUAUUGAAAGUACAAGGAAAUGCGAGCGAAAGAUUCUGUGCCAGUGAGUUUACCCUUGAGGAACUAUGACUAUCUAUGCCAUCAGAAAAAAAAAAAAAAAUCUAUUCAAUAUUCCAAAAUAGAAUGACAGGGGCAAGAUGUAAUGACAGCACUAGAAAAUUGAAAGCUGUCAUGAGCAUGGUGUUCUGUCCUGUACCACUGCUAAGCUAUGUGUAUUUUAUUGUAAUACUUUGUUAUAUUUGUUUUAUAUUGUGCUGUGCAAUCUGCUGGCACUAAAUACAAAUAAACAAAAUCUAGUGUUUGCUGAGUGAGAGAUUAAAGGAUAUUUUAUAAAUUAAAAUGUUUCCUUUAUUUCUGUGAUAUAAGAUUAAUAUUUUGUGUUCGCCAAUGCCUCAUACGGUGCGCCUACUGAAUCAGCUAAAGACUUUUUUUAAAUUUCUUCUUCAACUCCUGAAGUUGUUGUUGGGGGUGGUCUUUAAAGUUGCCCAUUGAAGAUAAAAAGACAGUGGUCUCUAAAGUAUCUUGUAUCUCGUUCAUGCCAACAUAUUUCUACCCUCUACCUGUUUAGUGGCUUGAUCUUUUUUUUUUCUCUCUUUUAUGUCUUUCAAAUAUUUUUUAUUUAUUUUUUUAUUCUUUGCCAAGAGGCUUUUUAGAAAUCAAUUUGUAUUCUUUUGAUAUCCUUUCCCCCUUUCUCAUCCCUCUAGUCUUCUUUCAUCACCCACUCUUACCUUCUUUCCCCUUGAUGCCUAUUUGAACUACAACUCACAGGAACCCACAGAACAAGUAGCAAAAUAUUGCUAUUUUCAGUAAAUACAAGAAUUUAAAUUAUCCUUUUUGUAUCUUGUUAAUUUUGAAAGAACACUCCAGGCACCAUAACCACUACAGAGCACUGUCGUAGUUAUUGUGGUGCCCCCCCCAUAAGUGAAAAUGUUAUAGAAUAGCUCAUCUUUUUACCUGUGAUCUGCUGGCCACCGCUUCUCACCUUCAUUACUGGCGAUGAGAAACUGUGUAAGCAUCUGAGCAGGAGCUUCUAUUACCUCUCCUGAGCUAAGCGCUUCUUUGUAGGGCCUAGCUCAUAUAGCAAGCUCCAGGUUCUCUCUCAUAAAUGGUAAAGGCAGGAAGCAGCUCCCAGUGGACCCAUGUAAGAAGUCACAGUUCUGAAAUGGUUUUACCACUUAUAGUGGGCAACGACAGGGCACUCCACUACAGCACGCAGCUGGAAAACAAAUUUUGCCAAAGGCCAUUAGUACUUAAAUGAAUUUGGGACUGCAUGCAUUAAUCUGUGUGGCUUCUGUGAAAUUCUCCUUAUAGAGAAGGGAUCAGUAUUCAUGUCACUAAUGAGCACUUGGAAGCAGAUUGCAGUUAGAAUAUGGUGACAGGCUGUCUGAUAGCAAGCUGUAAGUGGCCUCUACUUUAGUCUCCAUGGUAAUGAAGUGUCAGAGUUCACAUGUCCUGAUUUUACUGUAUCUUUCUAAAGAUGUCGCUGUAAGAGAUGCUCAUACUUGACAAGUCUUUAAAACCUAAUUAUUUUUAUAAAGGCUUCAUUAGAAAAAAUAAUAAUAAUAAUUGUUAAAAAUUAUCAUAAGUUUUUAUUCAGUGGAGAGUGUUUAUUGGUCAUUAAAUCUCAUGUAAAGUUCAAGUCUUUACAAUCCACCCCAAAAAUAAAAUAAAAAAAAGCCUGCCCCAAAACUGCCUUCAUGGAUUUCUGGAUAACAAUUUUACAUUUUAAUACUCUUCCCGGUGAACCUCGAGCUAAAUUUGAGGACCUACGUACCAAUAUACCUGAUGUCUACCUGAUGCUUCCUUGAUGCUUUGUCAUUCCACAGGCAUUCUAAAGGCAUGCAAAGCAUCAUGGAAGUUGUCGUUUUACAACAUCUGGGAAUCUACCAUUUAGAUACUAGAAUAUGUUGGUGGUUAUCAAAGUCUUAUCAUUUAAGAAUAGUUGAUAGAUUUUAUUUACUCUUUUUAUUUUUAUUUUUUAUUUUAUGCGAUUUGUAACUGACUGGCCAGAACUGAUUGCUUUUUAAUUCAUGUCUUGCUUUUUCCUGAUGCAGGGGCCAGCAGCAAUUACUGAUGCCAACACAUCUCUAAUCCAUUUUUCCCGUAAUGUCUCAUAGGAGCUCUUCAAGAGUACUGAGUCCUUUGCUUCUUUACUUCGCCGAUCUCCACUUAUUCAGAUGGGACCUGCCAAAGACAAGAUAGCGUUUGGUAAAAUCAUGCAUAUUGUUGAUGACCACUUAUACAUCGACUUUGGAGCCAAGUUUCAUUGUGUGUGCAAGAGACCUGAGCAAGACAGCGAGUAAGUAAAUUGCACUUUGUAAUGUGAAAAUGGAUAUGUGAUCUGUAUACUUUCAUACAAUGCUUAAAGUAACACUACAACGUUAAGAAUGCAAACGCAUAUGUCCUAGUUUCCCCCCAUUAACAUGCUUUUAAAAAAAAAAAAGAGGGGCAAAAAAAAACAAGUAAAACUUUUUUUUUUUUCUCCGCACCGAGACGCAAUAGGUGCUGCGCCCACUCCUCCUGGAGCUGUUGCUUUCUUGAUGAUAAUCAAGUCCAAUGCUCCUCAUAGUGACAAGGUGUGUUUGACGUUCAACGUCCUCAUGGAUGUUAAAUGUCACCAAGUUAAACUCAAUUGUUGCAGAGGAAGAGCCUCUAGUAGACAGCCACUAGAGGUGUGUUUAAAGGGACACUAUAGUUACCAGAACAACUAAAGCUUCUUGUAGUUGUUCUGGUGAGUAUGAUCAUUGUAUGUAGGCAUUUUCAUGCAAACACUGCCUUUUCAGAGAAAAGAAAAAAGGGGGGCGACCCCCUAAGGCGAGCAAGUCAAGCAUGCGGCAUAUUUACGGCCCGCCUGCCAUAGAGUUGCUUUCAGCUGUGGCUGCGACCAGCAAGUCAGGAAAAAUAUUUCCUGAUUCUUGCUCUCCCGGCCACAAAAGGACAAAGUGGCUGUGUGUCUGCAGAGCAGACCAAAGCAGCCAUCCCCCCUUCCCUCCUGCUUGCAGUGCCAGAGGAGCGUCUGGCCUGCUAUAGCAGGGCUGUUGCUAAAACUGGAGGACAGACAGCAAAUUGUAAGGUAGGAGAAGAGGGAGGAGGGGAGGGCCGUGUAUUUAUUUGAGGGAGGGAGGGGGCCAGUGUGUUAAAUUGGGGAGAGGGCAGUGUAUUAAAGUAGAUUGGUGGGUGUGGGGGCAGUCUAUUCAAUUAGAAUGGAGGGAGGAGGGGCAGUGUAUUAGAUUAAGGGGGAAUGUAUUAGAUUGGGAGGAGGGGUAGUGUGUUGGAUUUGGGGGCAAUGUAUUAGAAUGGGUGAAGGGGCAGUGUAUAAGAGUGGAGGGAGGGGGGCAAUGUAUUGGAUUUGGGGGCAGUGUAUUAGAAUGGGGGGAAGGGGCAAUGUAUUAGAUUGGGUCUGCAUGGAGGCGCUCAAUGCUCCCCAUGGGGAUGCUGUUUGGCCACGCAACCUUUUGCCACACAUGCACAAUAGCCUCUCAAUGCUUUCCUGUGGGAAAGCAUUGGAUUGGCUGAGAUCAUCAAGAUUGAUGAUCGCAACCAAAGUGAAGAACACACUCAGAACUCCAAAAUAAACAAGAUAACGUCAUUUGUUUUUUACAGCUGUGCAACAGCAUACAUUCACCAUUUCAGUCCUAUUACCAAACAUUUCUUAAUAUAUCAAGGUAGUUGGACUGUAACGUUGAUUAUAUGCAAAUGCAUUUCUGAAAAUAAAUUUGCUCUCUUGUUUAUUUUGCAGCCCUACGAGUGUGAGGACGUCCAGUGUCAGUUGGGCAACUUUUUUUUUUAUACUGUACUUAUCUAAAUAAACCUACGUUUCUAUGGAAACUGAAGGUUUUUUUUUUUGGUUUUUUUUGCGGCCCAUAUAAACCUUGUUUAUUUGGUCCGUCUUAGCCUUUGACUUUGACAUGCUUGCCCUAAGGGGUCUAGAGUGUGUAAAGGGAAUGUAAUAGAGGGUAACCUUAGAAACAGAAUACAUAAAACACAAAGAAAUUACCAACAAACAUAAAAUCCAGAAUCCAAGUCCGUAUAUGAAUAUAAUGUAAUUAAAACUAAAUUUAUUUAGUUAUGUUUAAAAAGAGCUUAGAGAUUACUUAGAGCUUAUGAGCUCCCAUUUAUUUUGUGUUUAUAAGUUUCCUUUUUUUUUUUUGUCCUUUUGGUUCAAUUACUGUUCCUUUUUAAACAUAUAUAAGUAAAUUUUGUUGUAAUUACAUUAUAUUCAUAUAGGGACUUUACUUUGUCCUCUGGAUUUUAUGUCCAUUGGUCAUUUCUUUUCAGAGAAAAGGCAGUGUUUACAUUGCCGCUAGGGACACCUCCAAAUGGGCACUCCUCAGAUGGCCACUGGAGGUGCUUCCUGGGGCAGUGCUGCACAGUAGCCAGCAGUGCCGUUCAGCGUCUCCACGCUCUGCAUAGGGACGCUGAAUUUUCCUCAUAGCGAUGCAUUGAUUCAAUGCAUCUCUAUGAGGAGUUGCUGAUUGGCCAAAAUGGCAUUUGGCCCCACCCUCUUGCCGAUUUUAGCCAGUCCAAUGGUUUCCCCAUGGGAAAGCAUUUGAUUGACUAAAAAUCUGCAAUUCUUAUGUCGCCAAGGGGGCCGGGCUAACGCUGGUGGACUAGCGCGGCGCUGUAAAUAAAGUGGGUUUUAUAAACUUUUAAGGGGGCUAAGGGAGUGCAAGCCACCUAAAUGGUGUGUUUAGCACUAUAGGGUCAGGAAUACAUGUUUGUGUUCCUGACCCUAUAGUGUUCCUUUAACCCUGCAAUAUAAACAUUAAAAUUUCUACAUCUUUUACAUUGUACGGUUAAAACUACAUGAUCAUUGCACCCAGACCACUUAAUUGAGAUGAAAUGGGGUGAGUAGCUUUAGUGAUCCUUUAGUUUAUUAUUCUAUAUUUCCCCCUUACAUUUUCACUAUCAGUACUAAUACUGGUGUAAGUUUGCUGUGUUUCUACACUUUAACCGAGAUGUCAGUGAGUGGCUAACUGGUGUUUGAGUUUGUCCUAAAUAAGACGCCACCUGGGUUCAUAUUUAGGGAUCCUAUACGUUUUGAACAUUUUAGCUGUGUUUUCUCAGCCUAUUUCUGACCAAGCACCAUUAAUGUAAUGAUGUUUUCCAUGCAAAUGUCAACCUCUCAUUCAAUAAAAGAGUCUAAUUGUCUGCAUUUCCUAUCAAAUGCCAUUCACUUCUGAAAAUUGAACGGGUGCCAAACUACCCUGGCAGUUCUAGGACAUUUCUAUAGGUUAUAUAAAUCAUGUCUUGAGAAAUGUGUCAAGCUCAAAUUUGGCUUUUUUUUUUCAACAAAUUGUUAUUGUGGGAAGAUAGUUAAACGUUGACUAAAUGUUUUUGAAACAGGCUCUCCCUAUUGUCAUGAAUUGUGACAAUUAAGAGUUCACCCCACUUUAUAGUAACGUUUGUAUUUAAAUUAAAACUUCCUGUAUUCUAGUACUGUCACUUUUAAGAUUUUGUCAUAAAAAGAAAAUCUUUAUGGAAACAGUCACCAUAAAUUAACACAAUAAAAAAUAUAUACAUAACAAAUACGAAAUGGAUGUAUUAGCACCAGCCCUCAAAAACUGCUCAAAUGUAACUUUUACUUAAACAUUUAAGGAAUUUAUAUCAAAAUAUGUAGAUAUGCACAUGUCAAAGAAGGGCCUACAUUGGCUAAUGCAAAUAAAAAUGACAAAACUUUGCAAAAAUUAGACCUGCAGUAAACUUCCUUGUGUUUCCUACCUCUUUAUAAAUCUUGCGUUUAAAAUCAUGACCUGGUCACUUUAAAUGUGGGCCCUGUUUAGUACAAAAACAUGGCUGCCAUAGAAUCCGGGCAAUGCUUUGGUUAGGUGCGUUUGUUUUCGUCACCUAGCAGUAUCUGGUUUGACAAGUAGCAAUCAUUUAAUUGUUUGCACAAUCAUUUAACCUCAUUGCCUGAGCGGAGGAAAGUGUGGCACCUUACUUCAUCUCAUCACCAGCUCCGGAACUCUGCAGCUCUCGAAUCGAUGCCAAAGGAUUAUUACUGUCAAGUGUCUGACUUUAGAAACAGUCAACCAUCUGUGCACGGCAAUACAGUGUUAUUUAUCUUAAAUGUCAGGAUGGCUCCUGUAUCCUUUUUAAUUUGUUCACAAGGAAACAGAGGAAACCCUGCCAACAAAGUUUUAUGUUCAGAGAGGCCAGGCAAACUAUUCCAUAACAUGCCCUAUUCGUUACAUUACUGUGUUUCUAUAUGCCGCUGCUUGAGUAAGGGAUUCCGUCUAAAUCUGCCUUGAUUGUCAAAGAAUAGGAUAUCUAGAAAUCGCUCGGUACAUGUUACAAUGAAGGAGAAGGCGCUAGUUUCUGCUACCUCAGAAUAAUAAACUAUUUUAUUUUUUCUGGCAGAAACUCAUAUUGCCUUAUACUGGAUUUUACCAGUUGUUGGCGUUGGAUAAACUGUUACUAUUGUUACGGCUUUCUUUAAAUAGGAGAAACUGGAUUUUUAGACUUUGAUAGCAUUGACUGCUUAUAUUUUUUAACCAACCAACCUAUGCUACUAGGUCUCUGUAGUUCAGUAAAUAUUUUUUAAAAAUUUUUUAUUUAUUUUUUUGCUUCUUUUAAAUAGGUUUAAACAUUGAAACGGAAAUGUGUAGUUUUAUUUAUUCAUUUUUUUAUUUUAUUUUUUAUUUAAGUAACAGCAAUACAAAUUUAUUGACACAAUCCAGGAAUCUAAACUGGCAUGGUUGAAGGUGUAAGCAGACCCAAAUAUAAAUUACAUCACAUUCCAAGUUAGGCCCAAUAUAAAUCUAGUGCAAAGCGCUGCGGAAUUUGACGGCGCUCUAUAAAUAUCAUAAUAAUAAUAGUGCAUUACAAAUACAUUAUGGCAUGGAAAAUGUACAUUUGCAUUGGCGACGAGGCCUUGUAGAAUGGAAUAGUGGAACGUAAUGAUUGUCAGAGGAACGUACAUACACACAUGAGAAGUGACGGCCAGGAUUUUAAACCGUGUUUUAAAUUGAUUAUCCAUAAGUUCUGAAAUAGAACGUUAGGGAUACUCCGCCUUCCCGUCACUGGCUGAAUGCUACAAUGUGCUGGGCUCAGGGAGGCAGGCAGGAAACAGACCUGUCAGUAUUUCUGUCAGUCUGAUGGUGGCUUCCCUGAGCUACUGAGAAAACCUCAGACAAUCUUCAUUAUAUUAUUCUUGUCAAAAUCCAAAGUAUAUUUUGUGCUUGUGCAAUCUAAGCAUAAUUAUGGUAAAUACCAGUCAAAUCCCACUAAUUGCUGCUCCCAUCUCUUCUCCCACUGGUUUGAUUACACUCUCUUUAUGUUGGAUUCUCUCAGGCAGGCUGUCUUAUUCUAGCUGUAUGACUGUGAAAGAUGCAGAGGGCUUUAUAAAGUAUAAUCCAAAGUAGAUGUUUAUUCCCCUCCCUGUCUCUAUAAUCUGUUUCCCCCUCUUUCUCCUUCUAACCUACUUCCCUCUGCUUUUUGUGCAUUUCAGACUUACCUUUACCAUUUUUCUGUAGUUUACCCCAUUUUCUGUCUGUAGUUCUGGCUCCUGUUUUAUUGCUCUCUCAUCAUUCUAUGUGUCUAUCUGUGUUUUAGCCCACUGUCAACAAUUCUAUUUUAUCAAUAUCCACCUCAGUCCAUUUGUAAAUUUUCUUUUAUGUUUCUUGUGGCAGAACAGCUGCCUAUUCGUGCAUUUUUCCCUUUUGUUUUAUGUUUUCCCUGACUUUCGUGCAGUAUACCCUGUUUCCCCAUUCGUCUUCCGAACGGGGACUACCCUGGUGCCCCAUUAGAACGUUCCCACCAAUUAAUCAGAACUUUCGCACUUGCAACAUAAGUGUGAAACCGCAAUAUUCGCACUUGCAACAUAGUGUGAAACCGCAAGGGAAGUAAUUAAUGAGGGCUCCCCUGGGUGGCUGCCAUUUCGUAUAGAUGAACGCCAGCCAGGGGGAGCAUUCUUAUCCCGAAAGGAGACGCUUUCCUUGCAGGUUUUAACACCAGAACCUCGCGAACAGAGGCUGGUCGGGGAAUGUGCCGGACUGAAGCCGCCUGAGGUUGGUGGGGACACUUUUGGGGUACUGGCUAUUUGGCAGGCUUUUCUGUGCCUGGGAGACAAAAGGCCGAUUUCUUUCCUGCGCUUUGGCUCCCAGGCACAGAGGCUCCUGGGAAGAAUAACCCUUCACCCCGCGCCCCCCCCCCCUCCAACCCCUCCCUGUUGUGCUGAGUGGUAGGCUUCUUGGAUCUGUGAGACAAAGGAGCAGCGACCCCCCUUUUCCUGCGCUUUUGCUCCGAGGUUUAGAGGAUCUUGGGAUAGAACCCCUGGGUGUUUGGGAAGUUUGCAUGGAGCUAUGCAUAAAAGCAGAGUGUGGCAUAAUAAAAUCGUGUUGUACUCCCAGAACUGUGUGCCAUCCAGUUACUGGGGGAAUGGCUGUUUGCCUGUUCUAAGGGUUCCUGAGGGGCUGCAGGAAGGUAAUAGCGGAGGUAACCGGUCGUGUUACCCGUCGUCCGCUACAUUUCUCAAACUAUUCCUCCAAUUAUUUUUUUAUUUUAUUCAGGUCUAUCUUAUACCCCCUUCUUUUAUUCUAACUCGACUGUUUUUAUCAUUCCAGUCAUUAUCUAUGCUUUUCCCCACCCUAAACCCCACCUUUUAUUUGUCUUUAACCCCUUAAGGACCAAACUUCUGGAAUAAAAGGAAAUCAUGACAUGUCACACGUCAUGUGUCCUUAAGGGGUUAAACCUUUUUACCUUCCUCGGUCUCCCAUUUCUCUACAACAAAAGUGAUUUGAAGUAAUGGUUAAUUCUUGCCUGUCUCUCUGAUAGUAAAGCCUCUAUGAUGCCUAUGUGUUCCUUUGUUUAAUUGCAGAGAAUUGUUCUAAUGUAUGAGCUACAGUUGUGCCGAAAACUUUUGUUUUCAUUACGGUUGAUUCGGCUUUCGAAGAAAAAUAAAAAUGUGUGCCAUUGAAUUGGGUAUCAAUAUCUAUACUCCAGGAUGGAUUUGAAAACUUUCAAAAUCUAAUCGUAUGCAUCCUAAUUUUAAACUAUGGAUAGUGUUAUCAUAACAGACCCUGCUGGAGAGCGUAUUAGACCUCCGUUUUAAGUGUGACGCAAAUCCCACGUGCUGUACAAUGGUACUGUGUCUGGCUGCUGUAUUAUGAUAGAUGGGACUUGGAUAUUUGUUCUGAGCCUAAUCACAGAGUAGAUUGCAGGAGUAGAGGUAGACCGCUCAAAGAAGGACGACAUAUUGUCUGGCGUUUGCCAUUUCCAUCUUUCUAAGUAGAUUUAUAUAAAACUUUUGAGGUGGGUGUGUGAAUUUUUUUAGAAUUAUUACUGCAUGAUUUUUGUACUUUUAUGUGGUUAUUUACAAAAGUGAGAAUUGACAUGUUUUCAAAGUGAAUAUCAACAUUUUAGGCUAAAAUAAUUCAAUUAGAAAGCUUUGGCUUAUUAUUAUUAUCGUCAUAUAUAUAGCGCUAACAGAUUCCGUAGCGCUUUACAAUAUUAUGAGAGGGGGGAUUUAACUAAAAAUAUAUACCUCCUAUAGACUGUAAGCUUGUUUGAGCAGGGUCCUCUUCAACCUAAUGUUCCUGUAAGUUUUACAUAGAAACAUAGAAUGUGACGGCAGAUAAGAACCAUUCGGCCCAUCUAGUCUGCCCAAUUUUUAAAAUACUUUCAUUAGUCCCUGGCCUUAUCUUAUAGUUAGGAUAGCCUUAUGUAUAUCCCCCUAAGCAUGUGUGUGAUAUGCAUAAGGCUACCCUAACUAAAAGGUGUGAAUGAAGCAGAGCUGGAGGAGAGAGUAGAGUGCUGCCCUUUAGGAGAGAGCAAGAGACAGGUAUGUAAGACAGAGGUUACUCUGGGAGGCCAUAAGCUUUCAUAAAGAGAUGGGUUUUAAGGCACUCAAACGAUUGAAGACUAGGGGAGAGUCUGAUAUCGGUAGGCAGGCUAUUCCAUAUGAAGUGAGCUACCUGCGAAAAGUCCUGCAAGCGCGAGUUGGUCGUACGAUUGCGAGCAGCGGACAGGAGAAGGUCACGGGCAGAGCGGAGAGACCGAGAAGGGGCAUACUUAUGGAUCUGUGAAGUGAUAUGAGGGGCUAGAAUUAUUCAGUGCUUUAGAUGUAUAGGUUAGCACUUUGAAUUGACUCCUAUAGGAUACAGGAAGUCAAUAUAAGGACUGACAGAAGGGUGAGGUGUGAGAGGACCGACUAGAGAGGAAAAUCAGUCAGGCAAUAUGGAUUUUGGGAAGACCAAUCAGGAGAGGGUUAUAAUAAUCCAUGCCGGAAAUUACUAUAGCAUGGUCAAGCUCCUUGGUAGCAUCAGAAAGAAAGGGGCGGAUGCGGGCUGUUUUUAAGUUGGAAUCUACAGGAUUUGGCAACAUACUAGAUGUGAGGCUCAAAGGUGAGGCCAGAGUCAAGUAUGAUGCCAUGACAGCAUGCUUGCAAGGAUGGACUUAAGUGGAUACCACUAACUUGAAGAUAGAGCGAAAGAGGCGGGUCAGUAUUAGUGGGAGGAAAGACCAGGAGCUCAGUUUUAGAGAGAUUGAGUUUCAGAAAGUGUGAGGACAUCCAGCCAGAGAUGGAAGAAAGGCAAGCACUGACACGUUGCAGGACGGCAGGGGAGAGGUCCGGGGAGGAGAGCUAUAUCUGAGUGUCAUCAGCGUACAGGUGGUAGUGGAAUCCAAAAGAGACUAUGAGUCUUCCUCCAGGAGCGUUCAGCACAACGGGAGCAACUUUGCAGAUAGCGUGUUGAUUUAGUAUGCCACGGUUGGGGGCAUGUCCUCCUUGAGGUGCAUAUUUGGAGCGGGGCUGCAGUGUUCAAGGCAGAGGUGAGGGUAGUGUUAUAUGUGGAGAUGGCAAGUAAGGGACAGCAGAGGUAAGGGGUGAAUUAGCUAAGCUCAUCAAAUUUCAUGCUCUCAGCAAAGGAAGCAGAAUGGGGGUACCUUAGUAACCUGAGUCACCUGAAUAAAUCACCUUCGAUGGCAAGGAAGGCCAGGUACCUUAACAGCUAUUUUAAACCUAUAGUGUCAGUAAUACACGAUUGUUUGCCUGACACUAUAGUGUUCCUUUAAAUUUGACAUUCACUUUGAAUUCCCAGUAAAUAACUCUUGUUUGGAAAAAAAUUCACAGCUUUGCAUUUCUAACUCUGUAUGUGUUUACAAAGACAUGUAUUUAUUAUUAUUUAGAUGUAAAACCAUCUCCAUUAGUAUUUGAAUAAAUCUCUGUAUAGACUUGUUAGAAUGGAGCCCCUUUUAUUUGGUAUAUGAGAUGAAAGCAGGUGUAUUCUACAUCAGAUUUAUUUUUCACUACAGACUUUCUCUAUUCACAUCUUAAAAGAAUAGUGUUUAUAAGAUCUUUAAUCAUAGUCGGCAGACUGUCGAUCACACAGAAGAAUAACAGGAAUAGGCGAUAAGGCGCCCAUGUUCAAUCACAACAAGUUAUUCAGUCCUUUCACAAUGUGUACAAGGUAGUGCAUACGGCAGCUGCUGCACGUUCCCAACAAGUCCUCUGGCACUUAAACUUUGCGCCCUUUGUGUCAUGUGCCAAAGUCAAGCCAAGAUAAAGAGAGCCGUUCUGCAACAGGCAGCAGAAUAAUCCCGUGAAGGUACAUUUGUGUUGAAAUACUUGACAUAUUUAUUCUUGAUAUUAAUUUCCAAGGAGAAACGUCUUGACAGCUUACUGAAAAGCAAUUUUCUUUCCUUUUUUAAUUUUAAAUUUUUUUUUUUUUUUUUUUUAAUAUGACCGCUUCUUUAUUUUAAAUUCAUUCCCUCGGUGAUUGCAUGACCUCACUCGUUCAAUAUAACACUUUCUGAAAAUUAUGGACGAGAUUCCCACUUUUUAAGAAGACGUGCUGCAUGACUCUUGUCACCUUGUGAUUGUUCAGCCCCCCCAUCCUCUACUGUUCAGUCUGGCAGCUUUAAACCAAAACACUUCCAUGUCAAGAACAAUUAUACAAAUGGGGAUCAACUUCAUGACAGCUGUAUAAAUAAAGUAUAUUGCUUGGUGAAAAGGGAUUAUCAAGUCAUGACACAUUGAGUAAGUUUUCCCAACGUCUGCAAACCAAGAGAAUAACGUCUUGACACGUUGAACAGCUAUUCUGUAGUAAAAAGAAAACAUGCCACAUAUUGCAAUUUUUUUUUUACACUUUAAUAUAAAAAAGUAUGAAACGGUAGUCAUUUGUGGCACUAUAGUUUAACAUUCCCUCUAAAUUAUUUUACACUUUGAUAUAAUAUUGUAUUUUUAAUUAUUAUUAUUAUUAUUUUUUAAAUGUCGUCCUCCUAUCUCUCACUACUAAGUCAUCAUUCCUAUAUUACCCAAUAUUCUUCUAGCUGCACUGAAUAUUCAUCUUUAGGUUAUCAGAACUAAAGGAACACUCCAAGCACCAAACUGUAGUGGUGAUGGUGUUGGCAGACCCCACAUUGUAAAGAUUGAGACAAUUUUCAAAUGGUUUGAUUUCCUACUUGGUGCCUGCUGGAUGCCAUUUCCUGCUUCCAAUACUCAAGUCACAGAGCUACCAGCUUUCUGUCUGAGUAAAGCCCUGCCAGGGAACUCUUGACACCAUUGCCACUUUAGCGAGCUGUAGUUGUUAUGGUGCUUGGAGUGUCAGUUUAAAUGGACACUGUUGGCACUAUAAUGAUUUCAUCUUAUUGAAUUUGAUGUAGUGCCUGGAGUCCAUUGGAACUAACUCUCCUUUCAGUUUUACUCUCUGCCUCCCAUCCUGUGAGAGCAAGUCCAAUGACGAGUUAUCGGGGAAUUAUUGUGUGACAGUUGACUCACCACCACUCACUGCCGUGCAACCAAUGCGUUUCUCUGGCAGUGCUAUGAGACCUCUCACAACUACGUUUUGCACUCUGUUCCUAAAGUCCUGAGUCUGACUCUUAGUAGCCAAUUUGUCCCCAAUGCUCACAUCACUGGAGUUCAGUUUUGCACAUAUCUGCCAAUUAUUUCACCCCAGUAAGCGAGAUGUUGAUUGGUGGCUGUAGAACAGGGAGGACGAGUGAAAUAUAUCUUGCCACUGUCCAAAGAUGGCAGACUUGCCCGAAAAGGGGACGGGACUGUCUAAAUAAAUAACAGGUCAGCCUGGCCUGAAUGCAAACCAAUCUGCCUGCCAAUCAAGCAGGCUUGCAGGGAGCACUGUUUCAGGGUCCUAUUUGCAUGGCGUAUCUAAAGAUGCACGCAUGCAAUGCUUGUUGGGGAGAGUUCCCCGGUGUCUCAAAAAGCAACUUUAAGUCGGCAUGGCGGGACACCUAAAACUGGACGGUUUCUAGGCAUACAGUUGGUUUGAAACAUCCAGUAAGUAGUGUUUAAUCACAAAUGUGAGACUGGCAAACUAUCGUAAGAAGAUCCACUAUUGUUAUAUCAUUGGGCUUUUACAAACAUAUUUACUUGAAAGGGUUAAAUACAGGGAAGGUAAUCUCACUGUAUCCAAUCAUUAGUGCUAAGAGGGUAAAAAAUAAGAGCUUAAAUUUCUGUUACUUAAAGGUAUACGCAGGAGGUGUUAUAAAAUUAUAAGAAUAGGACUUUAUAAAUCGCUCAAGUGUCAAUUUAUAUUUUAAAUUACAGGCUGUGGUAUGAAUCUAUUUUUGGACACUUCCUCCCAAAAAACGACAUUUUGAAAUCAUUUUUAAUAAUGUAUCUAAAGCAUUUUGGGAGGAGAAAAGUGUGUUAAAGUCUUUACAUUUUAAAACUAGAAUCCAACUUUAGAUCUGUGAGCAGUUUUUAUGUAAUGUACGUUUUAUAUGUUUUGUAAAUUCUGUGCAACAUUAGCAUGGAUAUUGUUUGGUAUUUAGGUUACUUAGGCAACACACAAUUUAGAUUUUCAGAACCAGCGCAAUGUCGGUACAAACCACACAAAAAUGAAGCUCUGUGCUCAAACUCCCACUACUGCUCUUGUUCAGCGUAAUGUUAGUGCCCUAACUGUAGGGAGGUGGGAAACCGUUUUACGCAUGUGUUUGCACACAUUAUUUCCUCUUUCGCGUGACCAAUGUGUGGAUCUUGCUUAUCAUAAAAAAAAUCACAUUGAAUUCCUGCCCUAUCUCACUUUAGUGAAUAACCCUGAUAGUCCUAAAAUUUUCUAACCGUUCAGAACAGGAGGAUUAUGCAUCUAGAAUAUGCACUACUUUUACUUCUGUCUUUUUUUCACUGUGAAGGGUGUGAAGGACUUUCGUGCUUUUUGCUAGUGCUGCUCAUUUUUGCUCAAAGUAAAAUCACCUUUCACAUUGAUAUUGUAAGGAGCAGAAAAACGUGUUUAAAGCUAAAAAGCAUGUCAUUAAGUAACUUUUGCUUGAAAAGUGAGACUUGCAAUGCGACUUUUAUCUUCUUUUUCCAGUAUAUUUAGAUACAACCAUUUUACUUAAUUAUGGCCAAAUCAAUCCAUUUUGUGAGUAACAUUUUAUAACCCGUCACCCAAGAGCUUACACAUUUUGAGAUCAAAGUAUAAGGGACUUAUUAUUUUUUUUCCUUUUAAACGUGUUCGAGUAGUUCCUAUAGACAGAGUACUGAUAAGUAGUGAUGUGCAUGUUACAUGUUUCCCGCAUUGGCAACUGUACAGUUCUGGUCAAGUUUAUGCAGUAAAGUAUGAUGUUUAAAUUGCAUAUUCAUGGUAUUUGGUGCCUGUAGUGUUUUGAAAUGCUCAUUUAAGGUAAAAGCUAAUUUUUAUAGUCUUUCCCUAUAGGUAACUGACCCCUGCUCUACAUAGAUGGAAUAACCCCUAAACUAUUAAACAAAUAUGUUUACAAUUGUUAUACUGAUUGUAAACCACUAAACUCACAAUCUAUUGAACUUUAAAGGGACACUAUAAUCACCCAGACCACUUCAGCUCAUUGAAGUGGUCUGGGUGCCAGGUCCCUCAAGUUUUAAACCUUCACAUGUAAACAUAGUUUCAGGGAAACUGCUAUGUUUACAUAGCAGUGUUAAGCCAACCUUUAGUGGCUGUCUUCCUGACAGCCGCUAGAGGCGCAUCUGCGACGCUGGAUGAGAAAUUCGCAUCCAGCGUUCAGAACGUCCAUAGGAAAGCAUUGCGCAUUCUACUCCACUCAGGAGCUGACAUCGGUGGGGGAGGAGAGGUCACCAGCGCCGAGGGAGCCCGACGCUGGAUAAAGGUAAGCUGCUGAGGGGAUUUUAAUCCCUUCAGCCCCACGGGAGGGGGACCCUGACGGUGGGGGCACCCUUAGGGCACUAUAGUGUCAGGAAAACCGCUUUGUUUUCCUGACACUAUAGUGAUCCUUUAACCAAUACACAGAAUAAUCAUUGAUAAAGGGACAGGGGUCCCAAAACUUUGUACUGUUCUUUGAAUGUGCUUUGAAUAAACUUGGGCUGCACUAGUGGGCCCCUAUAACUAAGCUGCGCUUUGCAGAUGAAUACUUUGGAUUGCUAUAUUGUGCUUGCUUUUGGGGCUACGGCAGCUUAUACACAAUAGCUGCACUAAGUUAAUAUAUUUUGUCUUUUGGUACUGUGCUAUACCACACUUCUAGAACAUAUUUUUCCCCCCCGAAUAAUUUGAAUAAUAGACAUUUAACUAUAACUAAAAUCAAUUCCCACAUCACUGGCUUAUUUGUAUUUAUAAUACUGUACAUGUCAUGAAUUAUUGCACAUCUAUUUUCUUUUUAUUUCUAUUCACACUAGAGCAGAUGUUUUGCAAUUUCAAAUGGUACACAAAAAUAACUGAAUAUCAGCAUUCUGGAAUUAAAUCAGGCAUUUACUGCAGCUUUAACGGGUUAUUAAUUUAGUUAAAUAGAUUUAGUAGAUUUUUCAAAAAGCUCCGGUUUCACUAUAAAAUCCUUUGCUCUCCGCUAGCUUGCGCUGUUUGUGGUUAUGUUUGCUGCACCUUCGUAUAGAGAACGCAGGUCAUACAGAGUGGCCUGGCCUGUCUUUCACAGUCAGCUAUGCUGUAGAAUUCAUUUCUCCCUCCCAUCUAGCCCAAACAAUGUUGGUGGUGCCACACUGUCUGUCACACAGGCUUGGCUUUCCCUGAUAUGUUAUUUUAAUCCUGAGAAUACCCAUUAACUGUUUCAGCUACGUAUUUCUUGCUGAGAUUUGUAUCACGUCUCUCGCCUCUUAAAUAGGGUAAACGUCACUCCUCCAUGACCCAUCUCUGUAACCUCAGUAUCCAUUUUUCCAGAAAUAUAACAUUUUCCCCCUUCUUCACACAGCAUGCCAUUCACACUCAUUGCUUUAUAAUUCACCCUCUUUAACCACCCACCGAUUUAGGUUGGUGUGAGAUAUUUGUAGCUGCGGACGGAGAAUUGACUGGUCUGUGUGGUGGGGGAAAAUGUAGGGUUAUACUAGGGCAGGUAAUGGUGUCUACAGUGAAAUGUAAAACUACUAUCUAUGUAAGGUCCUCAUUGACCUAGAGACUUUCUUUUUGCCAAAGAGUACUUUAUUUUACCACUAAUGCUAGUGGUUUAUAUGACGAGGCGCCUGAAGAAACAUAGAAUGUACAUUCAAUUCUUCUUCCUCCCUUACCAGAUAGAGAGGAUCCUGAAAAUAUAUAGCCUGACGGGGUGACCAGAGGGCAACUAUUUUUUACAAUUAUAAGUGUUCUGGUGCAGAGAAAAAAAAAAAUGUUUAUCCUCAUUUUUUUUUUUUUCUGCAGGUGCAAGAAUAAUGCAGUAUACGCAAAAGGUGAAUAGGAGUACAAUAAAUAAAAAUGUAUGCAUUCUAGCUGGUGGAUAAUACGGUGCAAAUAAAAUUCACAUUUAUGCCAUCACUAUGAAAUGGUAAUAAACCCAACUAUAAUGUGUUAGAGUGACAUAAAAAAAAUCCAAAUAGGAUUUUGGUCAUUGUCAAGAUGCUUGUUAUACAGUUACUUAAAGUGGCCCAAAAUGGUUUCUCAACAAAUUAAUCAUGUGAGCCUGUUAGAUCACUUGCAAGUGAUACAUUUUAAAUAGGCCGUUGAUUUAAGACUUUUGGUGAUCGGACUUUAUAAUUGAGACAGCUAUGCAGGGCCGGACUGGGGAUUCCAAAGCAGCCCUGGGAAAAAAAAACCUAUGCCAGUCCCAUAAGUCAUUGCGCCAUAUAUUGUCGCAUGUAAUAUGUAAGGCUAUGUCUUGCCACCCUAGAUGAUUGAGAUAUAUAUAUAUAUAUAUAUCUAUAUAUAUAUAUAUAUAUAUAUAUAGAUAUAUAUAUAUAUAUAAAUAUGUGUCACGAUUUGGGGAACCAAACACGCCAACACACACACACACACAAAGUGCAAUACCGGACCUUAGAGUGGCCGGGCUAAGCACACAAAGAAUAGUCAGGAAACAAGCCGAGUAAAGGGGAACCAGAAGACAGAAUAACGAUAGACAAGCCGAGGUCAAAGGGUAGGAGAAAGUCACAAAGUCGGAUAAACAAGCCAGAGAGUACGUAACCAGAAACACAAGUUCAGUAGUAAUACUAGCAAGUAAAGACCACAACAGGGCGGAGAGGAACAGGAAAGGUAAGUAUUUAAAUCCAUAGGUUAAUUCUGAUUGGAUAAUUUCCAAUCAGAAUUAACAAUCACACGUGGGAGAUAUCUAAACCUCCCACUGUGAUUGAGGCACUGUGCCUUUAACACCGGGUCAGGUGACUGACCCCGGCGUUUGUUAAAAUGGGCGGUCUCCCAGCAUGCAGCGUCAUGCAUGCUGCCGCUGGGGGACACAGAGGAAGACGCGGGCGGCAUCCGUGGCAGCCGCCCGCGGGACCCUGACAAUAUACAUAUAUAUAUAUAUAGCUUUUUCCAAUAUAAAAUAUUGAUCCUUUCAGAGUAAAAUUUUUAAUUAUACAGUAAGCAUACCCACAUGCAGACACAGGCAAUCUCACUGACACAAGCUGAUUGAUACACAGCCUCCUAGACAAGCAAUCUCACUGAUAUACAGAAGGUCAUUGACAUAAAAACACAAGCUCACUCAGUAGCAGGCACACACACACACACACACACAAGCAAGCCCACUCACUAGCAGGCACGCACACACACAGCUUAAUGUAGUGGCUCUGGUGUCUAUAGCCUGUCCCUGCAGGCUUUUCAAUGUAAACACUGACUUUUUAGAGAAAAGGCAGUGUUUACAUUGCUUCCUAGUGACAGACACUCAGACGGUCACUAGAGGUGCUUCCUGUGUCAGUGCGGAUUGGCUGAGAUCAUCAAGACAGAGACACACACACCAUGACACAGACAGACGCACACAAUGACACGGACACACAUUGCAUGACACAGACAGAGACACACACACACAAAUGACACAGACACACAUACACUGACACACAUAAUUGCUACCUGUGUGCUGGCGGCUGCAUGGGGAGCUCUGAUGGCGGCUGCAUGGAGAGCUCUGAUGGCAGCCGCAUGGGGGGAGCUGGCUCUUCUGGCGGCUGCAGAGGGAGCUCUUUUGGCGGCCGCAGGGGGAGCUGGCUGUUCUGUCUCUGCUCCACCGCGCGCCGCUUAACCCCUUAAGGACCAAACUUCUUGAAUAAAAGGGAGUCAUGACAUGUCACACAUGUCAUGUGUCCUUAAGGGGUUAAUGAGACUGAGGCCGGAAUAUGACGUCAUAUUCCGGCCCCGGUCUCUUUGUAGCGCGCUGCUCCCCCUGCGGCCAGCUCCCCCUGCGGCCGCCAGAAAAGCCAGCUGCCUGCCCGGCCCCAGGUGCCGACGGCCCACCGGGAAAUUUCCCGGUAUCCAUGUGGGCCAGUCCGGCCCUGCAGCUAUGCCUGGAAAAAGUGUUGGUGCUGUCAGUCUGAGUUAAUAGGCCAAAAAUAGCUGAUGUGAAAAAAAUCUCCAGCUCUACUUUAGUCACAGCUUGAUUACUUUAUGCUGAAUUUUGUUAAUUUAGUUUUCAAUUUACUACAGAAUAGUGCUUAGUCAAUAUUUGUCUAAGACAUUGAGUCUUGUAUUAGGCUGCUCUCUUUCUUUAAUUCCCUCAGUGCAAAGAAAACAUAUUUGGAAAAAGCACAAUAAAAUGAACAAAACAUGGUAAAAACAUCAUGUGAUCUAAACAAACCAAGGGCCACCAAUCAGGUUACACCACAAGGCAUAAAAGGCUAAUUACCUGACAUCGCACCUCUUUCUUUCGUUCCUGAAGCAACCGAUCUGAACUUAAAAUAAACCAUAACCAUAAACGGUCAGAACAAAUGGCUGCUGUUAGGAGUUGGAGAGUUGAUUGCGGAGUGCCCUCGAUAGUCCAGGGUCCCCUGAAAUAAGACGCGCUAGCAACUGAAGAAGACUCUGAUGGACCAGCAGUUGAGGGUUUUUUCGUCCGGGAUGAACAGGAGAGAAUCAAAUGUUGCUCAAUGCAGAGCUGACCACAACAGAACUACCAACACCACUGUUCCCCAGUGAUGUCUCAAAUGCAACAGGGUGCAAAAUAUUAUAGCAAGUAGCGGGAAAGCAUAAUGUCUGGAAAAAGCCACACUUGUAAGAACCUUAGUUGCCAUAGCAUCUAAAAAGUCAAUCGAUUGUGAUGGAAUCAUCACGGCUUUCUCCAAAUUAGGAGAAUACCCAGGUCCGGAUGUAGAUGAAUAGUCUAAAAAUCGAAUAUUAAUCUUUGCUGCUGGGGGAUUUAAAGAAAGACUGCAGCCUAAUAUGAGCGUCCGUGUCUAUAAUAUAAUCAUGACUUUACAUCUGGUAAUUAUGGGGAACAUUGUAAUCUAUGGUUUGAUAAUUUUGACACAUUGCUGCCAAGGAGUCACUAAUGAUGUCAAAGCAAUCAAAUUCCACCGUCCAACAGUUUUACUAUUGUUGUCGUUAGGAAAUGUGCCUAUAUCUUAUGUUGAGGACACAAAAUGAUUUAUUGACCUAUUAACGUAACUAACUGACACCUAGCUUAUUAAACACCUAAAAGGACUUGAUAAAACACAGCAGACACUAUUCUAGUGAUUAACCCAGAUAAUACCCGUAGUGUUUUCCCAUGACCAAAGCUACAAGCACACAUUCCUCCCCUUAUGUUGAUGACAUUUACAAGCAACGUCACCAAAACUUUGAUAACAACUUAAAGGGACACGUUAGUCACCAAAACAACUUUAGCUUAAUGACGAUCAUGCCUUUGAAGUCUCAUUGCUCAAUUCUCUGCCAUUUAGAAGUUAACUCCCUUUUGUUUCUGUCCUUGCAGCCUCAGCCACACCUCACACAACCUGCAUAGGAAAAAUUCAAUAUGAUGUUAACUUUCUUUAUAACUUUUAUUUUCUUCUCUGUAAAUUGAACUUUAAUCACCCACAGGAGGCUUCAGCAAGGUCUAGCAAACUAUUAAUAAUUCUGUAUAUAAGAAAUUCUAAAUUUAAACAGACUGUGCCAUAAAAGAAGUGUAAACAUUAGAUAACUAUUUAAAGGAAGUGUCCAGGAAGGCUGUGUACAUCACAUGCAGAGAGGUGUGACUAGGGCUGCAUAAACUAAGUGAUGUAACUCAUAGAUGGCAGGGAAUUGUGCAGUUAGACUUCAGGGGUAUGAUCUAUACACCAAAACUGUUUCAUUAAGCUAAAGUUUUUAUUUGUUUAUUUGUGUGACUGUAGUGUCCCUUUAAAACACAAGCGCUGUAACAAGAAAUUAACAUGGUGAAAAUUAACACACGGCAAAUUCAUGUACACACCAUUAGCUAAAUGUCUAAUUUGAAAAUGUGUACAUCAUUACACAACAGAUUAUGGGGUGAAACAGGCAGGUCAAUUUGUUACCUGAUGAAUUUAUUUUAUUUGUCGUUAACCUAUUGGUUUUGAGAUUGAGUGAUCAAUGGUGACUGAAGUUAAGUCCAGUCCAUAACAAUUUCUAACUUCAGAGGCGUUACUGGCACAAAAAGUUUUGGAUUGUAAUCACAUUGAAAUCACAACACAGGAUGAGAGCCAGGAAAAGUCAUUGAAUAUUGGAUUGUAAUUUGCACAUUACAUCGACAUGAAGACUUCACAACAUUUGAUUUUUGCAGUCUUUUUUUUUUUUUUUUUGCAAUCCUGUGGUACAGAUCACACAGCCCCAUUCCUUUACAACAUGUGGAGUGAUGAGGUUAAGCCUCCUAGCAUCUUAUGAUCUGAACUAGUUUUGUUGUCCUCUGUAGUUUAUGGCAAAGUUUAAAAAAAAAAAAAAAGACCCCUUAAAACAGAAUUCUUCUUCAAUUGCAAUUAAGCAUUUUUUUGCUAAAUCCACUGGGAUUACUGUCCUAAUUGGUCUGAAACAUGAAGCUGAAGUUCAGACAGUUCUAUCCUGCCUCUAGGUCUCCACCCCUGCACUGCGCCAUGCCGAAGUGUUUGAACCUGUCUCUGUAACGGCAUUGUGCUAGGCGAUACGCUUGCUGUUUAAAUCAAGUUAUAUUGUGUUUUUGCAGAGAUUUAAAAACCUGAUGCUAGACAACAGUAAAAAGUUCCUUACGGGCAAAAACAUCAUUUUUUCUUCUUCUUCUAAAUGUAUAGAAAGAAAUGCUUGCAGCUGUGUGAUUUGUGAUAUCUUUUUGCACACCUGUGUGCAGAUAUCUUGGACAGCAGAUGCAUUAUUUUUGUGUAAUGGGUGUUGACAUGGUAAUUACAUUGCUAUAGAGGGUUUCUUGGCAGGUUUUUUUUUUUUUCGUGUUUCCUCCUCCUGUGCAGUGAUUGAUAUUUUUUUCCAGGGUUCCCACCAUCUGGCUGUGUAUAACAAAUUUAUUACUCAUUUCAAAAUAUUCUGAAUAUUUGCUUCACUGAUUUCACCCUUUUGCUAGAAGACAAAGUUUCAAAACCAUCUCACCCUUUCACUUGGAGUAACAUCAGAAUGCUUGAAAUUUAACGAAAUCUAUAGAUAAUUAUUAAAGGUCUGCUAUUGGCAGACAAAUGCAUAUUAAGUUGUAUGGUUGGGCAUUUUUUCUUAUUCAUAGAAACAUAGAAUGUGACGGCAGAUAAGAACCAUUCGGCCCAUCUAGUCUGCCCAAUUUUCUAAAUACUUUCAUUAGUCCCUGGCCUUAUCUUAUAGUUGUGGUAGGGGCAUAAAACCGAGGCAAGAGUGUAAGGAGAGUAUGAAGGUAUAGCAAAGGUGUGAGAAGAGGGCAAGUCGGUUGAAGUGUGCCGGAACCGACGUAGCAGUAGGCCUGUAAAUAAAGAGGGCAAAAAUAGAUACGAACUAGAAUUUAUUACAAUCAACAAGAGAAGAGCAAGUAUUACAUAGACAUAGUAUGGAAGGCGUGUCUGAGUUCCUGUAGUGGUUGUGGUAUGUACAAAGAGUAUGCAGAGGACUUCCAGCGACCUAGGGCUUUGAUUAUAUGUACAGGAAUGUUCCUGCUAGAGGCAGUGGAAGCUGCCCCUAUUCUGAAAGAGUGGCCAGAAUAGUCAGAAGGGUUAAGACCUAGCCUGGUGAUCAAAGAUCGGACAUAAGUCAUAAAUUUAGAUGUGGUAAGGACUGACCCAUGUAAAGUUAGCAGUGGUUGGGAAGCUUGUAUGUUAUAGGUCAGAAGAAAGGUGUCUAGGAUCUUAACUGGGCACCAUUUGUUACCUGUCGGGUAAUAGGGUAUGUUAACAUCUUGACCAUCCUGUGUGGUUUUAGUGUGGGGAAGUGUUAGAACAUAAUAAUCCCCCAAUUUAGCUAGAUGAGACUUCCUGAGGCAGUAUUGCAGGUUGGUCGUGGAAGUUGUUGUAAAUUCUCGUGGUCUAAGAAAACCGUAAAAAGCCAGGUAAAUAGCUGUUUUGAGAACGUGGUCGGUGUGGGGAUCAAACGGGCCCGCAUCUAAAAGGUCUGAAAGGGAGUGUAGUAAUCGGAUGUCAAUGGGUAACCUCCUAUGUGAUGGGGUGUGUCCGGUUUUCUGUAUGCCUCUAAGUAUAGAUUUGAUUUGGUAUGAAGACAUGAAGCUGUGUUUGUAGGGGAAUAAAAGCAACAUGUGGUGUUGUAUACCUGAUAGGUACAAUUUGAUGGUACUAUGUGAAAGUGCAAAUUUAAGGUGGCAAAAAGAAGCAAAACCUACCAGAGUCGACAUAGCAAAAGAAUCAGUAAUACCAUAUCCCAAUAAAAACUUCCUAAACAAGGAGAAAGCCCGGUCAUAAGCCCUGCGUGUAUUAGUGGACAGAGACAAUCGGGCAAGAUGACGGCCGUGAGACAACAAAGCGGUCAGUCCAUGAUCAGCUCCUGAAACGGAGGGGCAGCAGUGGCAGUGGGGGAGGCCGAAGGCAGAGCAGCAUGGAAGGCCUGAAAUUGAAAUCGAGACAGCCUGUCAGCAGCAACAUUCGUGACACCUGGCACGUGAACACAAGUCAGAAAGAAAUGGUGACAAGCCGCCAGCCACGUCAAUUUCCUGAGGAACCUCAUAAUAAUGAGAGAGGAAGAACGCCCUUUAUUAACGAUGUGGCAUGUGGCCUGGUUGUCCGAGAAACAGCGAAUCGAACAACCCGACCACACCCGACCCCAAACGACAGCGGCCGCUACAAUGGGGUAAAUUUCAAAUAGGGCGGAGGUAGUGGAAAAACCCUCGAUGUCCAGGACCUCCACUGGCCAGGCACCCCAAAGCCACUCAGAAUCGUAAAUGGCAGAGAAGCCGGUAGUGGCAGCUGCAUCUGUCCAUAGUGCGGGUGAUGUCUCUGAAAUCUCGGGAAGGAACAUACACUUCCCAUUCCAGGAGAGCAAGAACCUCCGCCACAUGAGCAGAUCCGCCGUGGCUUGGUCAUCGAGCGUGAUCCGGCUAUCAUCAUGAGGGAGAGAGGGAAACAGGGAAAGCAGCCGAGAUAUAAAAGCCCGACCCUGUGGGAUUAUCCGCAUAGCAAAAUUUAAUGACCCUAGCAAAGAUUGUAGCUCCCUCCGGCAGCAAGACCUAGUGCGAAUAUAGUCAUCAAUGGAUGAGAGUAUGUGCACUAUUUUGUCCGUGGGAAGACUGGCCUGCAUGGCAACAGUAUCAAGCUGAAUACCCAGGAAAGUGAUGACAGUGUCCGGGCCUUCCGUCUUGUCCACGGACAACGGAACACCCAACAACUCAAAAAGGGCAGAGGCUUCCUUCAGACUACGUGGGGGGGACUUGUUCUCCUCAAUCAUAAGGAAGUCGUCCAGGUAGUGGAGGACUGCGGGACACCUAUUGACAUUAAGGAGCAACCAGCACAGGGUCUCAGCAAAGAUGUCAAACAGUUUCGGGCUACUCUUGGAACCAAAAGUAAGCCGGGAGAAAAAGUAAUAUUGGCCCUUCCAUUUAAUACCGUGCAGGUGCCAGAGCGUUGGGUGUAUCGGCAAGAGCUUAAAAGCAUUAACAAUGUCAGUUUUACUAAGCCAGGCACCCACCCCGGCUUUAAGGAUGGUUGAAAUGGCAUUAUCAAUCGUGGCAUACUGCAGCGAAAAUUCCUCAGAUGGAAUCAAGGAAUUUAAACUAGGAAUUGCUGCCGGAGAGAUCAACUAUCAACCUCUGCUUCAUGGAGGACUUACCGGUCACAAUACCAAUAGGGUUAGUCCUCCAUGCAGUAAAAGGCGGAGCCUGGAAAGGACCUAGAAGAAAACCCCCCGCGACCUCCUGUUGUAUGAGAGAGUCAACCGCCUCAGGGUGAGCCAGAGCCGAUUGCAAGUUCUUACACUCAAAGAUACCGGAUGGCAUACGUAUGAUGCCUGUAUGGAAACCCUCCGAAAAGCCAGAGACCAAGAAAUCAACCAAGUGCCUGGAUGGGUGAGAGGACAACAAGGCCGACAAGGCAGACACAUUAACAGAGGUCAAGUAAGGUUUGGGAAACAAUUUAUUGGGGCACAUGGUGAGCGCAUGGGCCCGGAAGCAUUUAGAACAAACAUGCAGAAGCCUACAGGCGCUAAAACUGCAGGUACCAGCAUUAAAAUUAUUACAAACCUGGGACUUCCCCAGGAAGAGAAUGGGGCGACCCAGUUUGUCCUUGACAACCUUGUCAGGCUGCUGGAAAGGGGAGGGAACAAGGCCGGAGGAAGCCUCGGCCGUAUUAGGACAGAGGUUCGUGGAGUGAGACGUGGAGGAGCAGACGGCACAAGCUGGUGUCCUCAGACCCGCAAAGUGUCUGCAGAACAAUUCCGUGUCCAGCUUACCCCAGUUCAACCGGGCACCAAACUGGGUGAAAGCAGCAGACACUUUGGCGGAGAAAGACCGGUGGUAGUCAUAAAAAGACGUACCACCGUACUUGUGGCCCAAGUCCACAAGCUUAUGCAUAUAAAGGUCCAACUCCUGCCUCCUAGCUGGGUAAACCGAGCACAGGACGUCCCUGAAAAGCCCAAAAGCCAGAACAAACUCCGGGACAGAGAGCUUCCUGUUAAGCCUGGGGUCCCGGGCCUUGAUUACAACUGACACAUCCCCAUAGGCAUAAGUCUUGUUCUCAACGAUAUCUUGAGAGGCAAUAAGGAGCGAAACCAAGUUCACAUCCUUGCCGUCCAAGAUAUCCUUCCGAAUAUUGGCCGGGACCAUGUGAGCAGGGUCGACAUCCAGAGGGGUAUCAAUGGUACCUGAUAAGUUACCCUGGCCAGACGAGGGAGUGUCAGCCGGAGCUGGAGCGGGGAGGCUGGUUGACAACUCGGCCUGAGAGGCAGUCUCCAGUCUGUCCAACCUCUGGGUGAUCUGCCCCAUGGAUGCCACGAGAGAGGACAACAUGGAGCGCACAUCAGAGGGGUCAGCGCCACUAGGACCUUCUCCGGCGUCCUCUUCAAUGACUGCGUGGGCAGAGGAGGAAUGCAGCAGCCGAAACAGUUCGGUCUUCCUAGCUGAUGCGGGGAACGGGAUCUGACGCCUCCGAAGUUCUGCAGCGAGGGACGGACCAAGAUCUGAAGGAGGCAGACGUAGCCGAAUUCCCCCUGCGAGAAGGGGUGCCAGACCUAGCCGGAGUGCCGGGCAGGACCACCUCUUCGCCACCAACAGCAGACACUGGAUCCAUUAGCACCGGGAAGCAGAGCAAGCGUGCGGCGGACAGCGACAGGAGACCGGAGCUGGGACACCACCAGACGGCACGGAGGACGCCGGAACGGGAGCCACGAGUCAAGUGACGGUUAGGAAACGAAACGGGACAGGUGGAGGUGAAUAGUGGGCUUAAAUAGGGGACCAUGCCCUUCCUAUUUAGGAUAGUCUUAUGCCUAUCCCACGCAUGCUUAAACUCCUUUACUGUGUUAACCUCUACCACUUCAGCUGGAAGGCUAUUCCAUGCAUCCACUACCCUCUCAGUAAAGUAAUACUUCCUGAUAUUAUUUUUAAACCUUUGUCCCUAUAGAAACAUAGAAAAUUACAUCAGAGAGAGGAUUAAGAACAGAAUGAAAGGUACAAUAUGAAUAUAGUAUGUCACUAUAACUUUAAUAAUAACAAAGUAUUUAACCAGGAAAGGUGCAUUCAGAUUACUCUGAUUUCCAAGUACAUACUGGGGAUGUUACGUUUGCCUAACAUCCAGGGGAUGUUCCUAUUACCCAAUCUAAUGGUACUUAUUUUAUUUACCUCAGUGGGAUGAAGGGCUGAGUCAACCAUGCCAGGAUUUGAACCUGAGUGUUGAACAGAUUCUACUGAUGACUCAUUAGCCCACUGAGCUAUGCCAAUGGCCUAAUCAGAGUUUACUAUGAUAAUGCGCAAAGAACGCAUAAGAAGUGAUCUCAAAAGAACCUGACCAUCACAUAGUUCAUAUUAUUAUUGUUAUUUAUAUAGAGCCAACUUAUUCUGCAGCACUUUACAAUAUUAUGAAAAUAGAAAAUGUAACCAUAAAUGAAACAAUUAUAAAAUGUUACAGGAGCAGUAGGUAGAUGAGGACCAUGCUCAGACAAGCUUACGGUCUAGAGGAGUGGAGUAUAACGACACAGUAGAAAGGACAUCAAGGGGGGCAGCAAACCACAAGGUGGAAAAGUAGAGACUGGAGUGUGGCUCUUUAGGAAAGGGCAAGUUACUGGUUUGUGACAGAGGAGUUACUAUGGGAAGUCAUAGGCAUUUAUGAAAAGGGGUUUUGAGGGACUUCUUAAACAAUUGAAAACUAGGGGAAUGUCUGAUGGGGGUAGGCAGGCUGUUCCAAAAGAAAGGAACCGCCCGUGAGUCCUGCAAGCACGAGUCAGCAGUAAGGGUGUGAGGAGCGGGCAGGCGAAGGUCACAUCAGAGCGGAGAGACAGAGAAGGGGCAUAUCUACGAAUCAGUGAAGAAAUGUAACGGGCUAGAGUUGUUUAGAGCUUUAUAGGUAAGGUUAGUAUUUUAAAUCGACACAUAUAGCAUACAGGAAGCCAGUGUAAGGCUCGGCAGAGGGGAGAGGUAUGGGAGGAGAGACAGGUGAGAAAUAUCAGCCUGGCGGCAGCAUUCAUUACAAGCUGUUUGGCUUCUGGGAAGACCAACUAGGAGAGUAUUACAGUAAUCCAUGCAAGAGAUUCAGGGCCGGUGCAAAGAUUUUUGCCGCCCUAGGCAAUCCAAAAUUUACUGCCGUCCCCAUAUGUUUUGCCCACCAUGUGACAUCACAAUGCCCACCCAUAUGAUAUGCCAUAUGGGCCAGUGCCAGUUCAGCACAAAGUGACUUUUGUCUGAAACUUCAGUGUGUUUACAUUACUGGUGACUAUGGUGGCCCUUUAAUGUGAGGUAAAUUAGAGAUUAGUGCCACUAAUAAUAUAUUUGAUUGCCUACUUGCCACCAGAUUAGGACAAGAGGAUGAUAAUGGGCUCAGGCUGCAGUCUGGCUCCACAGGUCUGGUGUAGAAGAGGCUCUCUUGAGACUGUUUGUAACAGUGCUUACAACAAUUAACGAACUGGAAGCAGCUCCAUUUUUGUGGCCCCUUACACAGCUCAAGGUCUGGGCCCCCAGGGCCUGACCGUAAGUAUGCCUACAAGGCCCGCCCAUAAGUCCACCUACAUGCCUACAUGGCCCACCCAUGAGUUUGCUCACAGGAAGUGGAGUGUAUGUGUGUAAGGGAUGUGUUAUGUGUUAUUGUAGAGGAUGGAAUGUGUGUGUUCUUAUAGAAUGUAGUGUAUAGGGAUACCAAUGUGUGUAUAGAGGAUGCAGUGUGUGUUUGUGUGUAAGGAAUGCAGUAUGUGUUUCUGGGUGUGUGUAAGCAAUGUAAGGUGUGUUUCUGUGUAUGUAAUUUUAAUGCAGUGUGUGUCUGUAAGGGGUGCAUUGAGUUUGUGUUAGAGAUGCAUUUUGUUUCUGUGUGUGGAAGAGAAGCAGUGUGUGUGUGUGUGUGUGUGUGAGCGUAAGGGAUACAUUGUGUGUUUCGGUGUGUCUGUGUGUGAGUAGGGAUGCAUAGUAUGUUUCUGUGUGUAGGGAUGCAUUGUGUGUUUCUGUGUAUGUGUAGUGUAAAAGAGAGGGUUUGUGGGGUAGUAUAGGGGCUUAGUGGUCCUCCCUUUCCCUCUCUCUUAGUGGUCGUCCUCUUCCCCCAAAUCCUUAGUGGUUCUCCCUCUCCCCCCCCCCUCUUAGUGAUCCUCCCUCUCUCCCCCCGUCUAGUGGUCCUCCCUCUCCCAAACCUUUGGGGGUCCUCUCUCCCAUCCCCCCUUAGUGGUCCUCCCUCCCUGUUGUGCCUCUUACCUAUGUAGCGCCAGCGGACUGACAGGAAGUGCUGACUCAGCAUGCUACAUUGAGUGACUGGCAGGAAGGAGCGAUAUGCGCUUCUCUCCUGCCGCUCACUUAAAUCUUGCACCCCCUGGGCCGGUGCGCCCUAGGCAACUGCCUAAGUCGCCUUUAGGACGCACCGGCCCUGAAGAGAUUACCAGAGAAUGAACAAGCUACUUGGCAGCAUCUUACAUGAGAAAGGGGUGGAUGCGGGCAAUGUUUUUAAGGUGGAAUCGACAGGUUUUAACAACGGACUGAAUAUGAGGCACAAACGUCAGGCCAGGAUCAAAGAUAACACCAAGUUAUACCUCAAGAUUCUAGAACUGUUCCAAUGACCUUUCCUAUUCCUACCACUGAUGUUCCUUGACCUGAUCAGAUAGAGAGAAGCAGAAUAGGAAUGUAUCUGGAGGAAUGCAAAACACUGUUAAAAUAAAUAUUGUUCAGAAUGUAAUUCACAUCUAUGUAUUUACCAUAAACUCUAGUACCUGCAUUAUUCCUUUUCCACCUCCAGGUGGAGCAGUCAUUACUAGCAAUGUAAGUGUAAACAGGCAUAAUACAGGGUUCCUUUUGUAAUUUUGUAAGAAUUAUGCACAAAACAGAAAACAUCCUAAAUGGAUGGGUUUAACACACGAUCCGGACCAUUCCAGAACAUUGCUAGUCAUGGUUUUUAAAAGGCUGUGACAAUAAGAGGCAUGCUCUUAUGGCAUAAGUAACGGAAAACAUGUUGAAUACAGACAUUGAAUUAAAUAUCAGACGAGCGAAGAUGAAGUGAACUCAUUAGGUUCAGAUUGCUCCUCAUUAAAAUCUUUUGGUAAUGGUGUAAACACAUUUACAGGUGUGUUUGUGUUUUUUUUUGUUUUUUAGCUGUAGACCAUGUAAAGCAGAUAUUGGCAAGAUAAGUAAUUGUAGUUCUAUGUAGUGAUUAUGGAAGUCCCAGUAAUAACUGUUUUUUGGAUCACCGUUCCUGUAUGUACGAAUGUCUCAUGCGUCUUAGCACCCAUUGUACAGGGCUUUAGAAUAUGUUGCAGCUUUAUUAAUAAUACUAUCUGUUAGAAUUGCCCAUAAAGGCUUGUCCCUGUAGGCUUAUCAAUGUAAUGCUGCGUUUUCAUAGAAAAGGCAGUGUUUACUUGGUUUUUAGGAUCACCCCUAGUGGCAGUCACUCUGACAGCCACUGGAGGUGAUUCCUGUGUCAGUGCACAGUGUGCAGCACUGGCUCUUAGCGUCUCCACGCUCUGCGUGGAUGUGGUGAACAUUCCCCAUAGAACCUCUAUGAGGAGAUUCUAAUUGGUGCUUGCACGAUAGUCUCCCAUUGCUUUGCAUCAAACUGAUUCUCAGCCACGGAGGCGGGACAGGCCCAGCGUGGGAAAAAAGGUGAGUAAUCACAAUUUUUUCUUUUUAUUGCCACAAGAAGGUUUCAAUGUUGGCUAUAAGCAUACCCCCUCAGAUAUUGUGCAUGGUGAUGUUUACACUUCUCCUUGACUGUCGUAUUAUUUAGGCGGUGGUUUGCAUAUUUUGGCCCUGAGAAUGCAAGUACAAAUGAAUGGCCUUCUUUUCACAUGACUCUCACAUGACUCUUCCUGAUCUACUCAUGCAGAACACACAAUACGUGGGUUUGACAGGCAGAGGCUGCUGAGUCAUAAGGUCCUUGUAGUUUCCAUCAGUGUGACCUAGGCAGCAGGAGGGGUAUUUGAAGAGCCAGGAAAGGGCAAGGGUCAGAACAGAUUGUAUGUUUUUCCUUUAUCAGGGAGUUAGAGAGUUAAGUUGCCUAAGACAUCUUUUUAGUUGGAAGAAAAUACAAAUAUCAAACCACGUCACUAAGAAAUCCAAUUGCAAAGAUUAUUGAACAUUUCUGCAAAACAGAAGAGGUGAAAUCACUCUGUUAGCAUUCAUUAUUGUUUAUACAUGCCCUUACCCCACAACGUUGGUGUCCUGAGCGGGCUAGUGAUAGCUGCGAUUGUGUCACUAGGUCCGUUAAAAUGAUGCAGACCGCCUGGAAAGGGGGCUGGUCUGCCCACAUUAUUGACAGGUCAGCCUGGUGUGAAUGCAGGUCAGGCUGCUUGCCAGUUAAGCAGAACAGCCCACUGAAGGCAGGCAAUGUAGUGCUCUGUGCAGGGUCCUAGUGCAAUGAGCGCAGCGCAUGUGUGUCAAAUGAUGUACUCAUACUAAACAUUUUACAGGACAGUUUAGGGAAACCAGGGAACAAAGUCAGGACAGCAAGACAGGACCUGAAUAUCGGGAUUGUCCUGCAGAAAUCGGGAUGGUUAGAAGGCCGCCUUGCCUACUGGAUUUCAAACCAGACUUCUUGACAAGCUAGAUACAACACCCAUCCAAUGAUUCAGAAAUCUCGCCUUUUCAGAAUUCUAAAUUUGACCUUUCAUCUAAAAUAAUUUUUAAAUGAUUUAUUAGAAACUGAAAGGAUUUUUUGUUACAUUGUUACCCAUUAAUCUCCUCAUCUUUCCCCUUGCUUGCUUAGAUCACCACAGCUUUCAAUUUAAAGGACAUCUGGGUACCAACACAACUCAAAUGGUUACUCCAUCAGCUUUCUUUACUCUAUUUAUUUCAAUAGCAAUAGUCUUAAUUAACAUAAUCCUUGAUGGUGUCUGCACCUCUUACUAUGUCAUCAUCUUUAAGAAGCAUUGAUGGCACUUUGGCACUUGCUGAAUACAAUACUUUUCUAUAUAAAACUUUGAACAGAGGGAGGGAGGAUGGACAAGGAGUUAAGAAAGCUGAAGUAGUGAGAAUUAGUGUGAGAGAGAGCUGGCACUGGGGAGGGAGGUUAUGUGUAUUGUGCACUGUCAUUUAGGAAGUGAGUGCUGUCACCGUGGAGGGAAGGAGGGAUCAGAGUUACAUUGUGUGCUGUCACUGGUGGGGGUGGGUUACAUUGAGCUGUCACUGGGGAGGGAAGGAGAGAUAGAGGUUACAUUGAGUGCUCUCAAUAGGGAUGGAAGUUACAUUGAGUGCUGUUACUGGGGAGGGGAGUUAUAUUGAGUUCUCUCACUUGAAGGGAAGCAGCGUAAGGAGUUACGUUAAGCAUUGUUACUGGGGAGGGAAGGGGGGAGGGCAGUUACAUGGAGCGCUGUCAUUGGGGAGGGAAGAAGGAAUAGUAGUUACAUUGAGUGCUGUCACUGGGAGGGGAGUUACAUUAAGCGCUGUCACUUGGGAGUGAAGGUGGGGCCUCCCUUCCAAGAUAUGCAGAAUAAAUAACGGUUCAGGCACUCCAGGGUAACAGAAAUAGCAGCUUUAUUGAGGCAAACGUAGCAACAUUUCGACCCUGCCAGGUGUUUAUUAUUAUUAUUAUUAUUAUUAUUUUAUUAUUAAUAUAUCAAGCUUUAUAAAGACCUGGUAGGGUUGAAACGUUAUUUAUUCUGCAUAUCUAGGAACCAGAAAGGAGUCCUGGGCUGCCUGUCAUGUGGGCCAGAGGUGCAACUAUGUCCCGGCACAAAAGUCAAGAUGUCUCUGCAUAGGCAGCAUUCUAAAAGCCAAAGUGACCAUGUUAUUUAGAAACACACUUUACUCUACUCCAAAAAAACUUCAGUGGUUUAAUAAAAAUUGUCCCCUUUAAAACUUACCUCUGGUCAGGUGUUCUCUCAGUAGCUUGAUCCUUUUUCUGGGGAUCCCUUCCCUAUACGGAAGAUAGGCUGAGUGCAGGAAUUUGGGUAAAGAACAGGAGGUAGGUGCAGUGCCUAAAUAGUCCACAUAUGGGUAUAUAAAAGGAAAAAGGGAGAAUAUUUUACUUGAAUUAUAUCUUUUUAUGUUGUUCUGAGUGCAGGACUUGGAAGUGGAGUUACACUUCUGACAAACAAAGUGCUGUAUCUGUAUUCAUAGUUAAACAUGGCACAUACAGACUCAGAGCUCCAUGACCACUUCAAAUCACUGAAGGGGUCAUGGUGCAUUUAGUAAAACUUUAAGUUCAUUUGGACUCAUGCAUAUUUUUCUCCACAUUCUAAUUUUUUAGAGAAUUUUUCCCACUGUGUGCAGCAUAAGCACAUCCUCUUAGAGAUAAAACCUAUUUCUGAUUGAAACUUGCACUCAGUGUAGCUUAGCCAAUGGGAGAUUCGUGUGAUCUGAGCUGCUGGUUUGACUCUGCUAUCACAGCCUAUCCCCUUAUUUUAAAUCCAUAAAUGGAAGGGGGCGGGAUCAGUUAAUAUGAGUGUGAUUGGCUGAAACGGUUUUGUGAAAAGUUGCACUACAAAAGGGGCAGAGUUACACUACAAAUGCUACAUGGGUGCAUGCCACAAUUGACCCUGGUAUGACAAGCAACUGGAAUGCCAGUGAGAAGGAGGGGGCACAACACGUGUAUUCAAGCCAACCGUUCAAUGGAAAUUUUGUUUCUAAAAACAGAAUAUAUUCCUUUUUGUGCGUGAGAAUUCAGAACUAUAUACUUUCCGUUUCUGCACAUGCAGUAUCUAAAUCAAAGGUUUGGCUAAAGUAUUAUAAGUUUCCAUGUAUUUGAAAUCAUGCACAAUGCAUUAUGGAUGCUUGCAUAAUAAUUUAAAACAUCACACAUAAGCAGUUCCCUUGUUCCUAGUAGGGAAGAUUAAUAAAAUUGUUGUUAAUAGAAAAGUUGGUUAAAGGGACACACCACUGACCAAAUACCCAAAAAAAUCACUGCUUUUAAGGAAAUUAUGCAUUUCAAGGAAAUCAUGCAUUUAAAGGACCACUCUAGGCACCCAGACCACUUCAGCUUAAUGAAGUGGUCUGGGUGCCUGGUCCAGCUAGGGUUAACCCAUUUUUUUAUAAACAUAGCAGUUUCAGAGAAACUGCUAUGUUUAUUAAUGGGUUAAGCCUUCCCCCUAAUCCCCUAGUGGCUGUCUCAUUGACAGCCACUAGAGGCGCUUGCGUGCUUCUCACUGUGAUUUUCACAGUGAGAGCACGCAAGCGUCCAUAGGAAAGCAUUGUAAAUACUUUCCUUUGCGACGGGCUGAAUGUGCGCGCAGCUCUUGCCGCGCGUGCGCAUUCAGCCCAGGAGGAGGAUCGGAGGAGGAGAGGAGGCAGAGAGCUCCCUGCCCAGCGCUGGAAAAAGGUAAGUUUUAACCCCUUUCCCCUUUCCAGAGCCGGGCGGGAGGGGGUCCCUGAGGGUGGGGGCACCCUCAGGGCUCUAUAGUGCCAGGAAAACGAGUAUGUUUUCCUGGCACUAUAGUGGUCCUUUAAGUUUUCAAUGGGGGUGAAUCUAAAGACUGCUUGUAAAAACUGCAAAUCCCUUGUCUUUUGCAAGCCCUAACACAGCUCCUCUUUUCUUUGACGGUCUAAUCAGACUUCCCAAUCACUGCUCACUGAGAAGUCUUUGCAAGUUAGAUGCUAUGAGUUAUUGCUGCCUCUUGAGUUUGGCUCCACUGAGCUAAACAAACCAGGAAGUAACCAGGGUUAAUGUAACAGGGUUAAUUUAAAGAUGCGCCAAUUUCUAUUGAAAUCUGAAUUUCUUUGUAAAAUGAAAAUCCAUUUUACACAACACUUUUUAGAAUGCUAAGGGGCUUUAGAUUGUCCCUUUAAUGUUGGCUUCAAAUUGCCCCUAUUUUAGAACAUCACUUAAAUUGUAUGUUAAUUAUGGAAAUCCUAAUAGAAUUAUGACCCCCAAGAAGACAUAGAACACAUAACAUUGCUAUUGUGAUUUGUGACUCCAUUCCCUAAAUCUAGAUUUAUGGAGAAUUCUCAAGGUAAUCUAAGGGCUGAUAAAGCACAGUUGGAGAUUUUUUUAUUUUAUUUUUUAUUUAUUUUUUGUGAAUUUGGCCUAUAAUUUAUUUAUUUAACUCCAUAAUACCCAUUCAAUUACUAAUGCAUAAGCCCUUGUGGCUGGUCUAGAUUAAUGUGAGCUACAGUCCAACCAACCCUGUUCUAGGGUAUAAUGAACAGGGAACCUUUUUAGCUAGAUUUAUGGCCUGUGACAAAAUCAUUAAAGCUUUAGCUUUCAGUGGCCGUGUGAAGGUGAUCAGUACAAUGGCACUUUCUGUAUGUUGUUGUCCUUUUAUUUGUGCAGCCGACUGCCAAUAAGCUGUUAACAUUGACUUUCAGGCUUUGAGGUUGAUCUGCCGAUGGGUGUGUGUAACACUGGGUACAGGAGGGAGAGAGAAGAAUCAUUCUUCUGCCCUCACUUCCAGGGCUCUCUCCUGCCCCUUUUGAGCUGGAAACAGUGACCGAGGACAAAAGCUGUAUACACUGUGCAAACAGUGAACCAAAGCAGCAGUACACUGACUCAUUCUUCACUGUGUGAGAAUUGAGGGGGACUCUAUUCACUUCCUUUGUGCUGGUGUCUGUCAACAGCGCUGUUUGAGGCAAGGCCUAUUGUGCCGGCCAGUGUUUCUUAUUGACCUAAGUCUGUGCCUGCAAUGUUCCCAGGGUCGAAGUUGGGAGCAAGGGAAUGUUCGCAAGGAGAGUGGGAUAGUAUGUGUUUGUAUGUGUAUAUGGGGAACAUGGAGGGGGAGAGAUGUAGGAUAAGUACUGUCUUUACAAUGAUCAUCAAUCCUAUUAAAUCUGAACAAUAAUCUAUAUUAAUAGUAGCAGGUAAGUAUUUAUCCACAACUGUCUUCCUUCAUUGAUGUCAGAAUAAAAUGCGCUAUCGGACUUCAGCAGACAUUUUAACAGGAUUACUGUUAAUAUACGAGACGGACUGCACAAUUGGCUGCACAUUUUAAAUUCUUUCAAUGCCCCUGUAAUCUGCUAAGUGAUAUGAUAACGUAAUCUGUAGAACAAUAUACAUCAGGUGACCCUGGUACUCCACCUAAUGAGUGAAUUCAUUGAACCACUUAUUGAAUUAUACCAUGGCAGUUAUGAGUAAAAGGUCUGCAAAGAUACUAAAUUUGCAUUGCGAGCAUUGAUUACUGUAAUUAAUGUUCCCAGUUGGGAACUUGGUGACUGGUGGUACUUGUCCACACACCACAGUUACAUUCACUGAAGACAGAGUUUUGUGCAUUUAUAACAAAGGUUCACUAUAUUCUAGAAAAUGGAGUUAAAGGGACAGUUUGCACACAAACACAAGUGCAUUUGGUAGAUUUUGGCCUCACACACGCUGUGGUUUUAUCCACAUUCCAAACUCUUUAGAAAUAAUAAAAGAAUAUAAAUAUCAAAACCCUGCCUAAGUAGCCACGCCCUACUUUUCACAGAAAGUAUUUCUGAUUGGACGUAUGCAGUGUAACCAGUGUGAGCCGAAUUACUUACAUCUCUUUGUCCUACAGCCAAUCACUGGCCCCAAUUAUUUAUAUUGUAUUUCAAAGCUGACUUCAAGGUGCUAAUGAAAACAGGUGCAGCUAAUACCAGGAAAGCGAUUGGCAGUGGGGCAAAAUCGCAUUCACCUGUCUCACACUUUCAUUGGCUGAGCAUUGUGCAUAUACUGCAAAAAAGGGGAGGUAUAGAUAAGGGGGGUUGGAUAUUUUUUUUUUUUUAUUUUUUUUUUUGCUACCUCCCCAAAACUAAAAGAAAAUUGAAUGUUAAAGGGACACUAUAGUCACCUGAACAACUUCAGUUUAAUGAGGUUGUUCAGGUGAGAACUAUAGCUCCCUGCAGCCUCUCUCAUGAAAACACUGUAUUUUCUGAGAAAAUACAGUGUUUACAUUGAAAGCUAGGAACACCUCCAGUUGCUGUCACUCAGAGUGAACCAGAGGGACUUCGGAGUUGAUGGAGGCAUAAUAUGCCUACAUCCACUCAGAUCUGCUGUCAGCAGAGCACAGGGCUGCACUGUGCACAGCAUCCUGUGAUUCAGUAUCUCCUCCCUCUGCAUGCAGACACUGAACUUUCCUCAUAGAGAUUCAUUGAUUCAAUUCAUCUCUAUGAGGAGAUGCUGAUUGGUCAGGGCUGUGUUUGAAUAAUGCUGGCUCUGCCCCUGAUCUGCCUCUUUGUCAGUCUCAGCCAAUCUUAUGGGGAAGCACUGUGAUUGGAUCAGGCUACCACAUGUCAGCAGACUGCUUGUUUUUCUGAGUCUAACAGCAUGCAGAGUUACAGCUUGUGGCUUGAAUAUAGUAAGAUUUUUACUAUAUUUAUGGAGGCAUGAGGGGCCCAAGGGGGCUAGAUGGUGGUGUUAACACUAUAGGGUCAGGAAUACAUGUUUGUGUUCCUGACCCUAUAGUGAUCCUUUAAGAAAAAUAAGCAUUAAUAUGAGGCCAAAAUACAUAAAAUGCUCUUAAUGAGCACUGAAGUCAUCCCGGUGCCCUGGAUGAUGACACAUAAAGGAAAUUUUCCAUCUUGACUGACUCUUUUUUUCUGAAGCUAUUUACAUGCUGGUACCAUAUAAGAGCACUCUUUGACAUAUAUUAUUUGUGGGUAUGAAGAAGAACCAUCUACUGUGAACUGGUUACUAUUUUCUGAUCUCUCUCCUUCAAACUUAUGAAGUAGAGAUGCAUUUGGCUUUGAUGGUGUGCCACCGUGGAGUGCAGGUAUGAAUGUAAAUACGGAAGAACCCUUAGUGUGGCUCUCUGGUUUCCAAAAUUGGUCAGGGUUUUGUUCAGUAGGAGAGGAAUAGAAUAACUGACAUGGAGAAGUGGUAUGGUAAGAUUUCUAGCCAGGCACCAAGUAACAAUGUUUGUCAGUUUUAGGAACGUGUAAAGCUGUAUUUUUGCUCAUGUAAACUGGGAAGUCUACUCAGCCCCCACAGAAAAAGAGAGGCUAUACGUGACCAAACGAGUAAUUCUACCGGUCAACAGUUACGAUCCUGAAAUAAUGUCAUCUGGUUAAUAAAACUGUAACCAUAACCUCCCUUGUAUGUUUAUUUUUUUAAUUUUUAUUAUUUUUAACUAAUUUGUUGAGAAAAUUGCCUUGUUAUGGAGUGUCCUUGUUAAAGGACCACUAUAGUGCCAGGAAAACAUACUCGUUUUCCUGUCACUGUAGUGCCCUGAGGGUGCCCCCACCCUCAGGGUCCCCCUGGGCUCUGGGGGUGGAAGGGGUUAAACUUACCUCUUUCUCCAGCGCCGAGCGGGGAGUUCUCCUCCUCUCCUCCUUCUUCUGCCGUCAUCAGCUGAAUGCGCAUGCGCGGGAAGAGCCGUGCGCGCACUCAGUCAGUCCAUAGGAAAGCAUUCUCAAUGCUUUCCUAUGGACGCUGGCGUCUUCUUACUGUGAAAAUCAUAGUGGGAAGCGCCUCAAUGAGACAGCCACUAGAGGCUGGAUUAACCCUAAUGUAAACAUAGCAGUUUCUCUGCAAAAAGGGUUAAUCCUAGGUGGACCUGGCACCCAGACCACUUCAUUAAGCUGAAGUGGUCUGGGUGCCUAUAGUGGUCCUUUAAAUGAAAUACUUGACUAACAUAAUUCCAAAAUCUGUCCCAAAUUCAUUGUUUGCCAUUGGAAAGCCAUAUUAGAACUCCCAUGGACAUGCAGUAUAUAUGAUAGCAAUCCAUUUUUUAAAAUAAAAAUUAGGUUUCCAAAUGCUGGAAAUUCUGAAGCAAUGUGUGAUAGAGACAUAAAGUAAGCUUGUUUGAACAGGGACUUUAUUUUUUAUUUGUAAUUGCUUGUUGCUAGAUUGUAUACUUUGAAAGCAUUAUGGAAAAUGUUGGCACUAUAUAAAUGCUUUUAAUAACAAUAAAGUGACAAAUGGUUGCAGAUCACUUGCUUAAAGCCAGCAGUUUUUGUUGCUAAAGCCCAGCAGGACAAGUUAUCUGUUGGUUUUCGGCAUGUUAAAGAGCUAAAAGAACUCUAGUCACUACAACCGCUACAGCUUAAUGUAGUGGUUCUGGUGUCUAUCGCAGGCUCAGCAAUUUAAAAGCUGCCUUAUCAGAGAAAAGGCAGUAUUUACAUUGCUGCCUUUAGCCACCUGCAGUGGCGGUGACUCUGCCACUAGAGGGACCUCCUGGAUUAGGUCAUGCAAUGCGUGCAGGACAUACAUUCAGUCUCUCCAUACUCAAUGCAUCCCUGUGAGGCGAUGCUGAAUGGCGCAGUGUGUUGUUUUGCUGCGCAUGUGCACUUCCUUAUGGGAAGCAAUGGGUUGACUGAGAUUCAAGAUUGACACUAUCACCCAUGAAGGCUGGUGAGUAGUAAAAGUAAGACGGUGGAGUAAAGCAGUUACCUUUUCAUUGAAAAGUAGAUUUGACAAUUUAUGUUCCUUGAAAUCCUCUAUUGAAUGCAGGUUAAAAUAGGAACACCGUCAGUAAUCUCUAUUUAGAGGCUAAAUGCCUGUUGAUGUAGAGAGGAGGGCAACUAUCAUAACACUAUUCAAUCCUAGAAAUAUUCCAGUUUGUGAUGAGGCUUGGUUUGGGAACCUCCACUCCAGCAGACUGGUUUUAUGGAAAAAGUUCACGAACAAAAUUCACGUACAAACACCAACAUUUUGUGUUUUGUAGAAAGCAACACUGGAAGGCCCAUUUCCCUCUGUUAAAGGACCACUCUAGGCACCCAGACCACUUCAGCUUAAUGAAGUGGUUUGGGUGCCAGGUCCUUCUAGGGUUAACCCAUUUUUUCAUAAACAUAGCAGUUUCAGAGAAACUGCUAUGUUUAUGAAUGGGUUAAGCCUUCCCCUAUUUCCUCUAGCGGCUGUCUCAUUGACAGCCACUAGAGGCGCUUGCGUGCUUCUCACUGUGAUUUUCACAGUGAGAGCACACCAGCGUCCAUAGGAAAGCAUUGCCGCGCGUGCGCAUUCAGCCGACGGGGAGGAACAGAGGAGGAGAGCUCCCCGCCCAGCGCUGGAAAAAGGUAAGUUUUUACCCCUUUCCCCCUUCCAGAGCUGGGCGGGAAGGGGUCCCUGAGGGUGGGGGCACCCUCAGGGCACUAUAGUGCCAGGAAAAUGAGUAUGUUUUCCUGGCACUAUAGUGGUCUUUUAAGAGGGCUCAAUUGCUUGCCAUUUUCAGUAGCUUAAUUGUGUGUUACUAAGGUCAGGAGGGACAAAAAAGUUUAGAAUUCUAGACUACAAAGUCUUAUAUUCAGUGCUGCAUGCCUGUAUCUACCUGUUCUAAGAAACUGUCUAGACCUGACACUAGAAACCACACAUUCUCCUAUUUAGUCUCACUUCACAGAAACGACAGAGAUGAGGGAUUUAUUAUUGAUUUACCUUUUUUCAUGUGCUCUCUGUCUUAACCUCUUAUGCACAUUGUGGAGUGUGGGGAAUAAUGCAUAGUAUGUAUGCGCUGAGGCUUGUACCUUUGAAUUAUGUCCUUAGGCAUAUCCGUAAUAUGCUUUCAUGCCAGUAAUUACAAUCAUUUCAUAAGUGGCUGCCGUCUAGUGUUUUUAUUGUCUGGCUUAAAGGGUUACUCUAACCACCAUGACCACAGUGAUUUGAAGUGGUAAUGGUCAUGGAAGUUAAUAUGCGCAGUGUUUCAGCUUGAAAAAUACAGAGAUAUUCUUAACGGUAUGCUGGGGGCUAGUUGCAUCCCUAGCACACGUGUUCUGGGCUGCCUAAUGUAAAUUCUGUGCAUAAAUUACGCCUGUUGUUUGUGUGCACUGCACAGUGGCUUCACUAGUGGGAGGGCCAGAGGGGGCCAUGGCCUCCCCUACAUCAUGCAGUGCCCCCCCAAUUAAAAUUGAAGUCGGGAGCACUGAGUCUCCCUUCACAAGCUGCAGCAACACUGUCACUGUGGAACUGUGUUCCACCCUUUUUCCACGUGUGGCCAGAUGGGUCACUGUACUGGGAGGACUUCCUCCUGGGUCAUAGAGAGCAGGGCAGAGAAUGGAAGAGGUAGCUCAGCUCUGCACAGAGGUGUCCAGAUACUGCUGAUAAGUGUGAGUCUGUGUGUGUGGUUCAGUCUGGGUGUGUGGGGUGGGUCAGUUUGUGUGUGUAUGGGUGUGGGUAUGGGGUCUAGUCGGUGUGUGGGGAUCAGUCUGUGUGUGAUGGUGGGGGCCUCAGUCUGUGUGUGAGGGUGGGGGCCUCAGUCUGUGUGUGUGUGUAUGGGUCAGUCUGUGUUUGUGUGUGGGGGGGGCUCAGUCUGUGUGUGUGUGUUUGUAUGGGUCAAUCUGUGUGUGGGGGGGCGGGGUCAAUCUGUAUGUAUGGGUCAGUGUGUAUGUGUGUAGGGGUCAGUCUGUGUAAGCGCUUGAGCUAAAAGAGAGAUACCUCUCAUCUCGUGACCUCCUCUAUACCAGACCAAUGCUAAUCCUAGCAUUCUGUAAAGCAAGUGGUUGUUGUACGUAGGGAGGUAUUAUCGUAAAAGCAAAUCACUUGCGUGGUGAUAGAAAAUGUGAAAUACUAAAUAAUUCACAAGUGACAUGAUUAAAUAGACGUAUACCUGGAUGAUAAAUGAAAGUUGGUAGUAAUAAGUGAAUAUGUAAUAAAAGGGCAAAUAAAUACUUGUACAGUGAUUAAAUUAACCAAAACCUGAGAGUUACCCCAGAGAACUUGUGUUCACAAUUACUAAUAUUGAACAAUUGUUUAUCAACAGCCUGUGCCAGAAAAGUAGAUAAAAUAAGUACUAUGAGCUCAGAACACCAAAUUACUCUAGUGACAACAGUUGUCAACCUAACUGAACGAAAUUGAACAGCAUAAUAAAGACACAGUUGACCAUAUGUGACAAUUGGCCCCAGAUAUGCAACGACCGGGAAGAAGUAGACAUGGAGAGACUUUACGUAAGGAUAUGCACGUAAUUCGAUAUGAAUUAUGUAUGCGAAAGAACAGCCUGAGAAUUUAAACAACAAUCACAUAAAAAUCACCUGCCUAUCGUACUAGCAUGAAGCGAAUGAAGUAAGAGGCUGAAAUAGGAGGUGAGGAGAAUACUAAUACAGUUAAAUUAGUGACAGAUCGAAGAGGCCAGGAUAUUUUAACUGCUACGUGAGAGGUUCUGAGAGAGGGCUGUGUGAGAAGAACGUAUGUGGACCUACCGAGACAGUGUGUAAUAUUGAAAUGUAGAAUGGAAGAUUUGUAUUUUAUUUAUUUUUUUAAUAGUAAAUGUAUUGAUGUGCCCUGUUGAUGUGUGGUAACAGUCGGAGCUGUUGCCUCAGAGGGCCGUGUGUAACAUAUGGAGUGAUGAGUGUGUGUAGAGGUUCCGUAGCAGAAGACAGAGUUUGCCCAAAGUAAGUCAUGAGCUUCAGGAAGGAGAAAUAAUGCUGAAAAGGGGUAACGGAUGUAUGGAGUGAACAAUUUAGGUAUGUUUAGAAUGCCAUUAGAGAUGUCCUGUUGUAGACCUGUGCAAAUGUAGAGGUAGGAAGAGUAGUCAGACUGAAAAGUGGCAACAUGGAAUGUGGUGGAGGGUCAUCUAUAAGACUGAUGCCAAAUGAUGACGAGUAUGUAACCGACACUAAAUAUAUUUUAUAGUGUCAUGAAGGAGGUGACUAAACACCCAUUACUUACAAAUACUGUGCAAUAUCUAGCUGCCCAAUAUGAGCAGUAAGGAGAAAAUAUUUAAGAAGAGUGAAGCUGGAAAAUAGGUCCUGAGAGGCAGGAUACAGAAAUAGAGCUGUUUAAGGGGAAUAGAUAUAUGGAAUGAAGAAAUUAAGGAUACUUGUAUAGUGGUAUAGAAGUUGUGUAAUACCUGUGUAAGGUCAGGUCUAUAGGAAUGGUAGGAAGAUCAGUUAGGCUAGAAUGGUAAUAACAAAGUAAUUUGUGUAGGGCAUCUAAGGUCAAAGCCAAAGGACACUCUCUUCUGUGUCACUAACGCCGAAGAGUAUGUAGUGUCCUGAUAUAGGUGACUUGAUACAUAAUAAUUGUUAUUACUGUGCCAUAAUAAAGUGACACAGUGCUUAGAAUAAGGAAUUAAUUUACUAAUGAGUGGCGCCGGCUGUGAUAGGGCCAUAUAGGCUGGUUGAUUUAGGCCUAGCGAGACUAAGUGAUGUAAUGAAAUGUUGUUAGAAUGAUUAGUGUAUAUAUACCACCCAGGUAACCAUAAUGCCGCCCACAAUGGGCCAUUUGAUGGUAAUGUAAUGAAGGCCUAGUAAGGCCACGUGUGAAGGCUUAGGACCUGAAACAAGACCAGUAUAAUCAUAUUUAUUACAACUUUAGCUAUGUGCACAGAUACAAUCUGAGACUUAUGAAGGAGUUAAUGAAACCACCCAAAUAGAUGCUGGUGGAUCGAAGUGCAUAAUGUACGUGAUGAUGGAAUUACAGUUACUCAAUGAGAAUGCCUAAUGAGGGCCUGGUGCGUUCUUGACUGUAACGGCGCAAGUUGGGAGCACGUAAGACCACUGAGAAACGGAUUACAGUAGUCAAGGUGAGAAAGAACAGUGGAAUGUACCAGAACCUUAGUCGCAUCUGGCGUUAAGUAGGGUCGGAUGCGUGCAAUGUUUUUGAGAUGGAAACGACCGGAUUUGGCGAUAGACUGAACAUGAGGCUUGACGGAGAGGUUGCAGUCAAAGAGAACACCUAGGCAGCGAUCCUGCGUGGUGGAGCUGAUGGUAGCACCGUUGACUUGGAGAGAGACAGACACAGGAGUAAUAACACAUGAGGGAGGAAAGACCAGAAUUUCAGUUUUGGUCAAGUUGAGUUUAAGGAAGUGGGCAGCCAUCCAGUUAGAAACAGCAGAGAGGCAGUCAAAGACAUUAGUCAAGAGGGAUGGGGAGAGAUCAGGAGAGGACAGGUAGAUUUGCGUAUCAUCCACAUAGAAAUGAUAUUGGAAGCCAAAGGAGCUAAUGAGUCUACUAAGGGAGGCAGUAUAGAUGGAGAACAGCAGGGGACCAAGGACUGAACCUUGGGGGACACCAACAGAGAGUAGUUGGGGAGAAGAAGCAGAGCCAGAGAAGGAAACAAUAACAUAAUAAUAAUAAAAAUGUAGAUAUGAUUAGCCGUAUUAGUCCCGUAGACCAGAUUCCAAAAUACAAGAGUAUUGCAGUAUGCAAUGAUACCUUUUUUUAUUGGACUAACAUAAUAUUUCAAAGAAAAGCUUUCGAGAGAUACCUCUCUUUCUCAGGUAUGAAGCAAUUGCAUACUGCAAUACUUUGUUAUUUUGGAAUCUUAUACAUAUGUGUGUGUAUAUAUAUAUAUAUGUAUAUGGUCCAGGACAAUAAGCUGAGUUAUAUUAGUGGUGUGUCGAAACCAACAUUUGGGUAGGCCUGUAAAAAGAGGGCCCACUAACAUUGUAAAGGCCUAGUGAGGGCCAUGAGUAGGAAAUUGCGUAUAUUACCAGAAGGUGUCCCAAUUUGGUUCCUGAGUUACAGGAUGGCUGUGUUGGGAUUAAUGCAGGUGAAGGUAGGAUGUAAAUCAGAGAAUUGUUGUGGAGAAGUUGUAUGUAACCAAGACAUGUUGGUGAUGAGAUGGUAGAGAACCUGAUAGUUACAAAUAAUCAUCUAGUUAUGAAUAGAAACCGUAUGUAAACACUUCUAAAGUAUCAUAGAAUACAUACCCACGGAGCCAAAAAAACGGGGUGUCGGUAGACAGAGUCAAAAAUGGGAACAGAGUCCCAUGCCUCUAGAAUGCUACAGUGGCUGAACAGGCUAGCGGCCGUGUCAGCCGUACACAUACAUAGGAAGAGACAGGAGAUAUAAGAUAUACAUAAAGACCUACAUGCAGAAUGCUUAGGAGUAUAAUAAACACUUAUGCAUACACAACUGGCAUGGGAGAAUAGGGUUGAAAGCAACAGCAAAUGCUAGAACAAUGGUAGAAUAUCUCAGUAAUAUCGACAUCAGCUAUAACUUCGUGCUUGAACUGAACAGGACUGAAUGAGGUUUACGUAAUGCAUUAUUUGUAGACCCUACAAAUAGGACGGUAAAAGUAAUCAAAUUACCUGAGCCAGCUUAAUAUGGCUAAAUAUGAUUGAUUGUGUUCGUACAACCUUUAAAAUGAGCUGCCUAAGUGGGCCGAAAUGUUAACCACGUCUAAAAAUUGGAUGAGGUUGUACUGCAUAAGUACAACUGUACUGUAAAACCUGCGCGGUGGCAUGUGGACCAAAUUUAUGGAAGGCGGAAAAUGUACCAAGAAGUCUGCGAUUGGACAGCCACAAAAAGACCGGGCAGGGUUAGAAGGGUAGAAUCAGCAGACAAGAGAACUGCAGAUUUUGCAAGCAGUUUUAGAUUAUACCCCUAUGAAAAAUGACUUAAAGAAAAGUAUGGAUCUUGUCAUUCGGGGCACAUCCACUAAACAGUGAUUUACACUUAGUAUUUGGGCAGUGGCGUGACUCUUUAAGUGCAUACAGCAUAAUUAAUAUCAUACAGAGUUGUAAGAAGAAGGCAAUACAAAAUGACCCAGGAAUAACCUAAAAUAGCAAACUCAUUAUUAAAAGAUGAUUUUUGCAGAAAAUUAUGAAAGUAACUUCGGGCAAACGUGAGAAAUCAGGACAACAUUAGCGAGCCAGAAUUUGUAAAGGCCUAAAUAUGCAGGGAUGGCUUAGCACUUAGUAAGCAUGCAAUAAACAAAUCCCAAUAACCAAAUACUAAACAAUGUAGGCCUAAUGAGUGUAUGAAUCCUUGGAGGGAAGACAAAUGAAACAUAAAAAGAAGGGUGACAACUGAAUUGCAUAUGAUAAAAGUCGAUAUGGCCAAAUACAGUAAGUAAAAGCAUGAACCUAAUUGAGGCAUCGCCGUGAUGCUAUGUACGAUAGGCUGAAUUUGCAUUAGUAGUGGAAUUUGCCAUAUACGAAUGAAGAAACUUACAGUUUUGUAGAGGAAAAAAAUAAAAUAAAAUGUGUGAAUAGUAACUGGCUGGGCCAGACACAGAGGUGCCCCAUAAGCUUUGAGGGAAACUAGAGUGAGGUAAACCAUACACACACACACUUCACCACAGCCCCUUUUAAACACCAUGGAAAAGUAUCUUGCAUCUCCUGAAAAAGUUUUCCAGUCUCUAUGAAAAGGUGUCUUGCCUGUAAUAAGGACGGUGCAGCGGUGGAACUACAGUGAUUAUCGGUGUUGCGGUUACACUGGGGCCCAUCGAGUGGCCCGUGCAAUUAGGGGAACCUGAUGGGCAUGUGUUUUCAGGGGCCCAAAACAGUUUUUGCACCAGGGCCCACUCUACAUUCGUUCUGACACUGUGCAGAAGCACACAAGCUCUGCCCCUGCAUGGAAGAUCGCCUUUCCGUACGCAAGCUCCGCUCCCAAUCUCUGACCGAGACACACACUGACAGACAUGCACACAUUCUGACAGGCAUACAGUGACAGGCACACACUCUCUGACUGAGAUACUUACACAUAUUUUCUCACACACUCACAAAUUGCUAUUUUUAAUUAAAUCCACCCAGCCUCCCUACCUUUGGGAGAGCUGAGUGGAUCUUUCCCUGGCAUCCAGUGUGUCUCCUCAAUCUUCCUGCAGUUUCUCUCUGCUCCCCUGCGCACUCUCUGUAGUGAUGCCGGGGCCGGAGCGUCGUCAUGUCACUAAACAGCGCAAAAGGGAGCAGAGAGGAACUGCAGGAAGGUUACUGCUCCCUCAUGUGCCGCCUCAAUGCUCCCCGCGGCAGCUGGCUUUAGUGUUUCCUGAGCGGCUUAGCAAAGGGCUGACAAUGCCAGGUGCCAGGGUGAAAUGUCUAGUUGCCACUAUAUAUAAUAUAAUAUUUGACAGAGUCCUUGAAAUCAGACUAACCAGCUUUAUGCCAGGUGUACAACAGCCGUAGCCAAAAAAACAUAUAUAUGCAAAACAAAGGCUGGCACUCACGGUCUUUGAAGUAAUUAAAAUAUCAAAUCUUUAUUGAAGUCUAUCUAUAAAAUAUCAACGUUUCAGCCCUCGUUCCGGGGCUUUCUUCAGGAUCAGUGAUCAUCAUUGAUCCUUAGGAAAGCCCCGGACGAGGGCUGUAACUUCCAUUAUUCCAUGUAGUAUGUGGUAAAGCAAGUGUUGUGUAUGAUUAGUUGUGUGGCAUUAUAGGCAUUGUGGGGUCAAGCAGAGCUGCCAUGUUAACUCAUCUCUGUUUACUCUGAGGCCUAUCGUAACCAGUCCUGACUAUCACGGUAGUAUUUCUUUCUCAGGUGUGUCAACGUCACUUUCCUUCAUCAGUUAAUCCAUUGUAAUAACCUUUUUUGAUAAUUAACCAUGCCGUAUUUUUAAAUGCAGUCUUGGUGGUGUUCUUAUCAGAGACACUGAUUUCCGUCUUCAUCCAGUUCUCUAAACGCGAUUCUCAUAUGCUGAAACGGCCAAUACUCUGCCCUGAUUGUUAACUAACAAUGUGUGCAAUUAGGACUGUAAAAAUAGACAUGUUUGCCUUCACGACGCUGCAGUCUUACGUUGUUUUAACUUGUCUGAGCAAAGUUUAAUUCAUGGCUUGACCCCUUGUAACUGUUUAUAUCCAGAAACUUAAAAAUAGAUAUUCCAGUUGUUAAGAAUUACUCGAUGAAAUAGGACAAUAAAUGAAAUGAGGGGUCUGGUUGUAGAAACAGAUGUUUGUGCUUCCAUUUGGGAAAUUAGCAGAGUAUCCCUCCUAGUAAUUAUUUUAGGUUUCACAAAUUCUAAUUGUAGAGUGCAGAGGAAUCCUUCAAAGUGGACCAAUUAUGCACAGACACCAUAAAAUCUAUACAUUGUACCGUCAAAAUCUUUGCUAAAUCUUAACGUGGAGUUUUUGGACUAAGGAACCGUAUACUCAUCCCUGUCCGGCGCACCCAUAAUUCCUUGGUGCGUCUUAGGCUUCUCUGGUGCAUUCUACGCGCAUGUACAAUUCAUAUAUCUUCUUGAGGCAAAUAUAAAUUUUUUAGAACUGUAGCUAACAUAACAUACUGACUUAUCAAACGGUCCUUCCAUACUUUUUGUGCAUUACGGAGAUAAUGUGUUAAAAUAUAUAUAUAUAUUCAAGAUACUUACCACUUAAUAUCCAGUGUUUUCCAUGCAUCCUCAGGGCUCGCAGAGAACAGUCAUCAACGUUUUCCCCACCCCCUCCGAUUGUUUUAUAGUUUGCACAUCCCAUAGACUGCUAUGUAAAAUUACAUUUUAUCCUGCUCCAGCAGACUCAGAUUGCCAGUGCUUUCAUUCAUUAAAAUAUUAAGCUACUCGGCAAAGUAAUAUAUGCCAUGCAUGCAUGAAUGUAAACAUGCAGAAUAGUUUAAUGCAUAUUGCCCAUGCCCAACACAAAUCUAAUAGGUGGAGGUGCAGAGUGCUGCCUGGGCUGUUUAUUUAGAUUUAUACACGUUUCUCUAUGACCUCCAGGUUUAUACAUAGCAACAGAGGUAAAGAAAGGCGCACUGCGGCUUUACAAGACACAUACAGACAUUUAUAAAAUGUAUCUCUGUACCCCAUGAAAAUGUUGAGAAAGAUUAUGAGAUAAAAAUAAAACAUAUACCUACUUACAAUGGAAGGGUGAAUAUGUGCUUUACAAGGGAAAUGUCAUCCGUGUCAUGUAGGUGAUGCCUUUAUAUUUUAUUUAUAUAUGCAUUUGUUCAGGUGGAGCAGUAAUGAAUUAGGAUGAUAAUAAGGAGUACAUACCGAAAAAGUCACCCCUGCCGCUCUGUAUGCAUGGACAGUUAUGACUAUCUGGCCUGCCAAGCUGCUUGUCAUGCAUGCGCGACUGACCCUUCGACUUUUUGGGGACUUGGGACACCACCCAAGUUUUUAUAUAUUUGUAUUCCUAGUGAAAUAUUUUCUAAAUAAAGUUAUUAAAAGACUAACAUUCAAGGAAUGUUAUUCUAAGUUUCCAGGCAGAUCUCUUUCAGUCUUAUUAUUUGAUGGUUUGGAUAUUAUUUAACAUGCCAUUUGUAUGCCUAUGUAGUUAGGUGAAAGGAAGCAUUGCUCGUGGUUAUAUUGUUUUAUUUAACGUGUUCAUUUACAAAGUUUUUUUGCUAAAUAAAAUGUGCAUCAGAAUCCAGUUUAUUUUGGCAUCUCUGUAAAGCAAUCUGUAAAUCACUUCUUAAUGCCAGUAUGCAUAAAUACCACGUUACCUAAUGACAAAACAACACUACCUUAGUUGAUCCUUGUUUAACAUAUAGCAAAAACAUGUCAAAUUAGUUAAAAUGAUGAGAAACAUGUAUACAAGGCCCGGAGUACUGGUGCCUACCUAUGUCCGCUGUGUAUACAUGUUAUUGGGGGUGACGGGGUUAAUAAAUAUACAGCUUAUGAAGGGGAUGUGAAUGUUUCCGGUCCAUUUCAGUUUCCCUAACAUGGAGUUCUUUUUCGAGUGCAGUAACCAUAGUGUCCCAUUGUUCAUGUAAAGGCAUUUGUUACAUGUGAAUCCCAGCCCACUCCAUAAAUCGUUCUAAAGUCUUCCUUUGCAUUGUUUCUGCAAAGAAAUGGUGUGCUUUUGAAACCCCUAAACAGCAGUAAGUAUGAUCACUGGCACAUAGUCCGCAGAUUAGUUCCAGAGUCUUUACAUUGGUAGCCUUGAGUGUAAUGUUCAUGCUAGAAAUAUGUCUUUUAAAGAGAAAGUAUGUCUAAAACUAUUUUUUUUUUUUUUUAUUUGUCCCAGAAAUGUGAAAGGAAGAAAUGUUUAGUAUAGAUAUACAAUACAUGGAAAAUAAACCUGUCCCAAAUAACUUACCAAAAGUCAAAAUAUAAGAUGUGAAACACGGUAAGUGAUUUUUAUAAAUAUUUGGGAUGUCGUUAACCGUUGUUAUUGGAAACGCUGGCAUCCUCCCAUUUGCCAAUGGUUUGACAACUUACUUGGCAUCCACCAUGGUGACGGAAGCUCCUGCUUUCAUUAGCUCUGCUGCAGUGAGCCCUCUUGGGCCAGCUCAUUGGCAGAGCGUGUGAGCUGUGCAUGCUCAGCCAAUGAGUGUCUCGCUGCACUGCCAGGCUUAGCUCAAUUCAAGAUCUUCUGGGAGCACAUGAGUGGGUUCCUGGUGGACCCAGGUAAGUUGUCAAAAUAUUUUCAAACUCUUUGAUUACUUAAGAAAUACACAAUGGUAGGCGGAGCACUCAAAGAAUCUGUAAAACAAUCGUCAUAUGGCUCGCAUGGGAAGUGCUGUGGGACUCUUAGUAGGAUGUCCCCGUUCUUUCUGUUGUUCUCUUUCUAGUGUCUCCAAGUGGUGGUUGUAGAGAUGAUCCAGACAACUCUUUAGUCAGAGAAGGUAUACUUUAUUUGAUUCAAUAAAAUAAAUAAAAGCAAAUAGGUGGAAAUAUCCCAAAAAGUGGAUUAAUAGGUCCUUGGAUAUUGCCAAUAUUAGUCCGAAAUGCGUUCUACCCUGUACCUAGGUCUUUUUCAGUCGGUAUGUAUACUUCCGGGUUUGUUGACCGCUUUUAAUAUCCCAUCAGGUUAGCAUCUUCCGAUUUCACUUCCUGGUUCUUGGAACGCAACAUGCGUUUCACAUUUGCUUGCAGCCAUGGUUUCGCCGCGUCACAUGAUAAAGUUUACCACGCUAUGCAUGGGUUUCUAGAGGUGUUUCCUUUCCGUCAUUCUGUGGGAUGUGUCUUCUGUUGGAACGCUCUAUGCGUUCCACCGAUUUAUAGUGUUAGUAGAUGGACGCUCCAAGGAUCUCUCUCAAAUUGUCGAUACUGUGAUGUGUGUAUUUUUUCACUAAAAUCACUUUGUCGCAAAUGUAUGACAUUUUGGAAAAGCCUUAGUUACUAAGGGUUAAUAUUACAAGAAUUUGUAAUAGCAUAGAAAGCAGGGACUGACUGUAAGAUUGCAGCCAGUUUGUUCCUGCUGUGUCUGAGAAUCUUUAUGGUGGGACUCUGGAAAAAUGCACAAAUGAAGGAUAAAGAGUAGUAAAUAUUAUUUGUAUUUAUUUGUAUUUCCUUUCUUUAUACAUAUUUUAUUAUAUUAAAAUGGGUGGAAAUACCCACUGUAUAUUUAAACAUUCAACAGGGUCUAUGAAACAUCAUAUAGUUUAUAAUAUCGUCUCUGAUUAAAGUGGAACUGUCAAAAAUAAAAAAUGAACUAUACCCUGUGUAACUUUUCCUAAACCAACAGUGUGCUCUGCCCCCACCCCGUAUGGCAUUGAAAGUUGUAAAAACCAUUUAAUCAUCCAAUUCCAUUGCCAAAGUCCCUUGGCGCUGGUUCAGUCUCCGCCUCCUCUGUCAGCGUCGAUGGGGAACCCCUCUGCUUUCCUAGGGGGAUUGGAAGACGGACAUCCUCAUGGACAGCGUGAGGUUGUCCAACAUAGUUUCAUGGAGUUAAAGGAACCCUGUAGGCACCCAGACCACUUCAGCUCAUUGAAGUGGUCUGGGUACAGUGUCCCUAUUGUACUUAGUGCUGCAAUGUUAAACAUUGCAAUUCCAGAGAAACUGCGAUGUUUACGUUGCAGCCCUAAGUCUGCAUCCAGUGGCUGACUUGACGCUCUGCAUGAGGACAUCCAGCGUCAAAUUUUUCCCCAUUGAUUCAAUGCUUUGCUAUGGAGAGGUCUAAAGCGCACGUGGCAUUAGCGCACUAGCACCUACUAGUCACAGGACAUAGGAGGAGGUGGUGGAUCAGGUAAAUAAAUAAAGACCCUUUAUUCAUGUCAGUGGGGGAGGGGGAAGGCAGAGGGAGCUAUAGUGCCAGGAGUACAGCUUUGUAUUGCUGGCACUUGUAGUAUCCCUUCAAACUCAGGGAAAUCGCAGGAAGCGCCAUUAGUGGUUGUCUAACACACAGCCACUAGAGGCAACCUUAACCCUGCAAUAUAAACAUUAGUUUCUCUGAAACUGCAAUGUUUUAUAUUGCAGGGUUAUAUGGACAGGAACACUGCACCCAGACCACUUUAAUGAGAAGCAAUGUUCUGGGUGUCUACAUGGUCCCUUUUAUACUGCUUAAUGGAAAUAAACCAUUCAUAGCAGGACCUCUCGCGGGUGGCUCCUCUCCUAUGGAAUAGCUUGCCUACUGCCAUCAGACUCUCCCCUAGUCUUCAAUCAUUUAAGAAGGGCCUUAAAACCCAUCUCUUCAGGAAAGCUUAUGGCCUCCCAGAGUAAUCUCUACCUUACAUACCUGUCUCCUGCUCUCUCCUAUGGGACAGUGCUUUGCUCUCUCCCCCAGCUCUGCUUCACUCCUACUUGAUAUUUCCUGUCCUAAUGUUUCUAAUACCCCACCUCCUAUAGUCUGUAAGCUCGUUUGAGCAGGGUCCUCUUCAACCUAUUGUUCCUGUAAGUUUUCUUGUAAUUGUCCUAUUUAUUGUUACAUCCCCCCUCUCAUAAUAUUGUAAAGCGCUACGGAAUCUGUUGGCGCUAUAUAAAUGAUAAUAAUAAUAAUAAUAAUAGCAGAGACAUUUUGUUUUAUUUUCCUAUGGCGUUCUUUCUUUAAAGUUGGUGGUUGAUACUGGUAAUACGCAGCUAUGAACACUAGAGAGCAGCAUAUCACAUGAGGUAUUGAAUGUAUUAGCCUGUUAUGUGAAUCUCAUAUAUACCUGCCAUCUAUUGUGCAAGCCUAGGCAGCAUAGAAUAAUAAUUUCAUUUUGUACUGAACUUAAAAGUUAUGGACUUUUAAGUAGAUUACAAUGACUGUCUUAUGUGUAAUGCAAAAAAAUGUCACUACGUUGAAACCAAUAAAAUGUGAGAUACAUAUCACUAUUUGGAGACAUUCUUUUGCAUGCAUAUAACAUUUUGACCCACAUUCUACAUAUAAAUAUGUGGGUAUUUAGUUCACCAGUCUCUUUAAUAUCGUGCACCAGAGUUUUUUCACUUAACUGCAAGUUUUGUUGACAUGGUAACUAUUGGCUAAAUGAUCACAUCUAGAAUAUUUCCCCCAACUCCUCUAUUUUCACCCAAAUUUCACAAGUCUGUUUCAUCAGUUACCUUAACAUGCGUUUCAGUGGAUAGAUCUCCGUUUUUGUUCAGAAUGAGGGACUCUUUGAUAGGUGAGGCAAUUGCAGAUGUUUGAGCAUUAGCACAUCAUGGUUAAAAAUGCAACAACAACAAAAAUGUUCCACUAGUUGAUAUACAUUUAUUUAAUGCACGUUAUCUAUCCCUAGUGGUGAAUAAUUUCAGAUCUGUGCUACAAUGUUAUGUUUCCACAUUUGUUGUAAAUCCCCAUCUAUUGUAGCAGUGACCUGUUACCAGACCGAGAGAGGAGUCUAUUGAUCCUGACCCUCUUAUAACUUUGAAUUGUACUAACAAACUAUAAAUUACUACAGCAGAACUUAUAAUGUGCUCAUAUUGUGCUGCUCUUGACCAUAGUGCUUUGCUGUUGGAAAAGAAAGAAGAACGAAAAAGGGUUAAAGUAUUAUUUGCCCCAUAUAUUUUAAAUAUACCUGCUAAUGUUCUUAAUGCUUUUGUUUUAAGUCUCCUGCAGCUGAAACUGGUUUGUAAUUGAGAGUUUUACCGCUGUUGCUGGGCCUCAAAUCAUCAUUUUAUUUUUUUUAGCAAUAAAGUGACAAAUAAAUUAUAUUCAUGGUAAGUUUGGGCUCCCAAGGCAAACACCUGCGCAAGCUGAUAAUGAGGAUGGUGCUGUAUGUGAUCAAUCCAUCACUCCUUCUCAAAACAUAAUAUCAAAGACGCCGCAUUCCCCUGCAAAUCCUGGUACUUACUUCAUCUAAAGUGAGGAUGUAAAGCACCCAACUUGAUUAUUAACCAGAUGAUACCUUGUCAAAAGCAGGAAAUGUUGGGAUUUUAAAUAUCUUCUCAUUUAAUCAUUUCUGUUUUGUGUAUUUUUAUAGUUGUUACCAGUUACCAGUGGUUUAUUCUUCAUUGUAACAAUAGGUAGACACAAUGUUACAGCAAUACUGCACCCAACAGGGUGUGAUGUAUUCUUGUACACAGAAAGCUGUCCAUUCUUCAACAGAUUGUAAAUGGUUACACCAGCCAAAAAAAGUGUUUUGUAAUAAAACGCUGUUUUUGGGUAGAGUAAACCCCUCUUGUCCUCUGCUACCCCCAACACACACUUUAAAAAAAAAAAAAAAACGUUAAAACUUACCUGUAUUCUAGCGCCAAGGCCAAGUUCUACCAUCCUCCUCGGCUGAUGGGAAUCCAUUGUCAGCAUGGUGACAUAUGUACAGUAUGCACAGAAUUGACAUUAGCCAGCCUGGAGCUCUUGUUCCAGUAUGGCAACUGACGCCCCAAUGAAGCUGCCGGAGGCGGAGAUACAUUUCUAUAGCAACCUGAAAGCUGGCUUUUUUUUUUUGUGGAAUGGCUUCAAAAAAUUUGCAUUUACCAAAAACAAAAUACACUUUGCACCAAACAAAUCUCUGUUAUGGGUUUGUAAAGGGAUCUGAUUUUCCUCUACUGAAGAUCACUCCAACCAGGAACUGGCUGAGGACAAUUAGACAGUUAAUGGUCUCACGUGGCUUACCCGGUGGGCAAUCCGUAAGAAUGUGCACAUUCUCAGAGGAAAAUCAUGUGCAGCAUAGACUCUUACAGAAGCUAAUUCACUUAAUAAAAAUGAAUAGAACUUCCAUGCUCUAGAACAGGCAUAGGCAACCUUCGGUACUCCAGAUGUUUUGGACUACACCUCCCAUGAUGCUUUGACAGCACUAUUGGUGUCAGAGCAUUAUGGGGGAUGUUUUUCAAAACAUCUGGAGUGCCGAAGGUUGCCUAUCCCUGCUCUAGAACGCGAUUCUCAGUUUUUGUUUUAUUUUUAAAUUCUCUUCUGACACAUAGGGCGCACAACCUCCUUUAUCUCCAUAAGAUAGUAAGCUUUUUGGCCGACUUCCUAAUCAGGAUGCUACAAAUGAUGCUUUUUGUGUAUGACAACUUUUCUAUUCUUUCUGUACCUGUAUUUCUAAUGACAUAGUUAAUUACAAGAAUACACUGCGCUAGUCAAAGGUACAAAGGAGAAUAAUGUAAAAUUGCUUAUCUUCAUUUAACAUUUUAAGAAUUCUUUUAAAACUAAUUUAUUGAAUUUGUCAUAUCCAGUAGACAGACCAUCUGAAUUAUUAGAUUGUUUUGUUUUUUUACAGCAUACUUUAUCCUGCAAUCAUUUACUAUAGAGCACCAAUCCUCUUUGUUUUCACUCUGCCUUUGACCUUUUUUCCGUGCCCUAGGGUAGCAAUUUGCUGUUCUGUCUUGCUUGUGCUCUGAAGGUUAAAGUUAUUUGUCUGCGGUAUGAAAUGAAUGAUAUUGAUAUGUUUUUAACAUUACCUGGAGCUGCUUUGCAUUGCUCAUACUCUGUGUUCAAUGAGAAGAUAUUUCUCUGUAGGAUCAUGCCUACGUAAUCCUAGUCAGCUGUGUUCUCCCUACUUUGCUUGCACCCUAAUUCACAUACCUUCAAGCUGGCGUAAUGUCCAGAUUUCUUUUUAGAGUUGAAUUGGUUAUCGAAAAAUUUCUAGAAUCACAAUUUCUAAGUCGUGCUGUAUCAUAUGUGUAAACCAAAUCGUAAUUUUCUUCUUGUAAACCCUAGCCUGUCAAAAUUGAAGUGAUAUUGUACAGCGCUACGGAAUCUGAUGGCGCUAUAUAAAUAAUAAAAUAAUAAUAAUAUGGGUUUUUAGCAAACACCUUACAAAUAAGACUUGUUACGUAGUUCUGUCCAUACAAACCACAGACAACAUACACAUCGAAUGUCAAUUCUGUCCUUGAAAUCAAAACUUUUCAUGUGUUCAUUUUAUGCAGAACUGAGCAUUAUGGGAGAUGUAGUCUAUAGAGACCUAGAGCACUGAGGUUGCGGCAGUAUGUACUAUAACAAGAUUACUGGAUUCUGAUGUUUGUGUAUUACCUGCCCUAUAAUGCCAAACUGUAGCAUGUAAUGUAUAAGAUAUUUAAAGGGGAAUUUGUUGUUUAGUGAAAUCAAUGCUGCCUUGGGUUAUGACGUAAUCCGUAAUCUACAUGACCCUUAGUAUUUGAUGCUUUGACCCACCCCCCACAUGUAAGUAGUCAAACAGUUUGCUAACAUCACUGCAUGAGCUAAAUGCAUCGGUGCAGGUCUUAACUCAUUGGCUGAGAGCAAUCAGCUAACACUCUUGUGAUGGCCCUGCACGGAAUAGUUUAGCAGAGGAGAGCUAGCAGAAGCGCCUUAUGGGAACUUCCAGCUCUCCAUAUAGGAAGUGAAGGGCUACAGCGCACUGUUUGUUAUAGUUAUGGUGCUUGGAAUGUACCUUUUAAUUAUUGAAUUAUUGAAAAUGGUGAUGAUCGGUUUGUUUGUUUAUUUUAGAGAAAAUAUCAGUGUGUUCCUUGUAGCUCGGUGAGAAGUUGACAUGGACCAGGGAAUUCUACUUUUUCUUUGUGUGUAGAAAUGUUAGUUACAUUUUAAAACAUCUUUGUAGAACAAGUAAGUUUUGUCCUUAGAGGUAUCUAUUUAAUGGCUAAUGUCUGCGAUUGAUAAUUGUGCCCACAUCCACGGUGUACAUACGUUUUAAAACUUUCCCUAUAUGAGAGAUGGCACACCUUAGAGCAACAUCUUUUGUGUUGUUCAUCCAUUUGAUAACUUUAUUCCACAACAACAGUCCCAUAUUUCAGCCAUCACUGACAUGAUAAAAUGAUCCAGUCUAACAUCUUACUGUACUACUUGACAUUGCUUCUAGAAUUCCGGUUACAAACUGCAUGAAUGUGUGCUCUGGUAACAUAUCAACCCGUGACUUUAAUCGAGCAAGCGAGGAAUAGGAAAUAAAAAGGAGAAACCGUAAUAACAAUAAGGAGAAUCCCUGCACGCCAGUGGCAGCAGCUCGCUAAGCUCGAACAGCUGCAGCAUGCUGUCUGGGAUUGUGAGAGCACCUUCCUGACAAGUUCUCAGGCUCAGUUCUAAGGUCAAAGCAGGAUUAGGACAGAGAGCCUAGUUUACCCAUGCUGACAGCUGCACUUCUCGGGGUCUCUGGUCAUGCAGCCUGCCAGCACAGAAGCAGACAUGUCCUGACCGGACCAACCUUAGCUGCACCAUUCCAUUUGGAUGGUUUACACACUACACUGCUCAUUUAUAAUUGGAACCAGACCCUACACGGCUCAGGGCAAAGAACAGACACUCAAACGUGUCAGGUUAGCAUCCUGCCAUCUGUCAGCCUGUCCUGUUACCUGGUACAACGAAUGGCACGUCCCUGGCUUGACGUUACACAGGGUUAAUGAGCAGGACUGUGGACGUCUAGCAGUUGUGGGCAAAAACUCCCAUCAUACCAAGUCAGUCGGUAUUUAUAAAACAAACCAGUCGGCACCAACCGCAACCACUCGAUUUUGAAGAAAAUGUACGCCUAGUGGCUUAUUAAAACAUUUUGAUUAGAAAAUGUGUUUAGAAUCUUAUCAAUAAAUGUAUUUAUUAUUAAAAUUGAACCUAACAUAUGCAUUUUUAUUUACGAAAUUGAGAAGUCACUUUAGCCAAAUUGGAAAACGUAAGUUGCGCUUUCGGUUUGACUACUCUGGCCUUAAAUUUGAAAUUCACUUUAAAUUCACUUAGAAUUUUCACUUUAAUGAAAGACCCUGAUAGUUUUUUGUUGUGCUAGAUUUGUUCUGCAUUCCAUGGUUUUAUUAGCAGCAACAACCAUACAUUUGUUAUUGUGAAGUAGCGGUAAUUAGUAUAGCUCUGUGUCAUAGAAUGUGGGCUGUUUAUAAUCAAAGAACAGAAAUAUAACAGAGAAACACGACUCUUAGAGAGACUUGUUGCAACAUAAGAUGUGCUUAUUUAUUUAUUUUUGCAAACACGUAGAUAAAAAUUUAUGGUAAAAAUAUUUAGUGUCUACUGUAAUGUGCCAGUCCAGCUAAAUCGUCAGAUAGUCUGCUGUUUGUUGUGAUUGCUGCUGUACUUGUGGUCUGUGGGAGAUAUAAUUCUACAAAAACAUGAAAAAAUCCUUGUUGAUCCCACUUGAAUCAUCAGGACUAUUUUUUUUCACAAGGAAACAAAGGAAAUGUAGAAAUUAUCAUUUUUCAUAAAUUUUAUUAACCAGUUCACUAUACUCCUUAUACAUGUAAUGCAAGACUGCUCUGAAAUAACAGGAUUCCCCUUACCCCUCGCUAUAAAAAUAAAAAGAUUUAAAAUGCAGUUUAAUUUAUCCUUUUCUGAAGCGGGAAAGUUGGGAUUCUGUGUUGAAAUUAUUUUAUUUUUUAUUUUUUUUAAACUGCCUGUUGGUGAUGGGUGUUGUAGCUUUUAUAAAAGAGCUAUGGGGCUACCUUAUCCUACCCUAGUCUAGGAGUUGUUCCUGCUCCUCUUCACAGCUGUUGCCAUUAAGUAGGGAGGUAAAGAUGCCUUUGAGGCUGCCUGUCACUCUCCUGAGUGGGCCUAAAAUGUCUGUCUUGUUUUGCUUUCAUAAUCACAUGUCACUCUGCUACGUGGAGUAUUUAUUGGCUCUCCCACUCUGUAGUAUAUCAGUAUUUUACCGAAAAUAGCCCUAGUCGUUUCGGUGGGAUCAGCAGGGCUUGCACCUGUAUUUCAGUACAGUAAGGGUUGAAUGAACAGCCAGCUCAUUGUUUUUGGUAAUCUGAGAAGGCUCCUGAGGAAACAAACGGUUCUGUAUGAGUAAUUGAUAGCCUGCCUCACUGAUUUUCAUUGUUGUUGCAAGAAAAAGCCGUAGUUUACAGCUUAUUUUGUAUUUCGGACACGUGGAGUGCUCUAGUUUAACCUUUUAAAUGAUUCCAUGGUCUCUCCCAGGAUUAUAUAGAUUGCACAAGAAUGUGCUUUAAACUGGAACAAGCCACGGCUCGCAGCUAUAUUUCUAAAGAUUUUAAAACUACUUUUUUUUCUGUGUUUAUUUUCUGAAUUAUAAACAUUUUCAUCUUUGUAUUUUAUGUAGGCAUAGAAUUUUUAAUUUAAAAAACAAACAGAAUUUGGACAAAUGUGAGGUUGGUGGGAAAAAUACUGGGUUUAUCUAGGGAUAUGUAUCAAUAAUGUUGCUAUCUCCAAUGCUUAGCUGCAUUCGUUGGCCCUUUUCAGUCUCUGUGCAAUGUUUUAUACAUUUUUAUUGUAGCAUUGUUACGUUUCACACUGUCUAGAGAAUGCCACAUACAGGAUGGUGGGAAUUAGUGCAAUAAGUUGAUCUAAACCAGGGCUCAAGUCCCACUUCACUAGCCAGGCCUAAAAAUUACUCACCACCACUUACAAGACCAUGACAAGAGGGUCUGUGUUACACUAACCCUAGUUAAUUCCUGCUUGCAAUGGCUUAUUUUUGUUUCUCAUCAGUGGCUAGUGGGCAAGCGGACCAUUUGAGCCCUCAUUUAACUAUAGAGGACUUUUUGUUCCUCAGUUUAUACAUUGUUUGCAGCAACAUUCCUUUGCAGUAAUUGGAUCAGAUUUCGGUUUUCAUGCAGCUCGCCCACCGGUACCUAUUUCUGGUGGGAAACAUUUUACACAUAAGCUCGGGCAUUAAUUGGGUCGCAAUUGCUGCUUGUUCCACAUGGGAAUACUUUUAUAAAUAACCUCUUUUGUUUUAGGGUUAACACGUAUACAGCCAAGAAAAGUGAACCUGUCAAUUAUUUAGUCUCUGUGCGUUUCGGAGCAGUUAACACAUUUGUUGCCUAAUGCUUAUUGCGGUGUAUUGCACGUCCCACUCUCAAGACUGGCGCUACUUUAACAGCAAAAUAACAAUAAGCAAGUCACAACCGGACACUUUGCUGCAUCCUUAACUAAUGAUUUUAUUUAUUUAUUUCAUGACUGCAGACAGUUCACAUUUUGAUUUGGAUAGCAAGGUGAAGGGUCAUGAGAUUAAUUAAAUAAAAAUCCUAAUGCCAGCAGUUUAAGGAUUGUUUUAGCAUUGUCUCUGCAGUUGGGUACUGUAUGUUCUGUGAACAAAAUGCUUACACAAGGCAAAUUUGAUGGUUUCUUACCAGAUAUUAUCUACAGCAUUUGUAAUCUAUUUUAGAUGAUACUCCCAAAGAAUAGAUGCAUUAAAAUAGGCAUGCAUGUAUCCAUUGGGGGGUAUAUCUACUAAACUGUUUUUUUUGGGGGAUGGGUAGGAAAAUUGAAGUGGUCCUUUCAGUGACAGCAGAGAGCAGGAGAACCUUCUUACAGGUGAUUCUCCUGCUCUUUUCACGACCGUUACAAUACAUGCUUUAUGGCUGCAGUGAUUAUUCCUUUGGCAAGCACACUUUGCUACAGGAGUAAAAGAGCUCAGUUCAUACACAGAUGUGCUGUCAAUGGUGCCAGUGUGUUGGCAUCAUGAGGGAAGUGUGCCCUGCUUGAGGAAGUGUGGGUAGGAUGUUGGUGAGACUGGAGGAAGGAGGGGUGUCAUUGCUGGAGAAGGGGGUCUUCAUUCAUUUCUCUAUGUAAUUUACUAUACUAAUUAUAUAAGGGGUUCCAAGCCUUUCGGCAUAGUUUAAUUUGUACAGUGUAUAUUAUUAUUAUUAUUGCCAUUUAUAUAGCGCCAACAGAUUCCAUAGCGCUUUACAAUAUUUUGAGAGGGGGGAUGUAACAAUAAAUAGGACAAUUACAAGAAAACUUACAGGAACAAUAGGUUGAAGAGGACCUAAAAGCAUCCUGUUGACCUGGUGUUAGUUAUGAAGGGCUCUGUGGACGUAUCGUAUUUGUAUUAUUUGCGCUUCAUAUGUAAUAAUGAAUGUGUAUUUAUGGCAUUGCUUCAUUGGUUUUUCCAACGUUAACGGAUGUUAACGGAUAAAACCUUUGGGGACUGAGCUAGGACUGGUGGUUUUCUUAGGGUAUUAUGGUGUUAUUCUCGACUAAUAACUUAUGUCAUUCUAUUCUGAAAUAUGAAUAGUGUACCUACUACAGAAAAUAAAACAAAUAUUGUAACUAUAAAAAAAAAUAUGCUGGAUAUAAAAUAUACAUCCCGGUAAUUAUGCAUUAAAAAAACUAUUGUAAUUCAAUUACAGUAUUGGAAAAUGAAAACAAAUCGAUAUAAGUGCAGUUUAGCAGUUUAAAACCUGAGCUUAUACUACCGUCGUUUUUGGGGUGGCUUCAAGGACUGUAGUAUGCAUCACCAAUGUAAACACAGAUUUUAGUUUUGUGUACAUAUUGGUGAUGAAUACUACGGUCCUUGAAGUUACCUUUGCAUUCUACCAAACCCCAAUGUACACUUGUACACUUGUACCCAAUGUACACUUGUAAAUAGUACAAUCACAUGGCUCAAAGUGUAAGCUCACCUGCCAAUAUUGAGGCAAGCCUCUUAGUUGAGUACUAUGCUAAAAUUUACAUUGGCUGUUUUCAAACGCAAACGAGGGUUUACGUUGAAACCUUGCAAAGUAAUUAACCCGAAAUAGUGAACACAUGGGGUUUGUGGCUAAAGCAGUUAGUGAUUAUUUUUGUUUUUUAUUUUUUGGGGGGAGGCGUGAGGGCCUGAGAGAUCUGCUGGAUCUGUACCUUCUCUGAGCUGGUGGGGAAGUGAAUGGCAUUCUGUAUUCCUGUAGGAAUAGAGGAAAAUGAACUUGAGCACUUGUCAGUGGAUGAAUAACCUGAAUCAGAUGCAUGACAAAUUAAGAGCCUGGAGUGAAUGAAAGAGGUUUAGGUCAUAUGUGUGAAUAAAUAUCGCCUGCCAUUAAUACAUGAAUGAAGUCUCCACGAAAUGAAUAGAUGAAUGGUUUUAAGUUAGCUUUUAGUGGAUCAGUAAGUAUCGGUGCUGUGUGAAUAGUUUCGUCACAAUCUAAAAUCUGAAGUAUCGGGCUGUUUCAGGAUGUCCUGCUGUUGUCUGAAAACACAUUCAUGUUCUCACACUUGUUUAGAUUGUUUCUGCUGAGAAUAUAAACAACCUGUGUGCAACAUCUGUAUCCUUUAUUCCACAUGUGCCACUUCAUGCAAAGUUUGAGUGUUUGUGCAUUUUUAGAAUUAUUUAUUUAGCUUAAGUAGUGUAGAAAGAACUGUGUGUUUUACAAUUUAAUGUGGCUCUGUCUUGUUUGUUUUUAGCAGAAUAAAUGUCAUUAAUCAGAUUUUGUGUUUUAUUUUUCAAAUGGUCUCCUUUUAUUGUGUAAAUGUUGACUAUUUUAUCUUUGCUAUUCAUAACUCUUCCUGUUUGCAGUAACAUCGUGUUACUUUGCUGUCCUUAGUUGGUCAUCAGCAGUAAGAUAAAUUGUACAGUGAUAAAAUUGGGGGGAGCCCCCGCUAUUUUCAGUAGGUUUGGUACAUAUUUAUAUUUGGGGCCCAGCCAGAUGCACAGAAUAAUGCUUACAGUAACAGCACACAGCAUUCCAGUGGCAUUGAAUGGAUACAGCAUAGUGGCUAAUGACGGUGCUUGACUUUAGUGUAUAUUAAAUUACGACUAAAGAACUGCGCUCGAAGUUCGAGUCACUUAAAUUUUUUUUUUUUUUUAAAUCCUCUAAAUUAUAUAAUAUGCAUGUGUAACUGUAUUUACAAGUAGGUGUAUUUUAGUAUUCUAAAUAGAAACUUGGUUCCACUUUCUGAUGGUAUAUUAAUAUAUUAAACAUUAAAGGGACACUCUAGUGUUAGGAAUACAAACACAAGAGUAUUGUACUAUCUAUUUAGAUUAGCUAACCCCAGAAUUAAUUUAAAAAAAACAAAACUUUUACUUAUCUUAUUUCCCCCUCCACUGCACCUGUCUUGCCAUCACCUCGCCUCCUUCCCCAUAGUCAGGCAUUGGGAGGCUCCAAUCUGCUGUUCUUCAAUUUAUUUCCGAUCUAGUUUUCUUGAAAACAUAAGAUAACGUAGGGACUAAAGCUGACUCCGUUGGUCAAAGAAAGUCAGACGAAGAUAAAAUACAUAAGUAGUCCCUACUUUAUCUUACAUUUUAAAGAAAACGAGAUCAGAAAGGAAGAAAAGAAGAACAGAUUCUGAGAAGAGGAAGAGAAGAGAAAACAAUAGGAGAAAGGUAAGUUCAGCAUGACAGUGCCGCUUUAAGAUGAUGGGUUCUGGUGCCGAGUUCCCUUUAAACUUGUGAAGAAACUUAGUACCUAUAUUUGUGAACAAAAUGCAAUCUUAAAUUGACUUCUAGCACCACAACCACUGCAGCUUAUUGUAUGCUGCAAGAAGGCUACGGGUGAUGUCCCUGUUCUUUUCCUUUGUUGAACACUUUAAAAAAGCAAAUCGAAAACUUUCGGAGAUGCUGCCUCUUGUAUUACGUGCAUUUCAAUGGUUUUACUAGCUAAAUUCUUUAUGUUCACAGGACAUUACUCCUUGGAAAGACCUUAGUAUACUGACAUAUUUGUGUUUUUUACUUUUCAACUUUCCUAAUCUCUUCAGGUACCAGAGAACCCAUAUAAAAUGCUUGCUUUGUUAUAAUGCCCAAAUUGCCCAGCCAAAGUUACACUCAUCAGAUGCAGACACUUGGUGUUUUUUGCCUAAGUGAUCCAGUCCUUUUGUUACAUUUUCAAAGCGUUGAAUUCCGUGCUUCCUCUGAUCAAUAGUGAUGAUGUGCAGACAAUCCGGACUACUUGUGUAUACACUUAGCAACAUCUUGCAUACAGCUGCUGUCUCCUGUGUAAGUACAAGAUAAUCUGGUGAAAUUGGAUCUGAGGGGGAAAGUUUGUUGUAGCAUAUUCUGUCCUGCACUCAUCACUCCCUCUUUCCUGCAAAUACACAGAUUGCUUUGAUAUUAUGGUUAUGUAAUAUAACUUGCAUUCUUAAAGGGACUCUCCAGUGCCAGGAAAACAAACCUGUUUUCCUGGCACUGCAGGAUCCCAUGUUGCUGAAGGGGUUAAAAUGCUUUCGGUGACUUACCUGAAUCCAGCGCCGAUGUCCCUCGACGCUGGGUCAGGUUCCGCCCACGCUCCUCCCCCGCCAACGUCAGCUGGCGGGGGAGACUUAAUGCAUUAGACCUCCCCAUAGGAAAGCAUUUUUCAAUGCUUUCCUACGGGGAUUCCGGCAACGCUGGAGGUCCUCAUGCAUAGCUAAGAAGCCGGAAGUCCCUCUAGUGGCUGUCUGGUAGGACUUAACCCUGCAAGGUAAUUAUUGCAGUUUAUGAAAACUGCAAUAAUUACACUUGCAGGGUUAAGGGUGAUGGGAGUUGGCACCCAGACCACUCCAAUGGACAGAAGUGGUCUGGGUGCCUGGAGUGUCCCUUUAAUGCAUCACCACAGUCUGUUCUGGAGAAGAUGGGCUAGAGGCAGGCUAAGGUACGAAUUUGGGGCAAUACAGAUUUGUUUAAAAGUUAUCUUGAUUUAGAGUUCUCUCUUAUGUUUUGGUGUUUGCUUUGAUUAUUCAAUCUGCCAGUAAAGCUUAUAUAUUCAACUAAAGUGUUGGGAAUAUGAUCCUGUAUUCCUAACCUUUUUGUAUCCUUGCCCAUUGUUUGAUAUUGGUCCCUGUGUGUGUGCAAUAAAUUUUUUAACAGAUUUCUUCCAAUCUUUUUUUCCAGCGGGAGACUGCAUUGUGUCCCUCUGUGCUUCCUGCAUCAUUGUUAGUUCAAUCCCAUGCCCCUCAUAAAGGGGCAUUGGGGACCUGAUUUGCAGUGAGCAGCACAUUGAAUGAAUACUCUCAUACGGGGACUUCUGUGUCACAUAACAGAGUUUUACUAGCCACUAGAGAUGGAAUUAACGCUGUGAUGUAAAUACUAAGUUUAUUAAAAAAAAACUGCAAUGUUUUACACUACAGGGUUAACCAGGUCCGUCAUGCUGGAGAAGCACUUAAAGCCGAAUGACGGACCCGGUCCAUCAUGCGCUAAAGUUAACCCCAGAUCGCUGCGGGGUUAAUGAUGUUGCUGGGUGCCUACGAGUCAGGGCAGACUAGCAACAUCAUAUUAUUAUGUCCCAGCCCACGUGAUUGCUGUGAUAGCCAGUCACAGUGGUCACAAUGCUGCUGGGAUAUCAGAUCCGCCUCCUUCCACCUCUUGUGGGUUUUGGAAGCGCAGAGAGAGACGGAUCGUUGUUACUUUGUGUCCCUGAAGAGAAUAAAUUGUGUCAGAAAGGGUUCCAAAUCCCCUUUACCCUGCUGAUUGAUCACUGCAAGGAGUGAUCAAAAUACAGAUCACAGUACUUUACUGUGAUCUAGUUUUUUUUUUGUUUUUUUUACCCUUUGGUUAAAUUUGAUUUCUUUUUAGUAACCCUAAGGGAUUAAAUUUUAAUAUUUUAUUUUUAUUAAUUUGUGAUUUAGUUAGUUUGGGUGGGUGGAAUUUAGUGGAAAUUGAGGAAUUUAGUAAUAAUCUAGUUAGAGGUGAAAAGAAAAAGUUUAAAAAAAUGAAAGUUUAUUACCAUAGAACACAAUGCUUAGGAAGUAUGGCGCAGAGGAGGCUUAUGCCCUGUUAGCGGCCGACAGUGACGCUGGGGAAUUAAACAGUUCUCUGCAAGAAUAAACUGCUGGCACUAAAGUACCGCGAUAAAAAGGAGGUGUUCAUCCCAACCGCCAUCCAUGGUGAAAUGCACUUCGCAAGGUCGCAGUUCGUGGCAGAGGGGAAAUUAAACGUGUGCCAGUCUGCAUAACACAUUACAAUCAUCAUAUGGGGGAAGUUGACCUGUCCGAUUAACUGAUCAUGUGAAAUACCAGGACAUGGUAUAAAAAAGUGGGCAUAUAUAUAUAAUGCAGACGGCAAUCCACAAGGCCUUUGUAAAUUUUAAAAAGGCAAAUGCUGAGCUGAAAAGCACCUUUUUUUUCAUUUCAGUUUCAGCUCAUUACUGGGCUGCUUGAGUGCCACAGAGGAGGGUCAUCAGUGGAGCCUUGUUGAAGAAUGGAGGCAAGUCACUUCUGCUUCAGAAUUCCAAAAACCCCCAGAAAUGGUGCAGGGUGUGUUACAAGAGGGGCGCAAGAGCGGGGACCAGUUAUUACUAUUGGCCACUGUUUUAAAAUUUUCCACACCCAGGCGGAAUAAGUAGACCGUUUUGGGGUGGGAUUUUAGUCAUCUGUCUGAUUGUUUGGUUACCGAAUCUUGGCUCUGUCUUCCGUUUAUCCUGUCUUCUCUGAUCCUUGACCUCGGCUUGUCCUAUCGUUGUUUCGUUUCUCUUUGCGGCUUGUAACUUGACUAUCCUCUGCUUGUAUAGCCCGGCCAUUCUAAGGACCGGCAUUACAAGUUUAUCUCUCUGUGCUCUCUCUCUUUGUUGUCUCUGUGUUUUGGUUCCCGGAAUCCGUGACAGCGUUGCCUGUGACUCAGAUGACUGGGUACUACCCCCUAAUAAUUUUAUGCUCAAUAUUCCCCCUUUCACAGCAAAUAGUAUGCACUUGUUCAUAAUUUGAAUUGAUGAGCUGCUUAUAUUUAAAAAUAGGUGUGGCCUUUGAGAGGUAAUUUGCAAUCAGGAGCUGCUAAAACGAGACAUAAAGGACCGUUUUCCUGGCACUAUAGUGCCCUGAGGGUGCCCCCACCCUCAGGGUCCCACUCCUGCCAGGCUGAAGGGGGUUAAACACUCACCUUUCUCCAGCACCGGGCUCCCUCGGCGCUGGGGACUCUCCUCCUCCUUCGGUCGUCAUCGGCUGAAUGCGCAUGCGCGUCAAGAGCCGAGCGCGCAUUCAGCCAGUCCAUAGGAAAGCAUUCUCAAUGCUUUCCUAUGGAUGCUGGCGUCUUCUCACUGUGAAAAUCACAGUGAGAAGCGCUUAAGCGCCUCUAGCGGCUGUCAAUGAGACAGCCACUAGAAGCUGGAUUAACCCAUUUGUAAACAUAGCAGUUUCUCUCAAACUGCUAUGUUUACAGCAGGCAGGGUUAAUCCUAGAUGGACCUGGCACCCAUAUCACUUCAUUGAGCUGAAGUGGUCUGGGUGCCUAUAGUGGUCCUUUAAGCCCAGCAUCCACUUUUAAAAAAAAAUGAAAUUGGUGUGUCUCAAAUGUACCCCUUCAACAUCCACGUAUCCCUGAAAAAGGUACACAUGGGGGUAUUGUUGUACUAAGACAACAUAGCUGAGCAACAUAUUAGUUGUUAUACUGCCGUAGCACACAUAAGGAUUACAAAAUAUACAGUAACAUCUCCAAGUGUGUGUCAAAAAGGCAGAAAAAAUGCUAAUUGCAACUAGACUUGGUACAAACUGGCAAAAAAAAUUAUCGUACACCAAGGUUUAAAAUAUGCGUUUUAAAAUACCCUGGGGUUUUUUAACAGUCAAACUGCUAUAAUGCCCCAAAUUGAAACAUGGGCCCAUCAAUUCCGUCUCUCAAAAUUCUACAAUAAAUACUGAAAUGGACAGGUCUCCAAUAUGGCACUGUAGCUUCACAAAAUAGUGCCAAAGACAUUCAUAGGGUGUAUCAUUUUACUCAGAAGACUCAUCUGAUCAUCAUUUUGCGGCUUUGAUCAUAGCGGCACAUAUCAAUUAUAUAAAAUGCCCAGCAAAUAUGUUAUCCAUAUGUAAAAAAUGCCCAAAAAUUGUUUUUUUACCACAUGCUUUGACAUAUAUUGGUGAACAAAUAGGGGCAUGUUAAGGCACAAUAUGCACCAUAUGAGAUACCCUGGAGUGUCUACUUUUACAAAUGGUAGGCCUUUGUGGUUUGUUUGUUUUUGAAUAGUUAAACUGCUAUAAUGCCCCAAAUUGAAACAUAGGACCAUCAAAUCCAUCUUUCAAAAUUCUACUGUAAAUACUGAUAUGGACAGGUCUCCUAUAUGGCACUUUAACUUUAUGAAAUACUGCCAAAAACAUACAAUGGGGGUAUCAUUUUACUCAGCAGAUGUAGCUGAACACAAAAUGAAGUUUUGUACAGGAGUAGCACACACCAACUUUACAAAAUACACAUGAGAAGAUCUUUGUUAUAAGUUUGGGUGUCAAAAAUUUAAAAAAACCCCCACAAUUUUACCCCAAUAUUUAGGAGAGAUUGGCGGCGAAAUGGCAAAAGGUGUCAAAAUAACCUUAGGACAAUAACCUUUGAUGUCUAUUUUAUAUAAAUAUAUACUUUUGUGUGGCAAAUUUGUUUUCUUUUAUGGCUAUUAAGCUUAAAGACAAAUAUACCAAAUUCUAAAAUCGCUCCACAUUAAAAUUUUAUUUUACUCCUUGUGCUUUGUGACCUGGAGCUACCAAAAGAAAAUCUUAAAAUCCCAGACACAUUAUAUAUUCUGUAAAUCAGAACAACUAAAUUAAUUUCUUUGUAAUUACUUUCCUUAACCUGCACUAAUUAUUCACACAUUAUUAUUGCAAAAGCUGUAAAAAAAAAAAACCAAAACGAUAUAUUAACUUUUAAAUAAAUUUAAAUUAGUAAAAUGCAAAUUGCAGUUGAACACAAACAGCCAAAAAUGCAAAAAGUGCAAGACAUGCUUUUGAAGCUGUGUCCUUAAGGGCUUAAAAGGAGAGGACCACAGCACGCAGAUAACUUAAUGAAGUGGCCUGGGUGACUUUAGUGGUCCUUUAACAAAGGAAAGAUGUGGUGUUUUCCGUAGAAAGUGGAGAGCUACAAGAGGGCAUGACUUGGUAUUGGAGAGGAUAACAUACUUUUGUGCUUUGUUUUUCUCUCUGAAAGACUUGUAGAUACAUGUAAUUGCUAUCCCAGCAAACAUGGUAUCAUUUAAUAAAAUAGAAUAAUUGAAUAAGUGUUAAUUACAGCCGUUGACACCAGUACAGUGUUAUUUGCUCUGAUUUUUGAUGAAAACUGGAGAAAUGAAAACAUUUUAACAAAAUUAUUUUUGUAUUGUGUGUUAUUAAAGGGACAAAAGAUCUGUUUUUUGUUUUUUUAAUAAUGCGUGGCCGUGUAUAUUGAUAGAAACUAAUAAACUGUAGGAUGUAAUGUAUAUUAAUAGAAUUAUGAAACCCUCAAUUGCUAUGAUAUGGAAUAAGGGAGACCUUGACUGUUCAUCUGCUGUAACCUCCAAAACUCAUAAUGUUCAGUGAGCAUAGCAUUUCACAAUGUACAUGACAUUACCCAUGCACAAGGAUCUCUUCCACAGACUCUGUUUUGCACACGUGAGUGUGCGCGCCUUUUUCCAGCGCCGAGACUACCUCAGUGCCACUCACCGCUCAGCUUCUCGCGAUGUCAUCGAGGAGGCAUUGCUUCCUCUGACAUAUCCCCGGACAUAUGUUUAAUUUGUUAAAACUCUGGAUUGUAAGCUUUUUCAAACAAGCUCCUCAUCAACCUAUUGUUCCUGUAACAUUUUGUAUUGGUCUCAUUUAUUGUUAAAUUUACCCCUUUAUAAUAUUGUAAAGCGCUGCGGAAUAUGUUGGCGCUAUAUAAAUACCAAAAAUAUUGUAGAUAUCUCAUGAUAAGAUUAGCAAGCUUUCAAUUUUUUAUUUAUUUAUUUAUUAUUUUUUACUGACGUAGGCCAGUGUGGACCCGAUCAAAUCAUUCUAUAAAACAAACAAAUUCAUAUAGCAAACCAGAACUUCAGGAAUACUUUAGAGAUAGGGAGAAACGCAUUUCCACACUUUGUCUAUCCUUUGAAUUUGUGCCUAUAUUAUUUUGUGAUUUAAAAAAAAAAAAAAAAAACAUUUUUAAUUACCAGUACCUUGUUUCAGCUCAGGUGAAAUUAAAAGGAAUUUAUUUGCUUAAUUUAAGAAUUUGGACUAAUAGUAAUUACCUUUUUAGUGUGUUUCAAUUAUUUACUAGUAAUAUCCAAUCGAUCUCACAAAAAAUUACAUUUCUGAAGACGGAUAAGAUUACCCUUUACAAAACAGCUUGUUUCUGAUUGUGGAUAUUUGACUGUUUUGAUUACCUAUCCAUGGCGAUGAGCAAACGUUUCCUCUGCGCAACUUUCCCUCCGUUUUAUUUUUCUGUGAGAAAACUUUGCUAACAAUCCUUUCCACCCUCGAGAGGGCUGCGGAUUGCUUGCAGUGUCAAUACAUCUCAAGAAGCCUUUGUGAAGUACAAUACACCUCCCUGUUCUUUUCUCAGUAGAGGCGGUAGAAUUUCAGUCACUAUUUCAGAUGCAGAUAAUACCUUGUUUGGAGAAGUUUGUUUGAGGGAGGAAAAAAAAAAGUGGUUUAAAUUUGAGUGAAUUAUCACCUAGGAUGGCUGGCUGCGUGUGUGUGUUUGUGCCAGCAAUACGAUACUGUGGGAAAGUCUCUAGCCACCUUGGAAGAUAAUGAGAGACACACAUACAAUGGGCUAUGUUCAUUGCAUUUGGUUUUUAAUAGGUACCUUGGAUAUUUCAGCCUGAAGAUCAUGGCAUUGUAGAGGCAAUAUGUUGUCUACUGGAUCCAAUAUAUAGCUCCACGCUCAGGAUGUCUCUUAUAGAUCAUCCUGUUAUUCUGUUAAAAAGAUUGUUUCCGUCAUCACAAUUUCAAAAUCUUUUUAGAUUUUCUCAUAAUAUGGGAUAUUUACUAUGGAAAAACAAUGGCACCAUCUACCACGAAAAAUUUAAUUCUGCUUGUUGUGUUUAAGUUUUUAUGACCACUACAUAUAAGGCUAUUGUAAUAGUUCAAAACAUUAAUUCAGAUUCUCCCCUCCCCAUCACUCUUGAUAGAAUGUUUUGAUGUGGUUUUGGUACUUGUUGUGCCCUACCCAUUUAAAUACAAUCAGUUAUAAUAUAUCUCUAUAUAUUAUAGUCUACACUCUUUUUUCUGCACUUUAUUUAUCAAUUGAUCCGGUGCUCUCCAUAUUUUUAUGUAAUGUUUUUGUGUUUGAUAGCCUUUCGUUUUAGAAUAAUAUGUAGUGCCAUUUUUUUGUGGUGUCGUUACUAUUCAAAUUCACUCUGGGUAUCAUUUUGAUCUUAUUCACUUUUCUUGUACACCAGUGCUGAAAAUAUUGGCACAUUAUAAUGAAGCUCUAAUACUAGUGUGACGUUAUCCAUCCUUAUAAUAAAUGUAAAACAACUUUCAUGUAGAAGUCCAUCAAGGUUCCGUGUGCACGUAUUCACUUCUAAUAAAGAAAUAGCAGUCCCUCACAAUAUUGUGCUGGUUCCUGCUUUAUUUCCCGUGAAACUUUUUGAAUAACUCAAUGAUCCAAAUUACUUCUUAAUGUCUGUAUGAACAUGGCAUUCAGUAAACCACAGCAGUAUAGCCUGGUGAUUAGGUGGCGGUAAAAUAUCCAAUCCGCGUGUUUGCCAUACUGUGCUAUUUAUACAUAUUGCAAAAAGAUUAGUGCGGAGACGAGUCUCUGAUGAAUGGUUAAAUUAGCAUAAAAUACAAACUCCCAUUAGAAAUCUGCUUUACCUUAGACCUGUGGUUUCCUUGAUAGUAUUUUGAAUGCUUUUUCAAUUUUUAAUUACCUCUUUUGUCUGAUGUACACUGAAUAGUUCAUUAUCACGUUAAUUGUGUGUGUUUCAUUCAUGCCUGUCUAGCGUCAGUUUUCCCAGGGCACCCUUCAUAUCUAGAUGGAACUAUAAUGCAAGCUACACUUGGAAUCAUUAACCAUGAUUGAAAAAUGGCUUGUCAGAUUGCAUCUACUAAUCCACUGCAAACAGGUAGUUUAUUGAAAGAACACUAGCAGUUAGCCGGCUUAGCACACAAUUUAUUACACAAACAAUUGACAACAAAAGCCCAAAUGUUUCGGGUACCUAUGUCGCUGAAUGACUGUGUGUCCGUCUCUUCAUGGCCCACGUAUGCCAAUAUAUUUUAGCAUUUUAAUGAUUAAGCCUUUAGUUCAGGACACCAGCGCCUCUCUACUUUAUAUAAUUUAAAAUACUCAUAACCAUUUGUCCUGCCUUUUACCAAGAAUUAUAUACAUACAUGCAUACACAUAGAUACCCUCUCAAAUCUGCUGCUUCUGGGUUGGGAUCUAAAAUAGCAUUUCCUAUCCAUUAAACAGCUCAGUUUCACCCUUUCGAGACUCUUCACUGUGCACUGUUUUAGAGUCGGAAUCUCUCUUAUAGCAGUGAGUGAAGUGUUACGUUGCGGAAAUAUCAAAACUUCAAGGGACACUAUAGUCACCAGAAGAACUACAGCUUAAUGUAGUUGUUCUGGUGAGUAUAAUAGUUCCCUUCAAGCUUUUUUCAUGCAAACACUGCCUUUUCAGAGAAAAGCCAGUGUUUACAUUGCCCCUAGGGACACCUCCAAGUGGCCACUCCUUAGAUGACCACUGCAGGUGCUUCCUGGGUCAGUGCUGCCAAAAAAGCAGCCCUGAUGUUCAGCGUCCCCACGCUCUGCAUGGAGACUCUUUAUUUUUCAUACAGAGAUGCAUUGAUUCAAUGCAUCUCUAUGAGGAGGUCCUGAUUGGCCAAAACAGCAUUCGGCCCGCCCCCGUGCCGAUUUUAGCCAAUCCAAUGCUUUCCCAAUAUGAAAGCAUUGGAUUGGCUAAAAAUCUUCCAUUUUGAUACUAUACUACUGUACACAGCUGAAUGUAUAGUAGAGAUAAAUAAAAACUGUGGAUUACUACUUUUUAAAAACUAUACCUCCAAAUAAAACAUUUUUUUUUGUUUUCAUGUUUUCAUUGGAGGUAUAUAAAAACAAAAAGAAAAAAAAACAAAACGCUUGCACAAGCUGCAGGUUAAAGUGGCACUGUCACCGAAUCACGUUUUUUUUUUUGUUUUUUUUUUAUUAUUUUUGUUGUGCUGGUGGUUACAGAGUAAUAACAAACGCCACAACAGCGUAAUUCAAGUUUUGCAAAAGACAGACAGUGGCAUGGUUAUUCGCACAUUUUUCUUUAUAUAUAUUUCAAGCCUAACUAAAACAACGUGUUAUCAGGGUAGGGUUAAGUAGUCGCUAUGUAACAAUGCUAGGUUAACUAUGCUAGUGGAGCUAUAGCGUAAAAGCACAUUAUGCUGUGUAGUGGUAGCUGGAUAAUGCGUGGUUCACAGAUAGAUUAUGCUAUUGCAGAUUGGCUAGUAUGCAUUAGUUAAGGACUGAUUUGCUACCCAUGUACUAGGUAGAAUAACUAUUUUAGACUAUGCUAAACAGCUGAUAAACAUGCUAAAGCUUGUAAUAUGUUCACUGGGGUCUUGGGUGGCAUGCCGUCCUUUAAGCUUUGCAGUCCCAUUUGCGUGGCAUGGUUGGUGCAAUGUCUCUUCAUCCUAUGCCUUCCUUCAGGAAGCGGCAGACGCCCUGCAGUGGGUCUCGGCUUUCCGCUGCUGUGUGGAUGACAGUGAGGGCGUCCCUCCAGCCCCAGGCUGUUGUGCAGUCCUGCAUCCUUUGGCCACAAACUCGGUUACCUCUAGGGCCCGUGUUUACUCCACUUUCGGGAGUGACGGAGGUUCUGGUCCUCUGUUUUUUGCGGUGCUUGCGUCUCCGUAAGUGUGGGCGAUGCUUUCGUAUGAUUACCCCUGUGGUCUGCAGCCUGGGUGGACCAUGUCUUGUAUGGGUAGUUGAGAGGUGAGGUUUGGUGCCCUAGGGUCUGCCCCCCGUAUCCCGCCGCUUGCGGCUCGUCUCACCUGCCAUCCGUGAGUUAAGUGUGUCGCUUUGAGCCGCCAGCUGCCUUUCUCUGAGGUUGUCCCAGAAGCAGGUGAAGAUCUCCUCCAGACGCUGCAGGAGGUCCCUCUGAAGCGUUCGCUUUGGCAGUAUGCCCUGCUCUUGUAGUAUGCUUUCAGCCGCCAUCUUGGGUGUGCCACGUGUGGGGUUGCAUCUCCAUACUUUGUGGUCAAGCUUGUGGUUCAGGCUUGGCUGGCUUCUCCAGACGUGCAGUGCAGACCGGGAUGACCCCCGCCGGUCCAUGGGGGGGGGGGAGGUAAGAAUGCUGAGUCUGUGCGUGGCUUUGCCGAUGGGGAGAGUGGCCGCCAUCUUUGUGUGGGAAAAGGAAGUCCCUGCGGGACACAUCAUCUGCUCACACUAGAUAGCGCUGUGAGAUUCCCGCACAUGCCCAGUUAUACACUUGGGCAUGCGAACGGGAAUUUCAUCUUUCUGAGCCCCCUGUAGCGGAGCGCAAGUUUAACAUAGACUUUUUCCGCUGGUAUUCCCAGAGUUGCAAAGGAUCAAGUAAAUUAUCAAAGGAAGAACAGCAUCUGUAGUAAAUAAAAUAAUCCACGAAUAUCCCAUCACCUUUCCUAAGGAGCAGAACUGAUGUUUAAUGCCACACACCCUGCUUUUAUGCAACUCUCCCACAGAAAAUUAUACAAAAAAUUAUACAUUCUCCAAUCACAAACUGGUUACAGCCCACACAUCCCCUUCCCCUCAGCCAGAGAGAGCCCAAUUAACAGUACAGUUGAAACAUACAUUUUCCCCCGUUUUCUGGAUGUACCCCAAGACUAUGCCAUACACCCCUAAAUUACAUAUCCCAUGAUAGCCCUGAUCUGGGUAAGCAACAUACUCAAUCACCCAUAUCGGAUCAGGGGUUCGGGAAUUUCAUGGAGGUAUUCGAUUUACCAACCGCACACGAGGCAGUAGCCGAAAGGAGUUCCAUGUGUUUUGGCCUUGCGGUCAGUCUCCGUUCAUGAGGUGAAAAACACGAAAAUAGUUAAUAUAAUGGGCUCUGCCUGAAUUCGUCUGAAUCCCCUUGUUCAGGUGUAUCUUUUUACCGAACACCGGGCCGUUCGCGUGUUUUCCCACGAACGGGUGGAUGUAUGGAGGUCUCUGCGGUGUUCGUGUGGUCGAGUGUCCGAUUUGGGUUCCAGACACUCGACGACCAAACACCGCUGGUGCGUUCGUAUGGCAAGAUGGCAGCCGCCACUUGUUCGCUUGUCAAACGGCGCCCUCCCAGGGAAUACGCAGUGCGUUCGUUUGAUUCUCAAUCAGGAUAGUGUGAAUAAUGAUGGGGAGGUAAAUUAGAGCCAUGUUCCUCUCCGGGGUGGUCUGGUUGUUAGGUAUUUUGUUCAUUUUGUCGAAUGGAGCUGUUUAACAUGUUGACAACGGGAUUCCUACCGAACAACCAGACGAAUGCUUCAGCAACUCACUUGUUACUACUUUUCCUUAAAGUAACGAACCAUAUGAAAUUGAACAUAACGUUGUAGCAAUAAAAGUCAUGGACAGCCACAAUUAAAGCAGGUGAUUAGUAGCCAAACGCAAUCCGCUACACCCCCCAUGUCCUCCCUCCCUCUAUGGGGGUCAAUAUGACCCCCAUAAUAGCAUAAGGGAGAUUAAAAUCUCCUGAAUGCCCCUACUCGCUAUACCGCGAGUAGGGGCAUGUCUACUAAACAGUGAGCAGCCUAUUGUCCUCCCCCCUGGCCCCCACCCCUGUGCGGCGGGUGGGUGCCCUAAAUAAGAAUGUUAUUUAGGGCCCCCACCCGCCACUCAGGGGUGGAGGCUGGGGGGGGAGGACAAUAGGUCCCCCCAGCAUUCACAUUUAGGGGGGCUCUAGGGAUAGUAAGGUGUUUUUUUUUUGUUUGUUUUUUUUUAACAGUGAGCAGCCAAUGGCUGCUCACUUUUUACUAUACAUGCCCCUAAUCGCGAUAUAGCGAGUAGCAGCAGAAUUUACUAAUACUAAGUAAUCUUUACCGUGGGAAUUAGGGAGUUAUCUACUAAGCGGCUGCAAGAUGCAGCCACGGCAUUGAAUAAGAUCGGAGUUUCAUUCAUUCAACAGUGAUGCAUUUGGAAGAGUUUUACAAUACUGUUAUGUUUUCACCCAACUCAUUUAUUGUGUCUGCCAAUUCUCAAUUUACUGUGUAGCAAAUAAUCCCCAUAGCAUGUGAAUUGAAAUAUAGACUCGUCUUUUUAUUUGCUGAAAGAGCACAUACAUUACAGCAUAUUAUUUGUAUGCGCAGAACACGUUCCAUUUACACAGUACAUUUUUUUCCAUGACUGCAAAUUACCUUUUUCUUUUUUUUCCUUUUAAAUAUUUAGUUUAUUCUAUGAGUUUUGCUAUCCGCAAUCUUCCUUCAGGUGCUUAAUUGGUGUCUCAUUCAGAAUUGCUUAGCUGAUAAUUCACAAAAACAGAACGACAAAUUUAUUUGUUGUUAAGCACAGUACGGUUAUUAACAAAAACAUCUCCUGCUUCUUAAAGAUUCCUCCUUUUAUGUACAGGAUGGGCUGCGUUGUCCUAAGGAUUAGUGCGGUGGUGCCGGGGUAUAAUAAUGGAUUUAUGUAUGAUUACGGUGCCUACAGCAGUCUGUCAUUUAUGUUCUCUUGUGAACUGGGCUGAUGAGAGCCUGUAUAAGCAGUAUGUAUGUUUCCGCUUCGCUAUUACCGUACUCCAUUGAUCUCUUACCCACCAAAGUUCUAGCCGCAGGGGACAUCUGUCACGGAGCGCGGUGUUUAUAUCCCACAUUACCUGACAGACCUGUCAGAAGCCUUUUUAAAAUUAUGAUUUUCCAGGAUCUCUCUAUAGGCAGGUGCGUCGGGACUGUUAAAGAAUUCCUUUAAUAAAUUGGAUUAGGUGUGAUUAAAGUACCUGUGAGCUUGUGUCCAAAUGAUCAGGAACAGCAGUUAGAGCUUGUGACACUGGGAUUAUGACUUAGCUCUAUUCUUUACAUAUGAGCUUCCCCAGAGGCAUGCUACAUGCUAAAUCACAACUUUCGCUGGUAUUAUCCAAUUCUUUUCAGCCUUUUAAAGUUUUAGAAUGGUGGGUGUUUCCCCCCUCCCCGGUUAUUUGACAAAAACUAGACCCUUUGAGUGCCAGAGCAAAACAAUGCGCUGCUCACUCAGUGUUAAAAAAAAAAAAUGUAAAGCGUAAACCUUUUUUUCUUGUUAGAAUUCUUCCUUUGUAAUUUUUUAAUUUUUGAAAAUGUACAGUUUAAAAACACACACACUGAUGAGAGCUAAUUAAGGGGAAAAGGAAAGGGUAAAAUUUAGAGGGAGAAAGAGAGAUGAAAUUUUAAAAAUCCAGGCAAUUAAAGUUCUUUCAGAGAUAAAAAGUUUUGGCAGGGUUGAGGAGUAAGAGAAUUAAUAUAACAGGUGUAAGAUAUUAUCAGAGAUUAGUCUUGAUGGCUUGCUCCCUAUGAUUGAUUGAUAGAACACUCAUAGUGUUAUUCAGUGAAUUGAGAAUUCAAAGUGAAUUUUAAAUUUAAAACAGACUUGUCAUGUUUUUCUUUCUUGUGAUUUUUCCAUUCCUUAUGCCUCCUGUAUCUUAAAGGGAUACUAUAGUGCCAGGAAUACAGGUUUGUUAUAUGCUGUAGGUUUCUCUGCCUGCCCCCCUCCCCUCCCCCCGCCCGGCCAGGUAAGUUAUGGGUUAAAAAUCCUUUAUUCACUUGCCUUGACGUGCUGGGUCAACGCUUCGCCCCCUCCUCCGUCCCGCGACCAGUGGGAGCUAAUGCGCGUCAAAUGCCGAAUUGAAUCUAUGCUUUCUUAUGUGGGGAAAUCUGACUCUGGAUGUUGUCAUGCAUAGCGUGAGGACGUCUAGUGUCAGAUACCGGACCAAAGGUCUGUUACGAUGCAGGAAGUGGUAGACAGCCACCGGAGGCAGACUUAGUGCUGCAAUGUUUUGCAUUGCCGCACUAAGUCCAAAAGGGACACUGCACCCAGACCACUUCAAUUAGCUAAAGUGGUCUGGGUGCCUAUAGUGUCCCUUUACUUCCUAUUUGCCACUUGCCUUUAUUUCUUUAUAUUCCUUGUGCUGGACCUGGAUACCCGGGUGCAUCCAUUUUGUUCUCCUCUCUCCAUGAUGUUAUAUAUUUCUUACCUGCUCUAUGUUAUGUUUUGUAUAUAUAGUGUAUUAAUAUUGUUUUUGUAUUUUAUUGUACCCAAUUGUAUCAGUGCAAUGUUUUGUGGACCCGGGACAUACAUGAAAACGAGAGAAAUCUCAAUGUAUCUUUCCUGGUAAAAUAUUUUAUUAAUAAAUAAAUGUCGGCUGUUUGCCCUUCUGUGGGAUUCAUUUACUGAUGGAUGGUGGGUAAAUUUGAUUGACAACUGAAACAGCAUCUGUUCUAUCUAUUGUCAAGUUUUGUCAUUCUGACUGCUAUACAUAAGGGAAAGUAGUUCAGGAAAAACAUGGAGCUGUAUAGAAGCAGAUUAGAUAAAGUGUAUUUUUUGGUGACACUUUAAAAUAACACAGCUGAAGUGGAGAAAUCCCCUAAGUCAGCUAUGCAGUCAGUUUGACUACUCUGGCCUUAAGUAAAUUUACAGUAGACCAAUAGCCUACCAGUCAAUGAGUUGAGGAAAUCCGAUUAUAGCCCAGUACAUGACAGUAGAUUAUUCACUGUCUCCCCUCCGUGCCUUCAGCUGUGCGUCACAUGCGGGGACUCACAGGGAGGGGUGACGUGAGGUCGUAACAUUGUGCUUUAUUGGCUGGCGGCUGGAGUUUCCUGAUGCAAAACAUGCAGUGACUGGGAGUGGUAAAUUACAAAAACAAUUACGAUUAUCAGAAAUGUGCUAAAUAUCCGCUAAUAAUAGGUAGAACCAACAAUCAGUCUAUCCCGAACUUGAACCCCUUAAAAUAAGAAGUUUUGAUCCCAAAUAGAUACUCAUACCCAUAACCAUAACCAUAUUCAGUUAAUUCAUAUUUCUCAUCUGGCUCUGAAAACAAAUGCCUUUAAACAUGGAAUUUCAAAGUAUUGAUAUCAUCAUAUUUGUACAGUGAAAAAGUCCAUUCUAAUAAAAUGUGCGUUAAAAUAAUGCCAGUGCACACUGAUUUAUAUAUUCAUCAUACUGCAUCGGUUCCCAGUUGUAGUAUUACCUCAUCACAUUUUAGCAAACACAUUAGCAUCAUUUUGUUAGUUAUUUAGUUAAUCCACCAAUUUUCAAGCAGGUAUAACUUUUAAAACCUGAGCACUUGAAGGCACUUUAAAAAAAAAAAUAUAUUAUGAACAAUUCAGUGGAUUUUCUGCUUCAAUGACUGUCUCAACUUGGCAAUUAUUUACUGAAGGUGUGCUGUCAUUCCUCAUCCCACCACAUGUUAGCAUUGGUUCUAUUCUGUGAAGGUAACUUUACAAUUUUGUUUAUGUAAAGUUUAGUUUAUGUAAAAUUUGCAUAUUCUGAGAGCAUCACCUGGUGCUCUCCCAACUAUCUCUGGUACCCAUUGGAAAAAGGCAUCUGUAUUGAAGCUUGGCCAGGAAGAAGAGGCAGAGGAGCUGAGAGGGCAGGCGCCGUUAACGGCACUUUGGGGUUUAAUUAUUUGAAAACUGUUGAACUCCAUAAGGUAAAACAGUGCCCAGGACCUCCAGACACCAGAACAACUUUAUUGAAAUGAAGUUGUUAUGAUACCUAGAUAGGUCAUAUAACAUUUGUGUCACAUUAAAAAAUAUUUAGGCUGUGCUAUGUAAAUCAAAUGGUAAAAAAAUCCAGUAAAAUACAUUUUAAUUCCAGGUUACAACAUUCUAAAAUAUGGAAACUACCAGGGAGAAUACUUACGCAGGGUACUGUAUAUUAUUAUUAUUAUUAUUAUUAUUAUUAUUAUUAUUGCCAUUUAUAUAGCACCAACAGAUUCCGUAGCGUUUUAAAAUAUUAUGAGAGGGGGGAUGUAACUAUAAAUAGGACAAUUACAAGAAAACUUACAGGAACGAUAGAUUGAAGAGGACCCUGCUCAAACGAGCUUACAGUCUAUAGGAGGUGGGCUAUUAGAAACAUUAGGACAGGAAAUAUCAAUCAAAUAGGGUGGGAGUGAAGCAGAGCUGGAGGAGAGAGCAAGAGACAGGUAUGUAAGGUAUAUAGUAUCGGAACGAACAUAAUUGUGUCUGUAACGGGAAGAUAGUGAUGUCACCUUCAAAAAGGUAGCCGUUCUUAUUUGCAAGGACAUAAAAUGUAGUGGUUUGGUGCAUAUAUGCUGUCCCUUCACCUAGAUAAUCUAAGACGUCUGAGAAAUGGUAGUGUUUAUAUUUGUCAGUAAACUCCUCUAGUGGCUUUCAGACUCAUUUUCCUCAUUCAAUUUCUAAAGGUCUUCAUAUUGAUGACGCAAAACAAUAAUUAAUCAUUGUAUUGUUGGAGUACAGCGAUUGCUGCACAUGUGUCCUAUGUCACCAAUGCUUUUGUUUGGAUUUUUGUUUUUUGUUUUUUACUAUAACAAAUGGCACAUCCUACAUCUAAAUAAAAAAAUAAUAAUUUAAAAGUGGUUUUGGUGACUUGAGUGUUCCUUUAAUUAUAUUUGUAGGGAAAAAAAUGUACAUCACACAUCUAAUGUUAAUAGUUUACUAGAUAGUUCACUAGAAUGUAGGUGAUUUGCAGAAAGCUGAAGUUAGCACACUUGUGUAUAUUUAUAUACGUGUAUAAUAAUGUGUACAUACAGUGUGUCUGUAUAAGCAAAAGACUGCUAAUUGCCUUUCCUCCAUAUGAGCAAAACAAUGAGAAAAUGCAUCCUUUGUCAUCAGGUGUGAGGAGCAAAAUACUCUGUAGUUAUGUAACAGCUCAAGCGCUGAGAAUCCAAUUCUGCUUUUUGAAAAGAUAAUAGUAAUAUUUCCAGUAGUUUCGUGCGUUGUUGUCCUCCCCUUUAAUGAUGGGUUAGUAUUCCAUUUAGCAGAAGCAAGACUGCAGUAGACAAUUACUUUCUAAAGGUAGAACCUCUUCCCUCCUGAGACACUUGGCUCACCUCAAAUUGCUCAAACACUUAAAGAGGAACACCAUGCUCCAACGCCUUUUAAUCGGAUGCAAACCUCAUUCCCUUUCCUUAUUCAAGCCAUCCAAUAUUAUUUCUGUUUAUUAUUCUAACUAAUGUGAUUAAUCAGACCAUUAAAUUAUUAUAAAGUCUUAUUGCAUAUCAAGCUGCUAUCAGUAUUCCACAAAUAACAGCUGUCUGUUAAAUACUCCAGAAUCAAAGCAGUCUUAGACUGGAAUAUUACAGGAACACUUCAAGAACCAUAGCCACUGCUGGGCGCAGUAGUAGUUGUGGUGCCAUUAACAUUCACUGUGUCUCCCCCCUCUUCCUUUUUAAGUGGUUUGACUCUGGGCGCCGCUCCCUGCAAAUGAAGGUGAUCAGCUAAUUGUUCUCAGUCUACGAGCUAAUCGCUGCUCAGGCAGAGAGUGUCUGGCUCUUACUGAGUUACAGUGGUGGAAACCAGGGCACACAUUAAACCAUAACUACUACAGCGCUACUACUAAUCCGUAACACGCACCUAAAUACUUAUAGACCCAUAAUCCUAAAUACAUAAUGACACAGUCUAAUAUUGAAUGGGUUGGGGACCACUGCUCCUGGAUUUUUUUGGGAGGAGCACUUGUGCAGGGCACCAAGCAGCACAUUUUCCUUUGUGCAAUGUAUGGCUUCACAUAAACAGGAAGUGGAUAUUGUAUCACUUAUUUGCACCCAAUGCUAUCUCAAUGGCACUACAUGAUGGGUAUAAAUUACAGAUCGUAAUUCUGUCUGUAACAAAGCCACAAUGAAGUAUUCGAGUGCCAGGCAAUCAGUGUUUAACACUUUGUCCCACACCCAAAGAUGUGAGUAUUAAAGCUGCACCAUCGUUUUACUCGUAUUUGUGGCACUCCCAAAGUCCAGUCACAAAGUUACAGUACCAGUUUAGGGUGUUAUCUGCUAAAUUGCUGAAAGAUCAAAAUUAAGAAAUGGGACACAAUAGGCACCCAGACCACUUGAUCUCAUUGAAAUAGUCUGGGUGCAGUGUCCGUGUCCUCUUAGCACUGCAAUCUAAAACAUUGUAAUUUCACUGAAACGGCAAUUUUUAUAUUGCAAUGUUCAGACUGUCUCUCAGAGAGGCACUAGUGGUGCUUCCUGCAGUUUCAUAGAGUUUAACCCCAUGAAGUGAUGCUGGAUGCCCUUAUGCUUUGCAUGAUGAUCUCCAGUAUCUUCAAAAUCCCCUGUAGCAAAGCAUUGAUUCAAUGGUUUCCUAUAGGGAAGCCCUAAUGCACAUGCAGCCCUCGCUGUGCAUUAGGUGUUUGUCCCCAAUGCUGAUGUUGGAGGAGGCGGAGACAGAGGCAUCUUGGCGCUGAAAAGAAAAGUGUUUAAAGAGUUUUUUUAAUCCUUACAACACCAGUGUGCAGACAAUAGUCCCUCCUCUCUAAUAGUAAGAAUGCUAUCACCCAUUGAAACUUCUUGAACUGUUUGAAAACCGGGGAUUAGCGUACAUUUUCAGAAACUUUACGGGCAUUAUAUCAGUGACUAGUGACUAGUGGCUUCUGGCAGAGAUAUUUUUCUCUGUAGGCUGGUAAUCCUAACUAGAGUGUAAAUGAUGGUGAGUAAGACUUUAUGGAUACUUCAAAAUACAUGAACAUAAAAUGUUUAUACUUGAUUUAGGUGCUGAAGGGGUUAUUUUUACGAAGGACUAAAGAAAAAAACUAAACACAAAGUAAAAACAAGUGAUACUUCCCUUUGUAAUUGUUUAAUUGAAUGGCUGCAGGGACACUUGUGAAAAUCAUAUGUUGGCUUGGUGCUAUGUUCAGACCCAUUGACUCUUUGAUGACAUUUAGGCUUAUAUACUGCUCAGCUUGAAGAAUAACCCCCCCCCCUCCACUGUUGUUAUUGCACCAUUUCCACUUGUGGGCUUGUUUUGAUUUGUCUAAGCAUCAAGGCACUUUAUCAAGAUUACACAAUAAGUACUGAGCCAGCCAGGGCACAUAUUAAAUAUCAUUGGCACCAUGCAAAGCAUCAUCUCUUCAGUAAUCACUGGCUUUAAAUCAUGCAUCUUAUAUUUACACAGUAUUACCUUUUGUCAAUAAAACUCAAUGCAAGCAAUGUGAACAUAAAUGCACGUAGUGCCCAGUGCAAAGCUGGCACCAAGCUGUAACAAACAACAUUGUAGCUUUGAAUGUGGCGCCUUCAUGAUGAUGCAGCAGUGGCCAUGUGUCAACUAGCCAGCCCAUUCACACAGAUCUCUGCAGAAGAGUGGCCAGCUUCCAACCAACUGGCCUGAUCGUUUAUAUGUGGCAUGAAUGAUGGGUAAUGAUCCUUUGGCUUCCAAUAUCAUUUCUAUGCAGAUGACACGCAAAUCUACCAAAUCUAUCUGUCCUGUCCUCUCCUUAUUUCUCCCCGUCCCUCUUGCCUAGUGUCUCUGACUGCCUCUAUGCUUUUCUAACUGGAUGGCUUCCCACUUCCUUAAACUCAACUUUACCAAAACUGAAAUUCUGGUCUUUCCUCCCUCAAGUGUUGCUACUCCUGUGUCCGUCUCCCUCCAAGUCAAUGGUGCUACAUCAGCUCAACCACGCAGGCUUGCUUCCUAAGUGUUCUCUUUAACUCCGACCUCUCCUUCAAGCCUCAUGUUCAGUCUAUCACCAUAUCCUGUAGUUUCCAUCUCAAAAAACAUUGCACGCAUUCGACCCUACUUAACGCCAGAUGUGACAAAGGUGCUGGUCCAUUUCACUGUCCUUUCUCGCCUUGACUACUGUAAUCCGCUUCUCAGUGGUCUUCCGUGCUCCCAACUUGCGCCGUUACAGUCCAUAAUGAAUGCGGCGGCGAGGCUCAUCUUCCUGUCCGCCCACAUCUCCCACGCCUCACCCUUCUGUCAAUCCCUACAUUGACUUCCUGUAAGAUAUAGGGCUCAAUUUAAAAUACUGGUUCUUGCUUUCAAAUCUCUACAUAAUGCUGCUCCCACCUAUCUAGCCUCCCUAAUACACAAGUAUGUCCCGUCUAGGUCCUUACGCUUUGCUGAAAAUUUACGUCUAUCUUCUGUCCGUACUCCCACUUCUGAUGCUCGCCUUCAAGACUUCUCGAGGGCUGCACCGUUCCUGUGCAACUCACUUCCCUCCUCCGUUAGAUGCUCACCCAGUCUCCUCUGCUUCAAAAAAAUCAUUAAAAACCCACUUCUUCAUAAAAGCGUAUCAAUUAAAUUGUUAAUAGCUCCCGACUGAUUCCUCUCUUGCAACUGUCAUUAGUCUAAUACUAUCCUUACCUUUUUGUGUCAUUUUACCCCACUCCCUCUAGCAUGUAAGCUCAUUGAGCAGGGCCCUCCAACCCUCUGUUCCUGUGUGUCCAACUUGUCUGGUUACAACAUGUCUGUUUGUCCACCCAUUGUAAAGCGCUACGGAAUUUGUUGGCGCUAUAUAAAUAAUAACAUAAUAAUCAUAACAGUCAAUUAGGGUUGAUUCUGGUAGAGUCGUGGAGCCUGUAUCCCACAUGAGUUCACUUUCUAGGGACUGAAGCUGUAGCCCAAUAUACUCCGUAACAGCACCUAAAUACUUAUAGAUCCAUACUCCUAAAUACAUAAUGACACAGUCUAAUAUUGAAUGGGUUGGGGACCACUGCUCCUGGAUUAUUUUGGGAGGGCACCAAGCAGCACAUUUUCCUUUAUGCAAUGUAUGGCUGCACAUUAAACAGGAAGUGGACAUUGUAUCACUUAUUGGCACCCAAUGCUAUCUCAAUGGCACUACAUGAUGGGUAUAAAUUACAGAUAGUAAUUCUGUCUGUAACAAAGCCACAAUGAAAUAUUCGAGUGCCAGGCAGUCAGUGUUUAACACUUUGUCCCACACCCAAAGAUGUGAGUAUUAAAGCUGCACCAUCGUUUUACUCGUACUUGUGGCCUACUGUUCUAGAGUGGUUUUUCCUUCGCUAUACACUAAAGGACCACAAACAUGUAUUUCUGUCACUAUAGCUGUAAUACCGUAUAUACUCGAGUAUAAGCCACAUAAUUUUACCACAAAAAAAUGGGAAAACUUAGAACAUAGAAAACAUAGAAGAUUCAUCACACUCUCCAAACACCAACUUCAAAGCUCACAAAAUUGAAUAGGUUUAAAAACAAAACAAAAACAACAUAUCCUCAUAUUAGGCAAUAGAUUAUUUGGAUUUAGUUACGGUAUAAGAUCAUUCACUGCGUAAGCCUGCCACAACUACAAUGUACCCCAUUUUUGACAGGUCCUAUCCUAGCAGCCUAAUGCCUGCCUUUAUGAGAUUAAUCCACUUGGGAAAUCCUUCCACUGCAGUGCUAGAUUAUAUAGGGCCUUGGAAAGAGGCACCUGUGACAGGCUCACUCAUUGAGCGCCAUACCGCUCAGACACUCUCUGCCUUGGAUCCAAUUUUCUCCGACCAUUUAAGAGCAGUCCUGCCGCUUGCCCGGGCAGGGCUAAGAGGCCAAAUUAAUUGCCUGCCCAGUGCCUAGAACUGCAUGUCCCAGACAUUGGACGAUAAGAAUUCCUCAUCCCUGAGUCACUACAUUAAGCUUUAGGUACUAAAACUGUCACUCUAAAUACAUCAGUCAUCGUCUGUGCUUUAAAGUUUCACACGUGUACAUUCUACCUAAAAAUGCGUGCAUACAAAACGCAUCCAAUAUUACUGUUGCAUUAAGGGAUUACUAUUCUGUAGUUCAUAGUUGCCCUCAUUUUAUUUGAUUUAUAAGCACACCUCCCAAAUACCCCUCCUGCACAGUCUACAGGACUUUUGCAUCCACGUUGGAUGUAGAUUCCCUCAUUCCUCAAAACUAUGAUGUAUCUAAGGUUAUCCUGAUUUGUAGAUUAAGUGUUUAAUCCACGACAGCCGAAAGAGGAAAGAUCAAAAACUUACUUUGUAUAAAUAUAUAUAUAUAUUAUUUAUUUUUUAAAGGAAAAUGCAUAUUUUUCUAAAAUCAGCAUAUAAGUGCUGUAACACUUGAGGGUGUUGAAUAAUCCUAUAAUUCGCACCCUAUGCAUGUUAGCCCUUGCUUAUGGAUCAAAAGCGAAGCGCCCGGCAGGACUUUGAUCAGUUCCUGUUAAAAUGUACAUUCUGAAGGGAGAUGUAAAAGUAAUUGACUCUCAUUCAUGUUCCUGCGUUGUGUUUUGCUGCAAAACAACCAUGUUUUGAUCAUUGAAUGAUGCAGAAAAAUGUCCUUAGUAGACUCGGGAGAUGAAAGCCAGCAGCGUACUAAAGUAAUCCCUUCUCUAAAAUAUCAGACAAAUUGUUGACACCUCUUAUUGCAGAUUCAUACACAUCACUCACUUCAAACUUCCCGAUACACAAGUCAUAUGGGAAAAGUUAGGGCUUCACAUCUAGUCAACAGUGCAGAGUUUUAAGGCUCUGUUCCACCUAAACAAACUAUUCAGUAUAUGCUUUAACAUGUUAAUGUUGAGAAUCUACGUCUGUGUAUCUUUUCCCAUAAGGUUUAAUUUCAUAAAGACACAAAGACGGAAAGGGAUAUUCCAUGCUGGAAUAUCUUGUUUGUAAUGUGUCAAUUAUUUAAUAUGUGUCAAUUAUUUAAUGUUUUAAACGCAUAUCUAUAUGUCAUUAAUGAUCAAUAGCAUCUCCAUUGAUCUCAAAUGUUCUCAUUGCUGUCUGUAGGAGUGGUGUGCAUAUCCCAUUGUCAGGGUACCUGUUGGUGAUGUAUCCAGGGAGGACAUCCUCUCUGCUUAGGGGCUCCCUUCCCUUAGCAUUUCGGCAUAUUCCGGCCGUUUUCGCGCCGGCCGCGCUAGCUCCUCCCCCUUUUAUGACGCGACGGCUAGCGUCGACGUCAUGACGUCGGCAUUUGCAUAAAGUGCCGGGAACCGCUAUUCCGGACCUUUUGGGGGCGUGGUCUCUAUUUAGGUACAGGGUAUUUAAAGGAAACCUUUACUACUGCUCAUUGCCCUGUCGUGGUUCUAGCUUGCUAGUCACUCAGCGCGUUCUUUAUCUUGUGUUUCCGGUUUUGACCCUUGCUUGUCUUUUGUCCUGUUGUCCUCUCCUCUCCUUUGACUCGGCUUGUAUCUCGCUUACCUGUCCUCCGGCUCCCUUGACCUCGGCUUACCUUUUGACUAUUCUUGCUUGUCCUUACGUUAGUCCGGCCAUUCUAAGGUCCGGUAUACGUACCUCCUUCUGUGCGCACUCUGCGUAUUGGAUCCCUGUCAGUUUCCUGACAUUACGACAGGGCCAUGAUGGAUCCUGCAGGUGCUAGUCCUCCUGACCCCAGAUUUGAGGCCAUGGACCAUAGAAUGGACCAAAUGGCUUUAGCGUUACAAACUUUGUUGACACGCUCCAGUACCCAGUCUGAAGAAAUACGUUCCACUGCUAGCCACUCGCUAAGUACUGGUUUGGAAGUAGCCACUGUAGGCGCAUCUUCCCAUGUCACGUCACCAUUACGAUAUGGGGGUUCGCCUGAUGCUUGUCGUGGUUUUUUAAACCAGAUAAGUAUACAUUUCGAACUACAACCCCGGGCUUACCCCACUGACAGGGCUAAGGUAGGCUUUAUUAUAACCCUGCUAAUAGAUAAAGCACUUAGAUGGGCCAAUCCCCUUUGGGAGAAUGACAAUCCUUUAGUCUACAACUACACUGCGUUUGUCACGGCUUUUAGAAGAACCUUUGACCCCCCAGGGAGGAAGAUUAAUGCGGCCAGAUCCCUGUUACGCCUUAAACAACAAGAUAGGACCCUUGUAGAAUAUGCUCUAGAGUUUAGAUCAUUGGCAGCAGAAGUGAAAUGGAACGAACAAGCUUUUAUGGAUGUUUUCUUGAAUGGGUUGUCUGAUGAAAUUUUAGAUGAAAUUGCCACAAGAGAACUUCCGGAAAAUUUAGAGGAUUUAAUAUCCUUCAUUUCCAGAAUAGAUGAACGCAUGAGACAGAGGCAGAACACUCGGGAAAGAGUUACUAGACUUCCUGUAAGACUCGCUCCCUCAUUUCAGAACCCUGACUCCUAUAAUCCUACUCCACCAGAACCUAUGCAAAUAGGUAAUACUCGCUUAUCUGAGGCUGAGAGACAGUACAGGAGAAGGGAGGGUCUCUGUUUAUACUGCGGGCUGAGAGGUCACUUACGUCUUAGUUGCCCUAAUCGUCCGGGAAACGCUCGCACCUAAGUUCCCUUAGAGGACGGGCCUUGGGUGUUUCAUUACUGUCCUCUAUGCAUAAUAAAAAAGACCAUAGGCUUCUGAUUCCUGUCUCUCUAGCUUGGGAAAAGGGGUUUAUUGCUACGAUGGCAUUAUUAGAUUCUGGAGCAGCAGAAAGCUUUAUAGACCAAACUUUCGCUAAUAAGCAUUGUAUCCCAUUCCAAUUGAGAGAUACACCCUUGGCCGUUGAGGCCAUAGAUGGUAGACCUUUAUCUGAACCAGUAAUAUUCCAUGAGACCGAACCCGUUAAGCUUACUGUUGGUAUUUUCCACGAAGAGUUGAUUUCCCUUCUGUUAAUUUCCUCCCCGGCAGUCCCAGUGGUUCUAGGAUAUUCUUGGCUCAAGAGACACAACCCUCAGAUUGACUGGGAGGGUGGAGAAAUCGUUUCUUGGGGUAUGGGUUGUAGGGAAGAAUGUCUGCAGAGAGUUACUUCUGUUUGCCCCAUAAACUCUUAUGCUAACACUUCUCAAUCCACAGACGUUCAGAUACCAUUACAAUAUCUAGACCUCAAAUCUGUAUUUGACAAGGGUAAGGCGGAUACUUUACCUCCCCACCGGUCUUAUGACUGUUCUAUUAAACUUUUCCCUGGUACUAUGCCUCCCAGGGGUACGGUAUACCCUCUAUCCACCAAGGAAAACUUAGUUUUAGAGGAAUAUAUCAAGGAGAAUUUAGACAAGGGAUUUAUUAGAAAGUCUUCUUCUCCGGCGGGGGCGGGUUUCUUUUUUGUAGAAAAGAAAGACGGUACCUUACGUCCUUGUAUAGACUAUCGGGGAUUGAACAAAAUUACUAUCAGAAAUGCUUACCCUAUUCCUUUGAUUACUGAACUCUUUGACAGACUAAAGGGCUCGAGUAUUUUUACUAAACUUGACUUAAGAGGAGCAUAUAACUUAGUGCGAAUUAAACAAGGAGAUGAAUGGAUGACAGCAUUUAAUACCCGUUACGGGCAUUAUGAGUAUACCGUAAUGCCGUUUGGGCUUUGUAACGCCCCGGCCGUCUUCCAAGACUUGAUCAAUGAAGUUCUUAGAGAAUUCCAACAUGAAUGUGUAAUUGUAUAUUUGGAUGAUAUAUUAAUCCAUUCUAGAGACAUUAAUUCACAUCAUAGACAAGUCAGAAAGGUAUUACAGAAACUUUUACAACAUGGAUUGUAUUGUAAAUUGGAAAAAUGUAGCUUUGACCAGUCUCAGGUAACUUUCUUAGGUUACGUAAUUUCCAAAGACGGGUUUAUGAUGGACCCGACCAAACUAAAAUCGAUUUUAGAUUGGCCUUUACCUAAGGGACUCAAAGCCAUACAAAGAUUUCUUGGAUUUUCUAAUUAUUACAGACGUUUUAUUAAAGGGUACUCCUCUGUUAUCGCUCCUAUCACUAAUAUGACCAAACAAGGAGCCGAUACCAAAACCUGGUCUACUGAGGCUUUAUCUGCUUUCGAAACGCUCAAACAGUCUUUUGCCUCAGCACCUGUAUUAGUUCAUCCUGAUACCUCUCUACCCUUUUUACUUGAAGUUGAUGCGUCUGAAACAGGGAUAGGCGCAGUGUUAUCCCAAAGACAAAGUUUAGAUAAGCCGCUGCACCCUUGCGGUUUUUUUUCCAAGAAACUAUCACACACUGAAAGGAGAUAUGACAUUGGUGAUAGAGAACUUUUAGCUAUCAUUAUGGCAUUAAAGGAAUGGAGACAUUUGUUAGAGGGCACCGUCCUCCCAGUUACUAUCUUGACUGACCACAAGAAUUUAUCGUAUAUGGGGGAGGCCAAAAGAUUAUCUGCCAGGCAGGCACGUUGGUCUAUGUUCCUUACACACUUUAAUUAUGUGCUUACUUACAGGCCUGGUUCUAAGAACACUAAGGCAGACGCUUUGUCACGUCAGCACGAACCUACCACCUCUACAGAGGAUACUUUGUUCCCUAUUAUUCCUGAAGUCAAUAUUAUCGCCAACACCAAUGUCAAAAUACACUCUCCAUUGCUCGCUGAUAUUCAGAACGAACAAUCUCUUGCUCCCGAACGUACUCCUGUGGGCCGCUUGUUCGUGUCUCCCAAAUUCCAAGUGGACAUUAUUCGCUGUUUCCACGAUAGCAAGAUCGCUGGUCACCCCGGCAUCCACAAAACUUACUGCCUGAUCUCCAAAGACUUCUGGUGGCCCGGUUUACGUAGGGAUGUGGAAGACUUUGUCAAGGCUUGCAAUGUUUGUGUCAGGAAUAAACUUCCGCGGGAUCUCCCUUGUGGUUUAUUGCAGCCCUUAGUCGUUCCCAACAAACCUUGGGCUUGUUUGGCUAUGGAUUUUAUUGUUGAUCUACCAGCUUCCAAUAGGCAUACAGUUAUCCUCACGGUCCUUGACAGGUUUACUAAAAUGGCUCAUUUCGUUCCCUUGCCUAAACUUCCGUCCUCCCCCGAACUGGCCGUGAUAUUUGCUAGAGAAAUUUUCCGUUUACAUGGUAUUCCCAAUGAGAUUGUGUCAGACAGGGGUUCCCAAUUUAUUUCCCGUUUUUGGAGAUCCUUCUGUUCACAGUUGGGCAUCAAACUGAAUUUUUCUUCGGCCUAUCAUCCCCAAUCUAACGGAGCAGCCGAACGCACUAACCAAAAAAUUGAGCAAUAUCUACGUUGUUUUGUUUCUGAACACCAGGAUGACUGGGUCGGUCUGAUUCCUUGGGCGGAGUUUGCUCACAACAACCUUGUUUGUGGUUCCACUCGUAAUAGCCCCUUUUUCUUGAACUAUGGCUUUAACCCUACUGUUCUUCCGUCGGUGUCUCCUUCCCAGGGUAUACCGUCGGUUGAUAUUCAUAUAGCCAACCUGAGAAAGUUGUGGGAUCAGACUCGACAAAUUCUUGAACGUAGUUCCGCGGUGUUUAAGUCACAUGCUGAUAGGCGUAGACGUCCUGCUCCUAUUUUUUCUCCGGGGGAUAGGGUCUGGUUGUGUACCAGACACAUUCGCCUGAAAGUUCCUUCCUUGAAGUUUGCUCCUCGUUACAUUGGUCCUUACAGGGUACUGAGGAGGAUCAACCCGGUUUCUUAUUUGCUGGAUCUACCUCCUACUCUACGCAUCCCUAACUCUUUUCAUGUGUCGUUAUUGAAACCUCUUGUUUGUAACAGAUUUUCCUCCCGCUCUGCUCCUCCAUCCUCGGUCCGUGUGGAUGGUCAGGAGGAAUAUAUCAUCAAGUCCAUCCUUGAUUCUCGUAUUUCUAGGGGGAAGCUGCAAUACCUCAUAGACUGGAAAGGUUAUGGUCCAGAAGAGAGGUCUUGGGUUCCUGGUAUAGACGUGCAUGCUCCUCGUCUUCUUCGGGCCUUCCACGUUCGUUUUCCUUCUAAGCCAGGUCCCAUCCGCCCGGUGGGCGUUUCUAGAAGGGGGGGUACUGUCAGGGUACCUGUUGGUGAUGUAUCCAGGGAGGACAUCCUCUCUGCUUAGGGGCUCCCUUCCCCUAGCAUUUCGGCAUAUUCCGGCCGUUUUCGCGCCGGCCGCGCUAGCUCCUCCCCCUUUUAUGACGCGACGGCUAGCGUCGACGUCAUGACGUCGGCAUUUGCAUAAAGUGCCGGGAACCGCUAUUCCGGACCUUUUGGGGGCGUGGUCUCUAUUUAGGUACAGGGUAUUUAAAGGAAACCUUUACUACUGCUCAUUGCCCUGUCGUGGUUCUAGCUUGCUAGUCACUCAGCGCGUUCUUUAUCUUGUGUUUCCGGUUUUGACCCUUGCUUGUCUUUUGUCCUGUUGUCCUCUCCUCUCCUUUGACUCGGCUUGUAUCUCGCUUACCUGUCCUCCGGCUCCCUUGACCUCGGCUUACCUUUUGACUAUUCUUGCUUGUCCUUACGUUAGUCCGGCCAUUCUAAGGUCCGGUAUACGUACCUCCUUCUGUGCGCACUCUGCGUAUUGGAUCCCUGUCAGUUUCCUGACACCCAUAAAUCCCUGCAGCACUAAUUGAGAUUAAAAUUAGAGUACUUUGAUAGGCCUGGGGGAUAUCCCUGGGUACCAAUCAGUGGCACUGCACGUUCAAUUCCUCCCCAAACAUUUUGUUUUCACCUCCAUUCAGUAUAUUCAGUUGCCAGUUCAAUUUAAAGGGAUUUUAUAAGCAUCAAAACAACUUUACCUUAAUUAAGCCAUUUUAGGCACCUACAGUCUCAAUUAUCUACCAUUUUGGAGUUAAAUCACUUUUGUUCUUGUUUUUGCAGCCUUAGUCACGUCUCCCCUGGCUGUGCCUCGUGCAUUUUGCGUAAAAAAAAGUUAAAUUUUCAAUCAGAUGUUAACUUGGUUUAGAACUUUUUAUCUCCUGGUCUGUGAAUUGUAUUUUAAUCAUACACAGGAAGGUUCUGCACGUUCUAAAAGGCUAUUAACCGAACAAUAGAUAAGAACUUCUGGAUUAAACAGACUGUGCAACAAAGGAAUUUAGAAUACCUAGGUUACUUUUUAGGAAGUGUUUAGGAAGGCUGUGCAAUUCACAUUCAGGGAGGUGUGACUAGGACACUAUAAACAAAGUGGUUUAACUUCUAAGUGGUAGAGUAUUGAGCAGCGAGAUUGCAGGAGCAUGAUCUAUACACCAACACUGCUUAAUUAAGCUAAAGUUGUUUUGGUGCCAAUAGUGCUUUAACUGUAUUCAAAUACAAUUCUCCAUAGGUGGAAGGAACAUCCACACUAACUACAUUUUGCUCAAGUCUACCCCACAAAUUAUUACAGUUUCUCAAAAUAUUUUCAGUUUACAUUACAUGAACAUAUUCAAGUUUGAAGACUCUGGGUCCCCAUCCCAAACAUGACAAAUUUUGAUGUGCACCUUUCUAGACAGAACCCCACAUCCUUUCUGGGUGGUCCAGUCCCAUUUUUCUUCCACAGAGGGCAAGUGAAUAUCAGAGGUUACAGAUAAGGACAAAAGUAGCAGAGCAAUUCCAUGAGCUAUAUGAAAACAUGAAGUGCAACUUUAUUUGUUUCCAUGGUGAUUGUUCCACUGUAUCAAAUAUACACUUUUUUUUUUUAUAAAGUAACUAUAUUAUUCUCCUUUAUAGACUCAUAUUUAUUCAAUCUUUUAACUCCUUUUUGAAAUAUAGCGUAGCAUGCUUUUGAUCAAAUAUUGCAAUUUUUUAAAUCUUUAUUAAGUUUUAUAUCAUACAAGCAACACAUACAAUAAAAUAAGAUUUAAAUUAGAAAAGACAAGUAAACCACACUCAUUUCUAUUUAAUUUUUUUUUUUUUUUCUAGGAAAUACCAGAAGGGAACCAAAGUGCGUCUAAGACUGGUUGAUUUGGAGUUGACAUCAAGGUUUUUAGGAGCAACUACAGACACAACUUUGCUUGAGGCUGAUGCAGUGUUAUUGGGACUCUGGGAAACCAAAGAGACAAAAUGAGAAAUGGGACCAGAUCAGCUCUUACCACGUAUAAUACUAGGUGUAUAGCAACAGAAUUCUGUGUUCUGGUCCUUCUUGUUCUGAACAUCAUCUGAUCGUGAUCAUGUUUCCGAUCCAACAUAUUUGAUACACAAAAACAUAUCUGUUUGGUUUUUCCUUUCUUUGUUCAAAAAAUGUACCCAAUAUGUGCAGGGUUUUUUGCAUUUUUUGGUCUCAAAGUAUAGAGAGAUUAAAAUUUGUUUAUGAAAUAAAUGUCUUCUUGCACAAAUACUACAUCAAAGUGUAAAAUUAUUAUCGUAACACACUGUAUUUGUCUGCUUUACAGCUUAUUUUUUUACUAUGGCUAUUGAAUUACAGGGAGCUAUCAAAUUCAAACAUCUUCAACGCUUUAGUAUAUUUAUUUGAAUACAAUAUGAAUUUUAAGUUGGAGACACAUUUCUGCUUGCCAACUACAAUUUAGCCAAAUUAUAAUUCUCACUACAUUCAGUAAGUAAAUGUGUCCAUGAGUUAUAGUGGCUAUAGUGAGUAGAAUGUUCCCUUGAAAGGACACUAUAAUGACUAGAACAACUACAGCUUAAUGUAGUGGUUCUGGUGUCUACAGCCUCUCUCUGCAGACAUGUUAAUGUAAACACUGCCUUUUCAGAGAAAAUGCAGUUUACAUUG